AAGCUCUGUGCGACGACCACGACCGGUGUUGUGUACGCGCGCGUGAGAAACGGAAUUUCGAAUUUUUUUUUUCGAUUUUUUUUUUUUACUCCCUUAUCCCCCUGCCGCAUUGGAAUUAUGUCGGUUUUAAUUUAUCAUUAUUAUUUGUAGUCACUGUUAAAUAUUUAAGAGGUGUGUGUGCGCGCGCGCAUGUGUGUGUAUCGUGUCCGUACAGCGAGUCGACUUUUAUGUUAUUAUAAUAUUGCCGCGCGUUAUAUACUGCAGCGAUGAAUUGGAUACGCGCCACCACGACGACGACGAUAUCGUUUUAAAUCGUAUGUACGGUAAAAUACCUCAAAACUAAACGCCAACGCGAUAUAUUCAAAAAAAUAAUACAAUAACACAAAUCAGAAAUCUACUGUUUUGAAAAUAUCUAUACUAACGGUUACGUAUAAUAGGUAAGUAAUAUGUUGUUAUUUUAAUCUUAACGCGUAUUUUUAAUUUGUACACAAUACACAUAUACAAUUAAAUCGCAAAUACGUCUUAGAGUACUCGGUAGAGUUUUAACUUUUUUAUAAAACGAUUAAUAAUUGAUUAUUAACAAAUUAAAAAAAAGUACAAGACGAUAGAAGAUAUUAUACCAAUAAGUACUUUUAUGAACGUAAAUACAUGGACACCCAAUUGGUUCUUAAAUCAAUAAAAAUCUAAUAAUAAUAUUAUAGUAAUACCUUCAUAUAGCGCGUACUAUCGAAAUUCCGGAAUUAAUUAAACACAAAAUGGGUUUCUAUUCAUCUACGUAUCAUGUUUAUAGGUAUAUAAAAUUGUUACAAAACGCUUUUAGGUAUAAUAAACCUGUACACAACCGUAAUAGUAAUCUAACUCUUAAAAUAAUAAAUAUUUUUAAAAAAAUAAUUAAUGCGAAAACACAAACGUGUGUUGUUAUUAUUUUUGAAUUUUAGAAAAAGGUAUUAAAAUAAUAGUAUAUUCAUGAAUUUACAUUAGGUGUAACUAAAACAUCAAAAUGUAACAUUUAUCUUAAAGAAUUUCAGAAUAUUAAGUAUUAUGCCGUAAAAAAAUCACACACAAGUAUUACUACGACUAAAAAUGUUCAUCUGUAUACUUUAUUUGGUUCAAUGUAAUUCAUCUAAUUUAAUUAAGUAUAUACUCGUAAGCAACACAGCCUUACGUGUGCAGUUGCAGUUUACUCGAUCAUACCUUACUAUAGCUGUGCCGUCUGACGUUACCUAUGUCAAAUAGAAAAAUGUUCAUCCCCAUCACCAAGAUAAUCCAUAAAUGCCAAUAAUAUUAAUAAUAAUAAUUAUUAUUUUUAUUUUAUUUGUUUUAUCUCUCUAUUUUUGUAUUAUGGCAUACUCGUACCCUCUGUUAUUUGAACGGAACACAAAAGUGUCGGAUGGGAUGCAAAUGCAAUUGCAAUGUAUCGAACAUAAAAUUGUUUAAAAAUUACAAUUCAAAGGUCCAAACUGCAGUGGCGUUUCCAGACUUUGGUUAUGGGGGAAGGAGGCAAAAUAAUUAAAUUUAAUAUUAAUGAUUAAUAAGAAAAAAUUAUAUCAAAUAAUGUAUUGAUCAUAUCUACUUCUGGACCGAUGACUAUGCCAAAUGCCAAUGUAAGUCAACUUCUCUUGGGGGAGGGGGUUAAGGACGCUCCGUAACCAAAGUGCAAUUUAAUAUAGUUACUCGGGUAAAACUAAUAUAAAUUUAUCAUUCUAAUUUUAUAAUAUGGAUAAAUGUAGAGGAUAAAACAAAUUCUAUCGCUGUUAUACAAUUAAAACGAUCCUACAUAAAUUAAAAGGAACUUGUUACAAUUUUACAAAGAAAAAAUAGAUUUGAAUUAAUUAUGACAGGUUUUAUCAAAAGCAUUUUAUAAAUAUAAUUUGUUCAAGGGUUACGUAUAUAUAUAAAAAAUAAUUUGAUUUGGUCAAUCCUCUAUAAUAAGGUGACAGUUGGUGAUUUUCACAUAGCCCUACAAGAAUUCUUUAUAAGAUUCGAGCAUUGAGCUCUACAAAAGAUUUACUCGUUCUUAAAAAAAAAAAAAACUACGCCUGCAGCUAAAAAAAACAUUCUUUUUUCUGUAAAUGAAAUAAACUAAAAAUAGUCUUGUAAAAAUGCCUACAUUGUAACAAAUUUCACUGUAUUUCCCACUUCCAUUCAAGUACCUAUUAUGUUUUAUUUAUUAUGAUUUAAUAGAAUUAACGCCGUUCGGCUAUUUUCAAAGGUAACUUGAGAAUCUAACAUAUAAAAUAAUAACAGAAAAGAAAAGAAGAAUACAAAGGAAAAUACAUUUUGGUAAUUACGAUACAAAUAAAAGUUGCUCGUAAAAAUAAAUAGAAUGUGUACCUUAGUACAGAAGUACUAUAUAGAACCAGAUUAAAUUGUAAUUACGCGUCAUUUCUGAUAAGGGUGCACUCAUUAAGAAAUUAGUAUUAAUACUAUUACUUGUAGGGAGAUAAAAGAGAACCCUGGACCUGCUAGGAACUUGGAGCGGCGACUCGACCCUCGAUCAAUCCGCGAAUAAAUCUGUAUUACCAAAAUUCUUGCGCCUUUCAGGAAGUAAUAUAAUAUUACUUAUAUAUUUUUUAGUCUUUCCAAAUAAUUCACAAAAUUUUUGGUUUUCUUCACAUCAAAUUAGAUUAGUGUAGUUAAUUAAAGUUAUUAAAACAUUUGAUUAUUGAUAAUAGACGUCUACUCCAUAGGUAUAUAGAUUAAGUCAUGUUCGUCUAUAAGGUUAUAGAAAAUAAUUGAAAUAGGUAUUAACUUUUGAAUAUAAUUUUUUUUUCAUACCGCUUCUUUGGAAAUUAAAAUGACUACAUUAAUAUAUAUAUAAAAAAAAAAAAAAAACUAUUCAGCGGACGUGUAUGUAUAUUGGAUUAAAAUGUUUAGAAUAAUAUUGCAAAGUGGCUAUUUUGAAAAGUUAACGAAUGAAGUGGUUUUUUCUACAGAUUAAGAGGUAAAAUAUUAGUUUAUUUUUCUCUAAAUAUAUGAACUUCUGACACAAGAUUAAAAUAAAUAAAUAAAUGGAACAUUAGCAUCGGGCGGCAACACAUCCUGUAUAUUAAUAGGUUAUUUUACAAGAACACCCAAAUUUUACCAACUAAAUUUCACAGAAUAAUGUAAGCAAAUUCAGUUUUAUUGUAAAUUAUAGUUUCCCAACCCGGAUUCUCGUGCAGUCUAAUUUAUUAUUGAUCUUUAGACAAAUAUUAUUUUUAUAUUUCCCUAAAAAGUUAUUAUCUAGUUUUUGAUAAUAAAAUUAUAGGUACAGAAAAGGUUGUUUAUAGGUAAUGCAGCUAGAAAAAGUUUAAAUUGUAUCCAUGUGUGUAAAUUUUAUAACACACUGGUGAUAAUAUCAUACCGCAACAGUUACAGUCGAGAUAUCAAAACUAUUCCUCUAUAAAACUUUACUCUGCCGUCAAUCUUUUGUGUUAUUAUGUCUUGCGUCUCGGAAAAAGAACGAACGGUAAUAAAAUCACGGUCGAAAUGGUGCCGAAAGAUAAAACAAUAUUUGACAGAAAACUUACUGCUCGUAUGCGAGUAAUUUCGAUGGCUCAGACGGGGUCGUUAAGGGGGUUGUCACAACCAAUUUUCCAGAAAUUUAGAUAUUGUUAUACGGCGCGGUGACGUAUAUAUCCUGUACUCGAACUGAGGGGGAGAGAGGCGUAAUGGUGACCUCAACUAAAACUUUUAUAAAAAUGUUUAUAGCAUUCCUCAGUGAUAUAUUUUUCAGAGAAUCCCGUAUACACGCUUCAGUAAUAGGGAAUUUAAAGUAAGCCUUGUGCUUAAUUCACUAAUCUCGGGAUAUUCUUUUCGUAACUUAAAAUUAUUUCACAGUAAAAUAACCACCGAGCACGUAAAUACACCAUUAUAAUGUAUACGUUAUAAUAUAUUUAUUUGUUGUAUACGAAUUAUCUUAGUGAAUAUUUCGUCAAUAGAGUUCCUCCUACUUGUUUUUCGCAAUUUGAGCACUGCGUACAAACCGAUAUCGCCUGCAGUAAUUCGGUAACCUACAUAUAGUUAAUAUUGUAUACAACAUUAAAAUACAUAAAGUACUUUACAAUCAAAUAAGUAAUAAAUCGGCGACACGGUCAGAGAACAACAAAAUCCAAUCGUAUAGCUAACGUCUUUAGAUACGCUUUUUUUUUUUUUUUUUACUCUACGAUAAGUGUCAUUUUUCAUAAUAUUAUCAGAAGCUUGCGGUAACGCCACUGCCGCCAAUACACAGCAGUUUGGAAAAUUAUCUUGAAAUUUCUCGAUUGGUUUGUAAGUUAUAAUCAAACUGUUCCCUUUACAUAUUAUAUUAUACAAUAUAGGGGAAUCCCAAGGUACAUAACAUUAAUAUACGGACUUUUACCAUUAUCCUAUCAUAUUUGAAGUAUCCGUAUACAUGCACACGGUGUUAUACAUAAUUUAAAAAGUCCAAUGUUUUAUCGAAUAAAGGAUAAAUCGUAAUUACGAAAUAAUAUGUCCCCUCACUCCGUCAUACACAUGAUUUUAAAUGUUGACGAAUAAUUUUGGAUAAAUUGUACAAUUUAAUAACAUUAUAGGUACUAGAAUAAAAUCCGUGAAAAAAUUAAUUAAUUCGUCGUUGAUAUUGACUUCCCUUGAUUAAACGUCAGAUAACGAUAGUUUAAUUUUACUGACCAUCGAAUACUGCUAUAAUAAUAUCAACGGUACAUAAAAAAAACGUUCUUUGUGCUAAACAAAUUUACUUUGAAGGAUUUUUUUAUAAACUUGUCAAUUUUUUUCUGUAUAGAAAAUACAGUCCGACUGAAAAUAUUAUACCUAAUUUAAUAUUCGAUGGUAAUUUAUUCGUUUUUAAUAUAUUAAUAUUGUAUCAUGCGGUUAUUUCGUUGUUUGUUAUUAAAAAUGCUUAUACGAUAAUAUAACAUGCAUAUUAAUACCGUUUUUUUUAAAAAUGAGACCGGGGUUCUAAUUUUAUUUAUUUUUGUUUUUUGGUUUUAAUACGUCAAGUUUGUAAAGUAAAUAAGUUAAACUAAUGGUUGAAAAAACCCGAUUAACAUAAACGAAUAAGCGAAUAUUUUAAAAAUACUUAAGCAAGUGUUUAUUUUCUUUAAAUUAGUUAUUAUAAAGUUAGAUAACCUAUUGUAUUAUGUAGUAUAAUAUGUGGUAACCUAAACUAUUUAAAUGUAAUUCAGGCUUCUAGGACGAUUUUUGACUGUUUACGGUAAAAUUUAAAAUAAAUAAUGCUUUUAAAAUCUAAAAAUAAAUUAUAAUUGGAUUUUUUAAUAUUUAAUUCAGCUAUAAUCUAUAAAAAGUAUCAGUUUAAAGCUACAAAUUAAAUUAAAUCACUGUUAGGCACACCGGUUAGUUUAAAAAUGUGGUGGUUGCCUAUGUAUAUUUGUGUGUGUACAUAUAUUUUAUGUUAUACUUAAUUUCAAAUCACACGUUUAAAAUGGAAUUUUGUGAUCACAAUAAUUUUAGAUUAGGAAACUGCUACUAAUUGUUUUUUUUCUACAAAUGAAGUCUAAUACUGCAAUAUAGGAAGUUAUAUAAUACUAUUAUAAGCAUAAUUUUUUUUUCCAUGCGUGGUGAAAAAGAGACCAUAUACCAACGUACAUAGGUCAUAUGCAAGUAUAUUAAAUACACACUUACUCCGAAUAUUUAUUUAUAGGUUGCAAAAAACCUAACCUAUACAUAAACUUAUCAUUUAAUUAAUAAUUUUAAACAACUAUAUGUCAUACUCAUCAUAUAUUAUUCAAUAUUUUCAUUCAUAAUAAAAACAUGGAUGUGAUAUGUCACCUUAUCAAUGAAGACAGUAUUCAGACGUAGUUUUCGUACAAUAUAAUAUAUUGUAGGUAAAUAAAAUAAAUAAAAGGCCUCACUUGUUUGUCAUUGUAGUAAUUAUAAUGAUCUCACUUGGUGAUUUCCCAUCCAGAAUUUUAGAAUCUAUGAUUAUUUUAAACAUUGUUUUAAGAAAACAUUAAAAGUAUGUAUUAUAUAUAUAUUAGGAUAGUUGUUAUCUUUGAACUUCAAUAAUUUUAUGCCACGGGCUCGAAAUUCUAUUAAUUACUUACAUUGUAAAAAUAAUUUUUGUAAAUUUUGGGUACAGUGAGCCAACCCCUUCACGUGCCUCGAAAGGGUUGAAGUUUGUAAAAAGGGGAUGUUUUUGGAUAUUUUACGUUAAUUUUUUUAAUUUUUAACAUUUGUAUUUUCAAAGUUCAAAAAAAAUAAUAUAAAAACUAUCCCUUUUUACUAACUCCAACCCCUUGGAGGCACGUAAAGGGGUUGACCUAUCAUAACCAAAAUUUACAAAAAUUAUUUUUACAGUGUACCUAACAGAAUCCCGAGCACUUGGAUUCAAAUAUUUGACGUUUAUUUUCAAUUAUAUCUAUAUUUUAACAUAGCUAUAUUUUGAAUUGAAAUUACAACCCAAAUUUUAAUACUCGAAUGAUAAACUAUGUAUUAUUAUAAUGUGUGCGUUUUUGAAAAAAAAAAAAGAUUUAUGUAAACGUAAAAAAAAUAGAUAGGUAUUUUAAAGUUAUUCAUAAGAAACUAAUAUUGGAUAAUCAUGAACAUUAUACUGUUUAGCAUAUACCUUAUAAUACAAAAUAAUUAAGUAUUUGUAUUAUUAAUUUUAUAAAAUAAUAACAAUUAUAUGAAAUAAUUAAAUAAAACCCUAACAGAAUGAUGUGAAUUGGAACAAUAUCAAUUAUCAUUAAUAAUAUUGUGCCAAUAAAUAUAUAUAAAUAUUUCAAUAACUCACUUCGACCCCUUACGAUAACUCAGAAUUCACAAAAAUAAUUCAUCAAGUUGUCCAAAAAAAUUUUAAGUCAGCCAAUUAUGAAUACCUACCUAUAAGUAUGUUAAUAUGGUAUAUAUUUCACAAUAUAAUAUUAUAAUAUUUUCCACCUCGAAUAAUGAUCAUUGAUAAGUUUUAUCGACAUGUAUAUAGUUUCCAUAAAACGAAAGAUACGUAUCUAAAAAUCAAAAGCAUUGUCAAUAUUUUUUACCACGUAGGUAAGUAUACGAGAUGAAAAAAAAAACCGUACGUUUUUGUCAGGAUGGCAGCAUUUUUAAGAGCACAAAUAUUUUCUAACUACAUGGGAGUAUAGCUAUCCGUUUUAAAUUUAUUUUCAAGACUCUUACCCUUUGUGUAGCUAGAACGAAUGGUAAAACUUUAUUAUUAUUAUUAUAUCAUUUUUAUUAUUAUUUAUAUAUUUUUUUUUUUUUUUGAAGUGUAAACGCUGAAGUUUAUUGAAAUUUUGUGUCGUUGAGUUUUUUGAAAACCUACUACCGAAACCCUAUUAGUAUUAAAGUUUAUUUCAUUUUGAAUACAUGACAAUACAAAUUAUACACACAAAACUAAACAACUGAAGCAAGAAAAGUUUUCACGUUGAUAUUUUAAAACUAUACCUAUGCUAUAUAUAGAACUCAAAAACAUUGUUUGAAGAAUUCCGUAUAAUUCCCAGUACAGUGAACACAAUAUUUUUUUUGUUUUUAAAGUUUAAUUAGAUUCUCGGAUACGUCAUACAAACCGGUACUAUAUGUCUUGAUUUGAGUAAUACAAGGAAAAACUAUAAUUUUUGUAAAGCACACGUGAAAUCGUAAAAUGAUUGGUGUCGAUUGUGUCAAAAAGUCAACUAUGUUGACAACUGUAGUAGAUUAGGUAAUAAAUAUACUCUAUAGCACGCAAUUAAAAUUCGUAUUAACAUUAUCUAUAUCCAUUACUAAAAUAAAAUUGAAAACAUAAUCAAAUAAAAUAUUGUAUGAAUGUAAAAUUAUUAUUGGAAAAUGUCCUGGGUAAAGUAUCAUGUUGAUAGAUUCAAUAAUAUAAUAUACACAUAAUAUUUUAAUAAAUUAAUAAUAUACGCUAAAAAUGUACAGUUAACGAGAAGAGUCAACUAAAAAAGCAAUUUGGGAUAGGUGAAAUACAAAUUUUGUUUAUGGGAUGAUGAUGGUUUUUUUUUUAAUUAUUAAGAAUAAAAAUAAAUCGUUAAUACGAAAAACCAUUAUAUGGAGGACUCAUUGAAAAUGGAUUGUGUUUGAAUAGUUUGUGUAAAGUUUAAAAGGCAUGACCUCAUUUAAUAAUUAUAAUUAGAUAUGUAUAUUAAUCAGCUAGUUACAAUUAAUAUUUUGUACGUAUUGUGAUACAUAUAUUUUUUUUUUCUAAUAUUUAAAAUCUUUUAAUUACAAAUGUUUACAUUAAAUUGUUAAACGAUUUGCAGCGUCAAUUAAUGACUAUAAAACACUAUGUACUCCUGGGAUUACUAAAAAAUAUGUACACACAUCUUUAGAUACAAUAUUCUAACCUAACUUAAUCAAAAUAGUUUGAAACGUCAAACUGUACAGUUUGCACAUACAUAAAUAUGCUUUGUGAUGCAGAAACAACAGGAAAUUACUGAAAUCUACACGAUCUCAUUUCUAAUUUAUAAAUAUUUAAUAUAUAGAUAUGGGGGCAAUUAAAUACACUUACAAUCGUGAAAUACACAUACCGUACGAACUUUUACGAAUAAAUUAAAUUUGUUUAUAUCAUUUACAGUAUUCAAUAUUGAAGUUUCACGCUAUUUACCAAGUGCAUCAAAUUGGGCAGUAGAAUACAAGAUAAGCGUGUACAAUCUGGAAACUUUCCAACUAUUAUUUAAUAAUAUAUUUAUUAUACCGUCUACGAUGAAAAUAAUAAUACAUAUUAUUUCCGGUGAAAUUAAUAGUGAACUAAAAUAAUAUAAACUGAAUGACGGACGAAAUUCUCUCUUUAGACUAUUUAUAUACACUAACAAUAUAUUUUAGGGCUUAGUGGCCGGCCGACCUAAUAUCGUGACCAAAUUAUUAUAUAAAAAAAAAAUAAAUGAAAAAUAAUAAUAAUAAUAUAUUACUUUCAAAUUCAAAAUUUGUACGUUUAGGUAAUUUAUAGACUUAUAAAUAAAUUAACGUUACUGCAGGUUAUACAAUGAAAAAUAGGUAUUGGAAUUUUGUCAAAAUAGUAAUAAUAAGGGAUAAAAUAUUGUAUACCGUGUAUUAUUACCAAGUAUUUUUCAUAGAUACACAGAUUAUAAUUAUUAAUACUAAUUGAUUUUUACUUUAUUAAAAAUCUACAACAAAGAAGAAACUAAACACUUGGGACCUUUAGCUAUAGUGUAAUAUGAAUUUGGGUUCGUUCUUUUUAAGGUACCGUAUUUUCUUUACUCCUUUAACCAUCGUUUAAACUUUACAUGGAUGUUGAUGAUAAAUACUUAAUUAUAAAAUAUUGUGAAAUGUGAAAAACAGUUAUAUUAAACUACUUUUUAUCGCUUGUUCUUCUUGUCUUUACUUUUUGAAGAACUCUGAUAUCAGGGGCACCAAAGUCUCACUUUGCCAACUUACCUAGUAAUUGCACCACUGAGCAACAGUAAGUAUUUAAAAUCUGGCGAACCUGGUGAAACGGUGAAUCUGAUAUUAAUGUGAUAUCAACAUUUCUAGAAAAAUAUUCUUUAUUCGAAUCUGUAUUCUAAAGGGGGGUUCAUAUUUGAAAAUCAAAACUAUGCAAUUAUUUAAUAUACAUGGAUUAGGGGUAAAAAUUAAAAAUGAUCAUAAAUUUAAGCUUACACGAUUUCAUAAUGAUUAGAAAAAACAGAAAUCAAAUUCACUUAAAGUUCUCUGAGAUAAUUGGUGGUUCAUUAUAAAAAAAAUCACCCUGUAUAUAUAUACAACCCUAAAUAAAUAAAUUAUAAUCCUAAAAUAUAAUAAUAUAAUAUAUGCAUAAUAUAUGGGUGGUAAAUUUGUCAAUCUUAAAUAUUCAACAUUUUCAAAACUUAACAAAAGACAUUUUUAAUUUCGUUAAAAAAUAUGUAUAAUAUACAUUUCAAAUAGUAAAUAAAUAUAAAUAAAUUAUUUAUUGACUGUUAGAACUUUCAACUACAAAACGAUAAUAUUAUAGUUCAUACUUUUAUUUUGUAUAACAUUAUUACUAAUACAUUUAUGAAUUUCAUUAUAAAAUAAAGUCUAGCACAGAAAAAUGUCUGUGUAGCUAAUAACCAGGACUCGGGACUUUAUGCAUUUAAAAUCCUCAGAAAAGAGCUUAAAACGUCAAAAGUUAUGAAAUAAAAUUUAAAAAUCAAAAAUGGCAAACAGCUCAGAGGGGUUUAACAUUUCUAUCUCUACAUACCAUCACGGCUCUAACCAUUAAAUGCAAAAAAACUUGUGUUUAUUAUCAUUUUUGUAAUGUUCGAAAAUUGUAUUUUAUAAUUUAGAGUCAUUGGAGGGGGACUUUGUAUAUUUAUUAUAUAGUACCUAUAUGUAUUCAACAGUAAACUAUUCAAGAAAAGUAUACUUCUUCAAUUGCAUUCUAAUAAAAAAAAGAAAUGCAUAGUAUUAAUUAUAUAGGUAUUAUAAUAUAUAUGUAUACAUAGGACGUAACAAGAAGAUCUGACACCUGAAAGAACUUUUGUUCUGUUCAAUAUUUUUAAGUUUCAUAUCCUUAUAAUGAUUUCUAGAGCCUAUCACCAUAUAAUUCCUCUAUUUAAUAUGUUUUAUAUAUUUUUAAACCACAAAUAAAACGUUUAAAUUUUAAAAAAAAACUGUACUUACAAAAUCCAAGAUGGCUAGGUAUUUUAUAAAUAUAUUUUAAAACAGAAUUUAGAUGUUACAAAUAGUUAUGGAUGAUAAUCGUUAAGUUUCUAGAAUUUUUCGAAGUUAAUAAUAAUUAUUAACAAAAUUGUUUUUUAUUGGAAAAUUGUCGAAUAAAUUUACAUUAUUUAGUAGUGGCAAUGAAAAUAAUUUAAAUCAUCUAUAACUUAAAAAAAAAUGUAGAAAAUUAAUGAUUCAUCGUUAUUUGUGAGUAAACAAUUGUAACACAACUCGUACGAUUUUAUAGACACUUUACAUAAUAAAAUUUUAAAAAUUGUAAGGUUUCUAAUAGAAAUCACUAUGACAUAUUAUAUUAAAUCAAUAGGAAAAUGAUGGCAAUCUCUUCAAUUUAUUGGAUGAAUUAUAAUACAACGGUUGUCUGUCAGCAUGGCGGCAUGAGCGGCUAUACUAGUUUAAGAUUAAUUUUAAUUAGUUUAUGUCCCUCUUGUGCGUGUCACCAACAGUGUGGUAAUUUGGUGUAAAUAAUUAAUUUAAUUAAUCAGAGAGAAAAGCAACAUUGUUACGAAGUACAUGAUUUCCAAUUUAUGUAGUGCAGGUAGUAUUAAAUGUCUAAUGGCAAUUAUUAUUACCUACUACACAAUACCAUAAAUCAUGCUACCAUAAGACAUUUAUGAUAUUUUACAGUGAGAAAAUCACUCCUAUAAGUUAAACAAUGUAUACCUGCGAACAUUUGGUAAGAAUCAAUGAUUAUAUUAUUUGCAUAUUGUACAGAACAGGGUCAUUUAUGUAUGCUAAGGGAGUGGUAUACAUAAAAUGAGUGGCUCAAAUAUAUUUUUAGCAACUUACUCUUUUUCUUAUAACUUAUCUGGAACUUUUAAUAUUUCCACGAACAAAUAAAGAAUUAUUUGAAGAACAAAAUUAAAAGAACCUGUUUUACCCAAAAAUAGUAAUUAACAUUUUUAAUGUUUAUAAAAAAAUGCUCUCAGACAAGGUUCAAAGAUAUUCAUAUAUAUACUAUUACUUGAAAUACAGUCCGGAAUAUAGUAUAUAUUAUAUUGGUCUUAAUUUGAAUAUUCAAUUGUUAAAACUUUUAAUUAUAUAUAAAAAUAAAUACAAAACAGAUUUGAAUGAUAAUUUAGAUUUUAAAUGUAUAAGUAUAUCACUAAGUCUAUAAGUAUAUUCAUGAAUUUAUAUUUAUUUUACUAUUGAGUAUUUUAAUAAAAUCAGUUAUAUUAUUAUUUUCUAAAAUCGAAACUCACAACUAAAAUAAAUUUGAUCAAAAUCGUUUUUGUUAAGAGUUAAUAUCUUGAAAAAGAAGCAAAAUAGAAAAUAAAUUUCGACCUUUUACUGAACCUACCUACUAAAACAAUAUAUUGUACUAAGUACAAAAUUAUUGAACCUAUUUAGUUUAGACUGACACUAGAAGAUUACAUUCUAAUCAAUUGUAAUAAUUUUUACAGUAGGUAAACUUAUACAAGAAUGAGAUUGAUUAGUUGAAAAGUUACAGUAAUAAUCAAUGAGAAAUAGCUUUACGGCAGUUCUUGUGUUCAAAUCGUUGCAAAUUAUGAUUUAUUAUUUAAUCGAUUACACAUUAUUAAAACCAAAAAACCUUAGCGAACUCAACAAAUAAAAGUAAGAUGCUCACGUAAAAAAAAAAAAAAAAAACAGCAUAUUAAUCAAAUAGAAAAAUAUUGCAUACCCAAAAAACAGUUAAAAAUCACUGCUAUGGGAAGUAUUUUAUUUUGUUUUUUUUUUUUACAUGUAAACGGUUAAGAGGGAGCUAUUUAUAUGAAACUUUUGAAGCACUCCUUCUAUCCAAAUACAUGCUCACAAUGCAUAACUUAAAAACAAGUAGUUUAUAUUCGGUUUAGCAUACCACUGACGUAAAUUUGAUCAAGGAAUCGUUAUAUUAAUUAAAUUUUUAUGUGACAUCCUCUAUCACUUUAGAAAAGGAUAUACAACUCUGAGAAAAUCAGAACUAAGAUUUUUUUUUUGAUUUUUCCGAUAAUCAUUUGAAAAUAUAUUCAAAUAUUUAAAAUUAUAAUUUCUAAAAUUGAAUACAUUUUUAUUAUUUAUUUAGUAAAACAUAAAAAUAUAUUAGUUGAAAGAAUACAUAAGAGAAUCAAACAUUUAUAUUAUUAUAAAUUAUUAUGGAAUUUAUAAGAUUUUUAUGAUGAAAGGGAUGUGGUCGUUUUUAAUUUUGAAUCGCCAAAGUAUUCUUUGAUUAAAAUUUCAAUUCGUUUGAGAUACAACAUAAACCGACUAUGUACUUAUUGUAUCUUUCUCGACAAAUGCCUUCAGAAACAACAAAAUUUAAUUAAAAAAUGAACCAAGACAUUUCUGUACCAACCAAAAUCUAAAAUACAUUAUAUGUAUACUGAUUUGUUCGCUCUCCUUAUACAUUCAAAAUAUUUACAUAAUUGUCUAAAUUAUUUCAGUAUUUAUAAACGUUCAGAUGUUGAUGAAAAUCUUAUUAACGUUUACAUUUAUAUUUCAAUACACGUCUAAACGAACUCUGCUCGGCAUUGUUUUUUGUUAGCAAUGAUUUAUCGUUGCGUACAGACUUAAAUUAAAAUACCCUAUAAUAUACCCUACCUUCUCGAAUUCCCACCUACAACAGUAACACAACCUUUCCAAUAGUAUCAGUUUUUUUUCCCUUUUAUCUGAAUUUAAAUCAACAAUUAGUUUAUUUAUUUAUUAUACAUUAAGAGGAUGAUUAAAAAAUAUUUUCAUUUUUAAAAACUAUAUUAAUUGACAAAAGUAAAUACAUUAGAAACAUUGAUUUUAUAUAUUUUCGUAUUUCUUUAUGAACGCUGAACAUUUUAAUUAAAACGUAUUAAUGUCGAAAAAGGUAUUUGUAUUGAUUACAUUAUUAUUAAUAAUUUUAAACCAAUUUCAACAUGAUUUUUAAUUUUAGAUUAAUAACUCGGGUAAUAAUAACAAUUAUUAUUUAAGUCCAAUUGGUUAAUGUGGACGUACAAAAUUUUGUUUAAUAUUAUCUAAACAAAUAUCUCAAAACAAAUUUCUUCACUCUUUACACGUUUUUUUUUUUUUUUUAAUGAUUAUACGCGUAGCUACAAUGAUACAAUAUUGUAAAAAUAAUUGCGAAUUGAAUUCAGUUAACUCUGUUUCGAAAUAGAUUUCAAUUUAAAAAUAAAAAAUAAAAUAUUGACAAGCGCCCAAACGAGGAUAGUUACAGGUAACCGAUAUCCACAACAUUUGCAUGUAUCACGCCGCCCGUUGAAUUUCCGUAUAUAUUUAUAAAUAAAUCAAAAAUAUAUUAUAAUAAAAUAUCAUGUUAUUGUUUAAAGAUUUGGCACCCUUGAUCGAUGGCGCGCGGGACGCACGCGUACGCGAAUCGGCCCACAUUAAAUCCACUACUAUACGUGUUAUUACAACAACAUGAUAUUAUUAUAAAUACCUACCAUACAUACGUUCCGUCGUCAUAUAAGCAUACGUAAUCACCGUUCGGAUAAAUGAAUUAAUCUUGUGUACCUACUGGCUGAAAAGUGGGUCAUGAACAGCAGAAAUUGAAUACGCCACUGCGCUGAAUUUUUAGAAAAAAUAAAAACAAAAAAAUACUUUUUUCUUUAUUGGGGAUUGAGUUUUCCUAUAGGUCUAUAAAGUCAAUGCACUGGCGCCAAACGACGAUUAUGUUGAAAAUAUAUUGGGAAUUAUGUCAAACCUAAUACAGGGUGAUCCUUAUACUGAAGUUAUACGACACUCGUUAUCUCGAAAAAUAUUAACUUUUUGCGGAAUCGGUUUUUUUUAGUAAACGUACGAAACGAGCAACUCUUUAAUAUAACAUUAGAUACCGUUAUUUUUUUGUCGCCUAAAUUAAUAUAGUUGAAACCACUUUUGAUUUUCAAAUAGCAAUCUGUACUAAAAACUGCAUAAAUAAUAAGGAUGGUUUUUUUUUUUUUUGGUUAGAUAAACUCCCCCUUCCUGCUAACCGACAAAACUUAGAAAUUAAAUAUCUCGUGAACAGAGGUUGACGAUAAAUAAAAAUGUCAAAACCGAAAUAUAUUUAAACCGAAUGUAUUUUUAGAGGCAUUUUUAAUAGAUUAUCGGUUAAUAUUUGAUAACUAAAAAUGGGUAGUAAUUUCAACCCUAAAAAUAAGGGCAACAAAAAAUAAAGGUGAUGUUAGAUAUAAUAAAAUAUCCGAAAAAGUGUAUCCUUUCCGGAACAAUGAGUAUCGUACGUCUUAUACGAGUGUACUACGGUAUGAUGAUCACUCUGUAUAAUAAUAUUACGUAAAUAUUUUUAUUAUUCAAUAAAAAAAAAAACUAUAUAUUUUAAAAUCGAUUUUUACCUAUUGUUUACACAUAACCGGGGCAGCUAUGGUCGCGUAGUGCGCAAACAACACUUUUCUGUAGAAUAUUCAUAACGCAUCAUUGCCGGAAAAAUAUGUAAUAUUACUAGAAUACGUAUAAGAAAGUAUCGAACACAACUGCAGCUUUUGUUUGGUUUUGUUCUCCUUUAUUAAAACGCUUUAAGUUAUUUAAACUCUCCGUGCAUGAAAAAUUUACACGUUAAGUGAAUUAUUGAAACUGUAUAAAAAAAUUAUAGUGGCAUACAGACACGUCUAUACUCUAUAUACAUAUAUAAUAUAUAUAUAUGUAAGAACCUAACGUACACAUGCAUGUAAUACAUUGUAAACAAUUCACACACGUUUUAUGUAUAAAGUUUAAACUUUCGGGCAGAGUGUAAGUUUAAAAGUGAUUAUGCAGAAGUGUGUGGUUAUCAAAUAUGAAAUUUAUCCGAUGUGGGUACUCAUCCGUUAUUGCAAGGCAGUAUAAUAGAUAGGUAACUCCCUGGAACUCUCCUGUUUUCUUUUUUUAUUCAAGAUUAUAAUAUUCUAGAGACGGUUGCUUAUGAGCAGGGUUCGGGACUUAUAACAUUUAAAGUCAACAAGAAAGCGUUCAGAAAACUUCAUUAUAGUCCUGAAUUCAGCACUUAAAAAUUGUUUACGAUGUUAGCAAAUUUUUUUUUAUUCGUCGAAAUAAGCAAAAAAAAAAAAAUCACUUUCGAAUUUUUAUAUUUAAACUUGUUAAUCUUUUUAAAACUAAGAGGUAGGGGUUUUACCGACGCGACAAGUAGAGAUAACCUAAACAAGAAAAUACAAAUUGGAUAAUAUAAUUCAAAAAUAACAUUAUUUAAAAAUCAUAUAGAGGAGGGAGAGGGACCUAGAGUUUUUAAGUGAAUUGCUUAAUCAUAAAGUAUAAAAUAUGCGAAAAACAUCCAGGAAAAACAAGUAAAAUAUUUUUAUUUUUUUUAAUAGGAAUAAAAAAAGAACUUCAAAAUUGCAUACAAAGUUGAAUUUGCCGUAAUGUAACAUGGAUUUCUAUAGCGUUCUGCUAAAUGUAAUGGAAUACCAAAAAAAGAAGUAAAUGCGUCUUGACCUGCUUAUGAGUUACAUAUAUGAUUUAAAUAUUGUUUAUUCCCUGAUUUUUACAAUAUUUGUAUGGCUUCUAAAAUAAUCAUCAUUAAAUUUUGAUAAGUACAUUAAUAUUUGUUUUUAUCGUUUUUAUUGUUUUACCGUUCUACUAGUUGAAACAAUACGAAUUUCGGUGGAAAAAACGCAAACAACAUUUAACGUGUAAAUAAUCGAAUUGUUAUCCAACGGCAUCAAAAAUGUAGAAAUCGCGAAUGUUUUCAUCAUUCCCAUGUUUAUUUUGGUGUGCAAUAAAGUUUUUAUAGUCGAUUCCUCCCGAAAUAAAAGAUAUAAUUUCGUAUAUAAACUCGACAAUUUUGUACUAUUAUUUUUAUUUGUUUUAUUAAAAUCUACCAGCAGAUGUAAUAUGCACGGUAUGUUUGUGGUCACGGCGAUUCAAUAAAAGUUAAAUUCCACUUUUGGGUUAUUGCGUUAUAACAUUUAAUUACUUAAACUUAGUACCCUUAAAUAAGGCUAACGACUUUAUAAAAGUUACAACAAGGAUUUGCUUAUUGUUUAAAAACUAUCCUAUGGCAUUUAUUCUUAAUUCCAAUUCGUACAACUAACAAACCCAUUUUUAUUGACUAAGUAUAUUAAUUUUGAAUGUGAAAAAAUCCGUGUUUUUAAAUGAAUUAAUGACUGUUAAUUAUAAUAUACACGCGUUACUCUGAUUCUAACACAAUCUGCUUGCAUAGGUCAUUACAUUUUUAUUUCAUUACUCUAUACUAUUAAUAAUUAAAUAAAAAUAGAAAUAUAUUUUAAUUAUCAUACUAUUUGUACUUAGAUAUAAAGUGACCAAAAAAAAAAAAAAUAAAUCAAAGGUAAAUAAUAAUAAUCUAUCGCAUAAACAUAAUAAUGCCCUCUCCUCAAGCCACUCAAAAAAAAAAAAAAUAUAAAAUAAUUAUAAAAGGAGCUGACAUUGGGAACUGGUGUGCUAAUGUUGUAGGUGGAAAGUUGGAAAGAUUAGGAUAUAUCAAGGUUGAAAACUUUUUAUGUAUGAAAGCAAUGCCAAACCAUUGCUAAAAAAAGCGAUUCUUAGCGAAGUUUAGUUAGACGAGUUUUAAAAUGGCGUAGUCGUUAUAAUUUUUGUCCAAAUUUGAACUUAAAACUCGUAUAUAAAAAAAUUACUAUAUUUCACCCUACUUUCAUUUUUUUACCACUAAGAAUAACUUAUAAUGACCCUCUUGUUAAAUUUCCAAGCAUUUCUGUUUGGUCAAAACAUUUUAUCUAUAGAAUACCUAUCAAAUAAAAACUACUUAAGAGGACGUUAUACCCGAAUCUACUGUCCAACUACUAGUUAACAUGCAAAAAAAAUGAUUACGCAAAAUAAGUAAAAAUAGCUUCAUUUUGAUUUUAGAGUAAUAGUACUUAUUAUGAAAUUUAUAGAUAACAAUAUUUUUAAAGGAAAGUCAUAGGUGUUUUUUGAAUUACGAACUAUUAAAGAAAUAACAGCUAUUUAAAAAAACAAAAAAAAAGGUUUUUAUAUCUUUUAUAUAGAGCUGUAUAUUUUGAAUAAUACAAAAACCUUAAGACAUUCUCUCCAAAAUAUUGUUCUCUAUAAAUUGCACAAUAAGUACUUUACCUCUAAAAUCAUAAUUAAGCUAGUUUAACUUAUUCUGCGUAAGUAUUGAUUUUGCAUGGUACCUGGUAGUUGGACUGAGACUAUAGAUGCGGGUAUAUGUAUAACGUCCUUUUAAUCAAACUCGGAAAUAUAAAAUUCCUAUAAAUAGCUCAAAAUUCGACAAAAUUUGUUGAACAAUUUUCCUUUUUUAGAAAAAUCCAAUACAAGUUUUCUAUCAAAAUUCCAAGUCUCUAUAAAUAUUUUUAACUGUAUUAAAAUAAAAAAAACAAUAUUGAAAAUAAUGAAACCAUUAUUUCCAUAAACGUUCCCGUUCUUUCAACAUUUUUUUUCGGGUAAAUUAUUAAGAGUACUGCUUAACAAAUAAAAAAUCGACUUACUUACUCACCAAUUAUAUACAUGAAAUUCAAUAAAAAAAAAAAAAAAGGUAUUUUUUUGAUUGGAAUAAUAUUUCUCGUGGAAAUUUGUAAAAAUUUAAAAUUACGAAAACGCCUUUUUUGGGAAACACAGUGUUAUGGCCAUCUUGUUACUGGCAGAUAGAUUCAAUGGCUUGGUCAACCAUUUUAAUUAAUUAGGCCACUUUGUUUAUACGAUAACCCCAGCCUUAUUUUAUAUUAACAAUAUUACUAUGCGAAUUAUUUCAUAAUUUCAAAGAAAUGUGUAAAAUAUAAAUUUGAAAAAUACAAAUGUAUAUGUAUAGUAUGAAUGUAAAUUUACUUAGUUUAAAAUCAAACCGUAAUUUUUAUUGUAAUGAGGUGUGAUUGGAUUCAUCUUUCCAAAAAAAAUAACAUGUAUAUAUAUAUAAUUAGAUCAAAAAUACAGUCAUUAGUUACUAUUGUUUCGAUGACAAAUGUAUUUUGUAUUCUUAUUACGAACAUUUUUUUUCCUUGGGGCGCUUUAAUGUGUACUUAUGCCUGCAGUUUUAUACAUUACUACGUUGAAACAAAUAGUCACACAUCAUAAUUAAGUUUUUCAUUCUUCUGCAGGAAAUUGGAACCCCCUCAUCCGCUAACCACCACCAUGCGAAAAUACACCUUAAACCCUCACCUUCUAAAUAACACUAUCGCCGCGCAACUGCAAAAAAUACACGCUCAAGUUAGGAAAAUAAUACGUUUACGUAAAAUAUUGAAAACAUACUGCAAUGUAGUAUAAUAAAUAUUUUUUCGAUGUAUUAAAAUCCAAUAAAUAUAUUAACGGACGUCAAUCGGAUUUCAUGAUGUUUUAUAACACCAAUUCACAAUAAUAACACAUUUUAAUGCGUGCAUAUAUUAAUAGUUGAUACAAUACAAAAUUACACAUUAUAUUAUACUACUUUUGAAUGUACAUGGUAUAGGUAUAUAUGAUUUUAAAAACUACACAAAAUACAUACAGUGUGUCCGUCCACAAAAAAAUAAGCCAUCACGAGGCUCUUUAAAGCAAUAUUCAAUACAAAUUUUUAAAUCUAUUUUCGGGACAUGAAAUUUGACAAAUGAGUUCUUCACUCCUCUGACUUACAAUAUUCUUAACUCAUGUAUUCUGAGUACAAUAUAAAUCCACUUUUUUUUUUUAAUGGGGACUCAUAUUUUGAAUAUAGAUUGGUUGAAUUUGUCAAGCCAUUUUAAUGCGCCAACAUCCAAAAUCCAGAAUUAACUGAAUACGAGCUGUUUUGUUUUUAACUACUUAUAGAUAUUUUUUAGAAUAAAAAAUUGAUUUAUACAUAAUACAUUUAAAACAGUCGAAAUAAGAAUAAAUACAGAGUGUACCUAUAGUAUAGGUACAUUCUGUAGUAUACUAUAGUAUUCUAUUAUAGUAUGGGUCCUAUACUCAUUUCGACAAUAUCUACAGAUAUUGCUAAUCAAUAACCAUACAGAAAUUGUAGUACACAUUUAAAUUGAAACUGCUCUAAUUCAGCCACGUUUUUAUUUAGAGUACAAUUUGAUGCAUUCAAAUUACUUUUAAAGGAGGUACCAUUGAAAUAAAAAUUUGGCAAAGAAUCGUCAUCUUUAUUGGUACCUACAAUGUAAAUAAUUUGGAACGUUUUUACUAAAAAAAAAUUGUAUACAUACAUAUUAUAGUAUGUAGUUAUAGUAUACAAAAUAAUAAAAUACUUGAAUAAUUUUAUUAAAUAUAUUUAUCUCCUUUAUUGUUCAUUUGUUUUACAUUAUAAUUUAUGUAUUAUAUAUAAACGAGUAUAUACACUAUACAAUACACAUACAUUAGUAAAACUUUUACUUACGAAUAUAUCAGACAUCAGUGAGAGUAGAAAAUAUAUCUUCCUAUAUUAGCCCAUUAAAAAAAUGUUACGGGUUUUGAAAGGUGUAGACAUUUUGACAGAACAAUGUAUAUAAAUAUUAUAUUCCUUCAAAUAUUUAUAAGUUAUCAUUAAAACAUAAUAUAUCAUAAUUAUUUGGAAAUAUUGGACAAUAGACAUUAGAUGUUUGAAAUUGAUUAAUAUCUGUACGAUAAUAUUUCAAAUUUAAAAUCUGACUGAUUUUACAUAAUCAGUAAAAAAACGAAGGUGAAGAAAAUAUAAUAUUUUACAAGUUUUAAAUUUACAAUUAUAAAUAAACUAUUUAUGACGAAAAUUUUAAUAUAGUAUAAUACACCAUUUAAUCAUAUUUUAAACAAUAUAAUAUUGAAGGUGUUUUUUUUUAAAUAUUUAUGUAGUAUUUCUGAUUUUGAGAAUGGAUAUAUUGGUUUAACUGAUGUUUUUUUUUUUCUGUUUGUAAACAAAUUUGCUACCAGAAAACUUAUUCCAAUUAAAAAAUGGCAAAAGGCCAUUUUUAUUAAAUUUUGGAUAUUGUUGGUGCAUCAGCUUUUAAUUUUUCAAGCUGGUUUUAUAAUAAGUGUGAACGAUAAACGAUUAACGAUAAAAACGUAAAAUAAAAAAGGAAAAUUUCAGUCAGGUAUGAAUCUAAACUAUGAGCUGCUCCUCUUUUUUUGCUGAUCCGCAAAGGGAGCAAAGGUAUUAAAUUGUUUAAUUAUCAAGUUAUAUUAGAAUAUAUACUUGUACUUAUCAAGAUAACCAAGAUAACUAUAACAAGUAUCUAGUCUUGGAAAAAUAUCGGUAGUCAAGAUAACACGGAACCAGAAGUACCUUUUUUCAUAAGCGUUUAAGAUUUAAUUUUGAUGAAAAUCAUAAUUACGGAAUUUUAAAAUAUGUACAACCAAACAUCCAUUCUAAAACAUUUUUAAGAGGGCCCAGUUCACAGAGGACAGAAAUAUGUAUCUGAAAUGGUAAAUAUAGAAUAGAUUCAACAGAACAAAAAACUCAUACAAAUAUUAUUUAAUUUGAAUGAAAAAAUAAUUAUUCAUUCUAUCGGAUAUAAGGCAAAAAAUAUUUUCAAAUAAAUAAGGAAUAAAGGAAAGAGCUAUAUUUAUUACUAUAAUAUUACAACAUAGUAGUAUCUAUAUAAAAUGUACGCAUGUUCAUUUUUAUUAUAGGAACCCAUUUAAUUCUAUAUAUGCUGAACUUUUGUCAAAUAUCAUAAGAAAAUAUCUACAAAAAUAAAAUGUGUACACAGAGAAAAAAAAUACCAAAAAUAUUUUCAAUCUUUAACAAAACAAAAAAAUAACGUAAAAUCUCUCUAUUGAAUCUCUCCCUAUUUAUCUAAUACAUAAAUACAUAUGUACAUACAUACAUACAUACAUACAUACAUACAUACAUACAUACAUACAUACAUACAUCCAUACAUACAUACAUACUUACGUAUAUACAUACAUACAUACAUACAUACAUACAUACAUACAUAUAUACAUAUACAAUAUACAUAUUAUAUCAAAGCAUGUUUUUUUCCAUGGGACUUAGGAAUCAUUCUCGAAUUUUACAUAAACAGAAUGCUUGUAACAUCAGGUCAUUGCAACGUUCGGUACAAAAGUAGUAGGUACUUUUUCUAAUUUGAGUACACUUGAAAAAAACAGCAUACCGAGUAUAAUUAUACUACUGCUCCCUAAUUAAUAUACACUAAUAAUAAUAAAAAUGAAAAUAAAUAGCAUCUAACUAAGUAAAAUGUAUAAUUUUGUUUAUUUCAUAAAAAUAAACGACUCGCAAUAAAUAUAGGAAUAACAAUCAAUCAAUUAAUCUAUUUUCAUUUAUCUGUGACCUGAAGUCUGAACCUCCGGGAAACAAUAGGAAACGAGCCAAUGAUAUACGGAAAAAAAGAAAAAUAACUAAAUCUUUCUCACUCAUAUAUAAUAUUAAAUAAAUAAAUAUAAUGUAUAAACAUCAAGUUUUACUAUAAUACUAUUAUGUUACACGUUUCGGUCACAGGUCAUUUACCAUAGCAAAGAAGAAAAAUAAUAAAAAAUACAUAGUAUUUCAUCAUUUACUAUUAUUCUGGUAUUUUUGCAUUUUUCUCAUAUAUCAUAAUAUCAUCACACGUAUACUCAUCACUAUACAUCACUAAUACUCACGUAACACGUUAUACUUUUUAGUCAAUAUUCAAUGAUAAUGCAAUGAACGCUUGUUUACCCUUAUGGUCACCCAUUUAUUUAAAGUGGGAAAACAGGGAGUGUCGUAGGUUUAUUAAUGCAUAACAUUUAUAUUUUACUAUUACUUAAGUAAAAUGAAACCUAUAAGUAAAUUGAUUUAAUUGAGUAUUUUCAAUAAAACCUAUCCUAUUCAGAGAGAAUAAAACAUAAGACAGUUUUAUUUCAUAUGUUCACAUUUUUUGAAAUAGAAAAAAUUGCCUUUUCUAAAGUGCAACCCGUAUUUGAUAAAGUUAAAUAUUAAAUUUAAAGUUUCAAGUUGAACAUGUUUGAACAAUGUAUUGGUACAAAAAGCGUUUCAUAUUUUUAUCCGAGAUAAAAACAUACCGCCAUAAAAAUAAUAUUUUAUACUAUAGUAACGUGGUUCUAUUUUCUUUCAUUAUAAUUGUAAAUUAAUAUAAUUGCAUUGCAACAGUAAUACGAUUUUACCUUAUUUAUUUUGUAUUAAACUAAGUCUAUGUUACCUAUUGCUAAGUAAUUUUGGUGUUCGUAAAAAUAUAAAUGUAGAUAUUUUCACGACUAAAAUAUAUCAGGCUAUUGCAUACACAUUUUAGCGUUGUCAAAUCAAACAAUAAAAUGGAAACGUAAUGAUGUAUAUGUACAACACAAAUAUAGUAUGAAACCGUAAUAAUUAAUUCAACUCCGUUAUGCUGCCAUUUUAAUUGUUGACUACGGUUAGACUGAGAGUAAGAGUAAAAAAUAUUUAAUUUUAUACUAUGUAUAAUAUUGUACAUUAGGUAUAUUACCGGUAGUGACCCAUUAAUUGGUUUACGCAACCACACAUAAUUCUUAGAAAAAUUUCGCAAAGACAAUGAAUAAAUGAAUAUUGAACAAUGAAUAUUGAACUACACAAAAAUAAUAUAAAAAGAUAUCAAUUCAAUAAUUAAAUACUUAUAAUAAUAAUUUAAACAAUAUUUAUUUUUCAUCCAUAAUAUACGCAUUUAUAUAAUAUAAUUUUCAGAGAGACUUUUUUUUAUCAUGGUCCUGAGUGUUAGGGGGUUAACCCUAAUUUUCAUUAAAUCAAUCAACAUUCAACAACAUAAUAUCUUAAAUCACAAAACAAAAUAAAAUUUAAUUUCAUCAAAAAUUAAUUAUUUAUUUUAGUAAUAAUAGUGAUACAUAGUACUGUACUUAUAUGUGCUAUCCUCUCUCUAAGUAAUUAUCAUAUGCAAAACCCCUCCCGAAAAGAAUCCUGUGUGCGUUACUGUACCAGACAAUUUUAUAUAAGGUUCACCACACAUUUUAAUUUAUUGUUAUAAAAACAAGUGGAGCGUAAUAUAGUAAUUUUUUUUAAUAAGCUUUUUUAAGUUCAAAUUUUGACGAAAGUCUUAAAAAAAAUACGACAUUUCAAAACACGUUGAAAAUUUCGCUCAGGGUCGUAUUUUUUUAACAAUAAUUUAUCGUAGCAAACAAAUAUAAAUUAUAUAACUUUGUGAAUGCUACUUCCCCAAUAUCUGCCUACAACAGUGGCAGCAGUAUUAACUUUUAUUUUUACAUACAAAUUUAUAGAUUUCAAAAAAAAAAUAUAUUAGCGAGAUUUUUUAUUAUCGAGAAAAAAACAUUACUCAACAAACAUGACAUCUUCUUAGAUUUUGAAGAAUUCUAUUUUGGGCUUUUAAAAGUUAUUAAAAUAUUCUUAUACUGUUACUAGUUUAAUGCAAAGAAUAAUUUAAUAAGCGUUAAUUAAAAAAACUCGUUUUUUAUUUCAAAGAGCUAAAACCUAAAACGAAUUUAAUUAUAUCGUGAACAAAAAAAAAAAAAUUUAAACGGUUUAAUAAUUAAAUAUAAGAUCGUUUAAAAGGAGUAUUCGAGUUGAAAAAUGUAUUUCAAAUGCUUAUGAAUUUGUUUUUAAAAAUGGAAAGACUUCAAAGUGCUCUUCUACUCUUCAAUAUCUUUUUAACAGAUUACCCAACCUCUUCAAACACUAUUAGUAGAAUAUGCUAACGACAACACUUUUUUUUCACACAUAAAAAUCCAUUUAUAAUUUCUAAUAACUUUCAGUUUUGUUUCGACCAAAUGGAAGCACAAAACGCAAACUGGAAAGUUAAGAUGAACGAAUUUGAGACAAUGUAUGAAAUAUUCAGAUAUCAAAACAUUGUCCGCACGUUUAUAGAAAUGACGUUCUAAUAUUUACUUCACAAUAGCAAUACACUUGACAAACUACUUGCAUGUGACAUGGUCAAAUCAUAUUAUAAAAUUCCUACUCGUGUAUAAUAUGUAUAAUGUAUAUGCACAAGAUAUAUACACAGUGUAACACGAUGAUCUGAUACCUGAAAUAACUUUUUUUCUGUUCAAUAUUUUUAAGUUUUUAUUUCUAUGGUAAUAAUUUCUAAAGCAUUGCGCUUUGAUUUUUUUAUUAUAUAUAAUUUUUCUCAACUAAAAAUAAAAGAUUUAAUUUUUUUAAAAUUGUUUUUACAAAAUCCAGGUUAGCCAUUUUAUAAUAUACAUACAUUGAAUUCCGCUUAAUGUGGGCACGUUGAGACCAGUUAACACUUGCCCAAAUUAAGCAGUUGCCCAUUUAAACCGAAAUGAGUAUCGUUACACAUUAGAAUCGGGACCAAACUAUUAUGCCUAUAUUAGACGGCUGUCCGCAUUAACCGAUGACCACAUUAAGUGGAAUCUACUGUAUAUGUAUUGAAACAAGAUUUAGGUAUUGUAAAAGUUUACAAAUGAUGAAUUGUUAAGUUUCUAAAAUUCUUAAGUACUACUUAUAUUUUAGUAUAUUUUAUUAAUAUUGCCUCAUUCGAAUUUGAGUUCCGCGAUAAAAAUCUACAUUAGUUGGAUCCUGGGUUUACAGAUAGUUUAAUAGUUGGGUGCCAGGUUUAUAAGAAUAGUACACUAGUAGAGUUUUGGGUUCUCACAGGUAGUAUUAGUGGACCAGUACCGUAAUAAUAAUAAUAAUAAUUCUAAUAGCUAGUUUGAAAGUUUAGAAAAAUAAAACACAAAUGAAUCCAAAUAUUUACCAAUUAAUGGAUGUUUUAAGAAGUAUCUAAAUAGAUACUAACAUAAAAAUAAUAAGUUCAGAAAAAAAUUAAUCACUGGCAAAAUAUAUCUUAAUUUUUAAGUCUGUAAAAAUGAGAAAAAAAAAUGUCUUGAAUUGUUUUAAAUGUUCGAACCCAUGAAAUGGUAUAUUACCUACUGGAAGUCGGGACCCAACUAGUGCACUACCUAUCAAAUCACUAGAGCCCGAAACCCGACUCGGUUGCAACCAAUUAAAUAUAUAUUUAAUACUUGUAUUUAAAUUAAUAAUAAUAAUAUGACGAUUAAAAUUUAUCUCCUUGUUAACCAAAUCAACAACUGCAACUGUGUAAAGGAUAUACUAGUAACAAUACAGACGGAAGGACACAACAGCCAGAUGUAAUUCACACCAUAUAUAUAUAUAUAUAGCCACCAUAGUAUUAUGUGAGGUAGUGCUAAAGGUAUAGAAUCUAGGGCAAUUUAAUUCAUAUAAGAACUGAUUAGAACUAUAAAUCAUUACAACAAAUAAAAACGAUUUUGAACAAUUGCCACGCUUCUUUUUAUGAUCUAUUAAAAUAUUUAAAUGUCACAACACAAUAAUAGGUAUUUCAAAACACGUUUCUUUAAAACACCUGUACAACUAAUUAAACACACAAUUCAAUAGAUAUCAGACAUUUUUAUUUAUUUGUAUAGUAACAAAAUAGAUGAAGCACAAAAUUACUUUGAAUUGGUCAUCUCAAAACACUAGAAUUAUCAAGUUCUAUAAAUUGUUGACAAACUAAUUUAAUAAUGCUAUUUAAACAAUAAACACCAAUUAGCUUGCGUUCGCGAUUAAACAUUAACCAGUAACCAAGUCAGUAAAAACAUACAUUAUAUACUUUCAUUAGUGCAAACUUGGAAGGUCAUACAAAGUUGAAAUCAACUAUUUAACAUCAAAUAAAAUAUAUAAGUGUAAAAACCCGAUUACCUAAGAACCUUACUAAUCGAAAUUUGCCAGUAAAUAAAUCAAUAUUAUUGAGAGAAGCCCCAACGUCUUUGUCAGUGCGUUUCACUUUUUACAUAUAAGAUAUAAUAUCAUAAUAUUCUAUAUAGCUUUACAAGGAAGAUACAUUAUGAGCAAAAGUGCAGAAUUCAUACUCAAUGAAUAUUACCUAUUUAAUAAAGGUGUCAAUAGUAUUUGACCAAAACAAUUUCCUGUGUCCAUGUUAUAGCUUACCCACUAAAUCAAUGUGGCAAUAACUCUAUGGGUAGGUAAAGAGUUUAUUGGCUAUUAAAAUUUAAGCAGAAGGUACAUUAGUAGAAGGAACAUAAAGUUGACAAAAUAUUAAUGAAAUAGUAAUGUUAUGGUAUACAAAUGAAAGAUAAAAGAAUUAUAAAUUAUUAUCGUAUAGCUGAUAAAAAAUCAAUAAUAGUUUAUUAUCAGGGUAAGGAUAAAAAAUUGUUGUUAAAUCGUAUGCUCAAAAUCUAAAUUAUAACAAUACAAUACAAUUUAAUUUAAUUUAUCAAUUAUUAAAAUAAAAUGCAAAAAUAAACAAUUUAAUCUAAGUGUGUCGUUGGAGUCAACAAUAUACUUAGUGUUCAUAACGACAUUGACAUUCCAAAGAUGGAUUUCUUUUCGAUUAGUUUUAAAAAAAACAUUGCAUUGCCAAUUAAAACGUGUGCAUUAAAUAAUAAUUUUUGUAUAUACAAUAGGCGUUUUAACAUUUAAUAUUACUUUAUUUAAUUAUAUAAUAAAACUUUACACAUUAAUUUGUAAUAAACUAUUAUUUAAGAAUAGGAAAUAAUGUAGAACGUUUAUUUCCAUCAGUCCAUUUAUCGUUGUUAUAUUAUUAUAAUAAUAUAUAUACAUAAAUGAAGCAUUUUAUAAAAUAAGCACGUAAAAUAUUUAACUGUGCAUUCCUCCUACCUUCCCCAAAAGUAGUUCUCAAAACGUGAGAAGUGUAACGAAAAAAAAAGUUUUGAAAAUAUAUUAUUUUUAACUAUGUUGGCAAAAUUACAUUACCUAUCUAAACCUUUCUGUACAUAUUUCAACUAACUUCAUAAACUACUCUAAUCAUUUAUCCGAAUAAAUUUUGUAAAUCAUCAGUUAAAUUUAAAUCAGGAACGUUUCUAUCUACUAAAUAGAAGUCUGGGGUAGAAUAAUAAGUAGCUAUUUUCUGUACCUACAGAAAGUAUUUGACACAACAUUCAUAUUUUGUUUGUGUACACUUCUGUGCAGGUUAUACUUAACAUAUAAUUUAGUAAUUUUAAUUAAAUCAUCUAAUUAAUAUAUACAUGCAAUGAUGAUUAUAUAAUAUUUAUACGAAUUAAUCCGUUAUAGUUCAGUAAUUCUUUAAUUACUGUAUCGAACAGUCGCAUGUUUAUAAUACAGGUUACUUGCUUAUUUGGUAUUAUACUUCUCUAUGGUUUUGCUAGGAUAAUUUAUAUGAAAUAUUGUGUUUGAUUUGCAAUGGUGACAUUUUCUAAAGCGAUGAGAUCCAAUGUUCCAUAACAUAAUAUGGAACAUAUAAAGAGUUUUUACAUUUUUUCUAUGUGGAUUAUAGAGACGCGCAUUUCGGGAAAUUAAAAAAAUCAAUAGAAGCUUCCUGAUCUUUUCUGAAGUUCUCUAAAUAAAGAAAUGGAAUUUAUGGAAUUAGCUAAAAGAAAAAUCUAGUUGCAAAAGAAGGAAUGGUGUAUCCUGGAACAAUUCUGCCAUUGACUCUAAUGAUCAAAUGGCUGUCAUACAGAACACUUUUUUUCAAAGCUAGUAAAACAGGUUAGACACAAAUAUAUUUGGUUUAAAAAUAAUAAAAUGUUUGUAAAGAAAAAAUGAUGGCUUAAAAGUAACUACAAUUGAUGAUGAAAAUUCUAUAUAAAAAAUUGUUUAACAUAAUUUUUUUUGUUAAAGAAAGAGAAAAGAGGAAGUAAUAAGUUUUCAAUGAAAAUGUUUUACUUUUUAUCUUGGAAAAUACUUAUAAGUACAAUAAAUUAUCUUCUAUAAAAAUGUAUACGGACAGAUUUUUAAAUAAAUAAUUGAACACGCAAAAAACGUUUAAACGGAUUAUCUUUAGAAAUUCCUAAUUCAAAAAGGAUUAAUAUCACCAUCAACUGAAAAAAGUGAAAACUAGAAAAAAUUCAAAAAUAUUGUAAACAUUUUAAUUUUGAAUUUCAAUUUCAAUAAAUAAAUCAUUUUAAGUAAAAUUCUGAUGGUUUUAGAUUCAAAGCAUAGUAGAUUUAUUAGUUUUACUAUAAUGUUUAUUUUAUAAUAUUAUUACUCUUCUCUUUUUUUCAUUUUUAUUUUUUAACACCUUUUCUACUAGAAAUUUUGCUACAAAGUAUCAAAUGUAGCACAUUUUCUGAAAAAAUUUUUUAUCUAGUUGGUACUUUAAAAAGGACAUUUUUUGGCUAUAUGAUAUAAGCGCCGAAAGUGUAAAAAUAACAUAUCAUUUGCGCCAAAAUUAAUAUUUUACACAUUUUAUAAAAGUAGGUAUUUAUAAAAUUUUUAAUUUGUCAAUAACCGAAAAAAUAUACAUAACAAUAAAUAAAAAUAAUUUUAAUUUUAAUAAAUUGGUUGAUUUUGUUUGAUCUUUAAAAAUAUCAGAUAAUAAAUUUGUCGAUUAUGAUUAAACGUUUGGAGUUUUUGAACGAUAAUAUAGUUCUAAAUUUAGUAUCGCACAGACACGUUUAAUAAAUACAUCUAUUACUUCAGUAUAAUACUCGUAUAUCUAUUAACCGUGGCACACAAGUACCUAAAAUGUUAGUGCUUUUGUACGAUACUAUUUUUUUUUCUUAUCCCAUUUUGGCACUUAUGUCUUCCAACGUAUUUUUUGAUUUUCUAUGCAGUUUUCAUAAUAAUUGGGAAAAACUUAAAAAGGACAAAAAUGAUAAAUUUACGGCAUUAGGAUUUAUUUAUUUUACAUUUUUACGCUUUCCGUUUUGUCACAAAAAUAUUGCUUUAAUAGAAAAACAACAAGAGACCUUUUUUGUUGAAUUUUUAAACUAAUUGAAGACAAAUCAAGUUGUUUUUUGAUUAUCUUUGUAGUUUUUUUAAUAAUUGAGCAAUACGUAAAAAGAACUGAAAAAUUGACUAAAAUACCUAAUGAUUUUAUUAUUUUAAAUUUUGUUUUUGUAAUUUAAUUCAAUUAAAGAUGUUCUUAGAGACUUGAAAAUUUUACUGAAACAUAUUCAUUUUUUUUAUAUGUGGUAAAAUUUUCAAAACAUUUGUGUCAUUUUUUUUUUUACUAAAAAAAAUUGAAAUUUUAAUUUUACGAGUUUUUUAGGUAAUUUUUGUUUCGUAAGCAGUUUGUGAGACGUAGGUAAAUUGUUAGACUAAACAAAAAUUCUUGAAAAUUUAACAGGAUUUUUAAUAUAAGUCGUACUUAGUAGUAAACAAUAAAAAAACAAAAUGUGUGUAUGCAGAUUUUUUUUUAAAAGAAUUUCAUUAUCAAAUGUUAACAAAAAUCGUUAUGCGAUAAGGAAUCACAACCAGCACGGUAACCUUUACCUUUUAUUGAACAUUAAUCGUUUUUACACUUAUUUUCUAGAAAUUAAAACGCCUAUAAUUAAGAAACUUUUAAUCAGAAAUGAAUGCAUGAUACAUUAAAAUGUUAAGAAUAAUAUUUUUUACAAAAUAAUUAUUUUGAAAAUUUUCUAAACUGAAUAAAUACUUAUAUUUGUGUGUGUGUGUGUGUGUGUGUGUGUGUUUAGGGGAUAAACAUUCAAAUUUAAUUUUUCUCCAGAUCGAUUUCCCCUCAAAGACAUACCGAUUGAAAAAAAAAAUGACUGAAAACAAAUUAAUAUUACCAGUGUUAGAAAAAUCCGUCGAACAAGGUGGGACACACUGUAUACUCUACCCUCCCAAAUUCCCACCUACAACAGUGGCACACCCGUCUCCAGUAUCUCCUUUUAAAACUAUUAAAUAGACGAUUAUUCGAUAUUUUACAAAAUUGGUUUUUACUAAGUUACUCUUAAACGUACAUUAUUAAAUUGAAAAAGUUAGUAACUCGGAAAGUCGCAUAGUUCAACAAAUUGGCAAAGAUUUAUGUAGGUAUGCACAAAUAACGAACAUAUUAAUAUACCGAAAAGAAUUCAAUACAUCUGCGUAAAAGAUCCGAAACGAAAGUAAUAAAUGCAAAUCGAAUAAAUUCCAUUCUAUGUACUCAAUUGCCAUUGGGAAUUUGAAAAUAGAACACAGUAAAUUCCUGUUCAGUUUAAAAAAAAUAUAUAUAACACUUUGUGGCAAAAAAAAAAAAAAAAAAAAAAAAGUAAAUCUCGUUAAAUAAUAUGAUAAUAUUCCGACACUGAUUGAAAAUGUAUUUUUUUUUUCUUUUGAAAUUCAUGUUUAAACAUAGAUCUUUAGCAUAUGAUAAUAUACAAGUAUAUAUAUAUAUAUAUAUAUAUAAAUAUGUAUAUUAUGUCGACCAUAAAUUACAUGUGUCAUUAUUUCGAACACGUUGGAGAAUAUAAUUUGAAAGUUAGGUGAGACCUUUUUAUUCGGAAAAUUAAACUUUGUAGAAAGCUUAAGAAGCAGUUAAUUUAACAUAAAUAGAAAGGUUCCAAUGCCAGAAUGUUUUUUUUAGCUAAAAUAAUAGCUUUCGGGGAAAAUUCUCAUGUCUCGUAGACUACGUAUUCAAUUUUAACAAUUAUUUGUAUGCUGGAAAGAAGAAGACUUCUAGGAAAAAAAACUUCGCUUUUCAAUCUCAAAUCAUAAAUCUUUAUGUUUUUUAUCAAAAUAUUUGUACUGUAACAGUCGAAUAUUACUGUGGGAAGUUAUAUUAGCCGUUGGGCCCUUUAAACAAUACAAUUAUACACUGAACACUGCACAAAUACUUGAAUAUAAAAUAUAAAAAUGUGUGUUCAAAAUCUAAAAAAAAAAAAAAAAAAAAAUGAUUGUGUAACAUUUGAUAAAUACCUUUUUAUUAUUUACCAAUUAUUAAAGUUAAUUAUUAAAUAAUAUAUUUUAAUGUUUCUUGAGAAACCUCCGGUGGAAUUAAGCUGUUGUGGUGGUACAUAAUUUCUAUUGAAAUAUGCAAAUAUGCAAAAAUAUAUUAUAGUAUCCAAUUUUUUUAAUAGCUUUUAAUUAAUAAUUAUUAAGAUUACUAAAGAAAAUCUUAAAAUUUAAAAUAAUAUGCAAACAUAUUCAAUGUUUAUAGAAACAUGAAAAUUCGUGCUCUACAAAUUAAAAUCUAUACAAAUAUUGUGUAUAAUGAAUAAUUUUAAAAACAAUCAAAAACCGAAUAACUAAUAUAUAAAUAUCUGAAGAAAUGAUCAUUACUGAAUUGACGAAACAUCUGACGUUUAUAUAAAUUAGAUCAUAUUAAGAAUAGGAAGAACGUGAAAUAAGAGGUUGUGGAUACUGGUAAGGUGAAGAGGAAUGCGCAAAGAUAUCGUGAUUUAUAAGUCAUGAGGUUCCCCGCCAGGGAGCCAUUAAGGCGAAGGGUAAUACAAGAGGUAAUUCAAUUAAAAUAUCACAUAGAACAAUACUAUUGUGUAUAUAUAGUUUUGUGAAGGUGUAUAUAGGUCUUCCAAACCUCAGCGAUGUUUAACUAAAAUGGUAAUACAUAUUCCAAAAUUCAUCAGUUGAAAACAUUUAAUUAUUGGAUUUUAUUUCAUAUUUCAGAGUUAUCAACUAAUUUUGUAUUUAUUUUAUCCUUAUUAAUAUUUUUUAUAGGUUUUUGUUUUCUAUGAUAUAAAUGUAUGUCAGUGAUAAGGUGCUCAUUAUAUUUGUAUAAUAUAAGAAAAAGGUUUCAAAUAUAAGUUUUUUGUCAAAAUCGCAAAUGUUAAUAUUUUUAACUUAAUUAAAAUGAAAAUAAGAAAAACAUGAUCUUCGUAAAUUUUCCCAUUCUUUCUAAGUUUUUUCGGUUUGGCUCAAUUAUUAUAAAAAUUACUUAGAAAUCAAAAAUCAAAUUAUUAGCUCACCAACUAAAUUAAAAAUACAACAAAAAAGUCUCUUGUCGUUUUUUUAUUUGAGCAAUACUUAUAUGAUAGAAAACAUAAGCCAUACAAAUUUAAAAUAAUGAAAUCAUCCUCCGUAAAUUUGUUCGUUUUUAUUUUUCGUCUUUUUCCGAUUUUCCCGAUUAUUAUUAUGAGAAUUGCGUAUCAUAAUAAAACGAAUAAUAUAUUCCUCGCUACGAUCAGAAUCUAAAAAAUUUCAAUAACUACAGUAAAAUAAUUUAUUCGUCCCACGAUGGUACAUUUCACCUAUGCUAAAUUCAAUAUAAACCAUGUAUUUACAAACGUCACUGACAAUAUUUUACAGAAAUAUGAACAUUAUUAUAAUGCGCACAGUACCUAUUUAGUUUAAAUUAUAAUAUUUCGACGUGUAUAAUAAAAUCAAAAUUCUUUAUUUUAUAUUUAAGUAGAUAACGUUCUUUGUUAAGAGGUUGCUACACGUGCAUUUUUUGUUUCCGUCCUACAAACACACGUUUUAGUAAAAACACGCUUAUACAGACUACACAGAACUCACUUAAUUUUAGUUUUAGAGUAGAAAGACCAGGAAAAAAUUAGAAAGAACAAUAUCACGAAAGAUAAAACUUUAAGUUUUUUUUCCAUUUUUCUGAAUAUAACAAUCAAUUUACCGUCUUUAAGUAACGAUUUUUCCAACAUUUUUUAAUCAGGUAGCUAAAACUUUUGAAAAAAAAAAAAUUAUUUUCAAAAAAACCAACGUCUUGCCCUCCAGAUUAUUGUUCUCUAUUAAUUUUAUAAUAGGUGCUUUUACUCUAAAACUGAAACUAAGCGUAAAAUAUAUAGUUUUGGUAGGUAUGAAUAUUAUAGUUGCGUUAUCAUUUAAUACAAAUAUGUACUAUUCAAUAAUUAAAAGGUAUUAUAAUUAUUAUUAAAAGGUAUUAUAUUAUUAUUAGUAAUUAUAAGGACCAUAUUUAUAAUACAAUUAACUUAAUCGAGAAAAAAAAAAACUAAAAACUGGUGAUCGAUUUUUGACCCACUUCCCGUAGUCCGAUUCACUUGAAAUUUUUUUCUUGCAUUAAUAUUUUUGAUGACAAUAAAAUUAUCAAUAAUCAGAAUUUCAGUUUUCACCCUCAUUUUUAAGAAAAGUAAAAAUAUGGUUUUCAGCCUCAUUUUAAAAUAGAGUGAAAAAAUGGUUUUUACUCUGUAUGACUAUUGGAUAUUUAUUUUAAAAUAUCUAAAAAUGCCUUAUACAACUCUCUUGUAUAUUUAAAAAAAAAUCCACGGUCGGCUGGUUUCACAUUGACAUAACAAUACUUCAAGAAAAAAUAUUGAAAUAUCAAAAAACGCCUCACACAACUUAUUCUGUUCGUAUAUUCUCCACAAUAAUCCACGAUAUGAUUUUGCGAUUUCUUUCAUUUUACUUCCGCUUUUUUUUAAAUAUAUUUAAUUUAAAAUGUUUAAAAAUCCCACUAAAAGUACUAAUAAUUAGUCUAAAAAAAAAAAGUAUUAAAAUGCUUAUUCCGCAUCCGAUUGUGCUUUAGUCUUGUGAUUUGGUCAUUAUCACACAAUUGCAGAUAUCGCCGUACUUAUAUAAUAUGUACUCUCGAAGUUUUUCAGUUAGACGGCACUCGAUUAAUCGUGAGAAAAAAAUGAACCCGGUGGAAAAAAAUUAAAACUACAUAAUUAAUAAUAAUAUAAGUGUGCGAACUUAUCUUGCGGGGGCUUACCAACGAAUACUGAAUAGAUAAAAGAGACCAAUUUAUAACCGGUUUCGACGACUGGGCGGUACGUAUAAGUGUAUUAUUGCGGCCCAGCAUGGCUCUAAACCAUUUUGUCUUACAUAACCUAACCAAAGCAUUGUUUUACUUAAAUUUUGUAUCUAGUUAGUGAGUAAGUAAAUCUUUUUUGAUUUUCUAAGCUGAUUUUAUAUAAUAAUAGGAAAUCGGAAAAAGGCAUAAAGUAAAAGAGCUGAUUAUAUAAAUGGAUGCAGCCACUGUAGUAUAUGAGAAGUUGUAAAGGAAGAAUACAUAAGGUUAUUUCAUUUAUAUCUGUAAAUAACGAUAAACCAUUGCUAAUGAAAGACGAUUCCGAGCGCAGUUCGGUAAUACAUGAUUUAAAGUGCUGUAUUUUUUUUUUUUUUUUUUUUUUUUUUUUUUUGCGAUUUUUGUUUAAAUUUGAUUUCAAAACGCUUACUAAAAAAUAAAAAAGUCUAAAAGUUUUAAAAAUUUUACCACGUAUGCGUAAGUUCAAUAUAAAUAAUGAAAGACAAUUUUGUGUAGUUUGUAAAUAUGUAAGCCAAGUAAUUAGUGGGGCAAAAUUAGGAAAAACAGUUUCAUUAUUUUAAUUCUUUUUUUUUUCGUUAUUCAUUAAAACAAUUCUAGCUAAUAUUUCACCUGUGAAAUAUACCUCUGAAAAAUAUCAGGUCUCUACCUGAUAUUUUCGCAUAAAUGGUUUAUUUUUUUUUUUUAGAUGUUUUUGAUAUUAUUAAAUCAUUUUUAGUUAUUUAUAAAAAUUUGACAUUUUUUUGUAUUUUUAUUUGAAAGGUACUAAGUGUCUAAAAUUGUUUGAGCAAACAGUAAUGCUUGAAAAUUUAACAAGUGAUCUUUAUAAAUUGUACUUAACGGUCAAAAAAAAAAAGUUAGGUAUUAUGAAGUUUUUUUUUUUGUAAGAAAUGUAUGACUAAAUUUUAAAGAAAAUCUUUAUAGUUACAACAUUUUAAACAUGUAAAACAGAACUAUGUUCAAAAUCGUAUUUCGUAAGCAAUAAUUUAUCGUUGAUUUUUACUUGGAAUAUAAUACAAUUGAUUUCAACAGUGUAAAAUCUUUAAAACGUUACAUUAUUUAUAUUACAUUACACUUAAAAUUGACUUAUUAUGUUUUAAGCCUCGAUUGUACCCAAUGUUAAAAUGUUGUUACUAUAAUAAAAAUAGAACAUAUUACUCAAAUCAUCGUUUAUAGAUUUUUAGUGGUUUCAUUUUCAUGUAUCAAUAUGAUAUCAAUGCGACAACACUUGUUUAAAAUUAUAUUAUAACACUACUAGUAAUUUACUGGUGGUAAAAUUGGGUAUGAUAUUUUUAUGUGAUCCCCUGCGGGAGUUUGGAGAUCGACAAAAUUGAACACUAACACGAAUACGAACGCAAACCCGGUUACAGCCUUACCGUCAAUGAACUUUCCCGCGGGAACACCACAGGCAUAUACAAUAAAAACGUCAUAAAGAAACGAAUUCUCUCGCAUCUCCUACUCAAAUAUAAUAUUCUGACACCUCAGGGAAAUCAUUUCGACAAUAUAUAGUUUUAAUAUUCAACGAAUGAAUUAUUACGUAAAAAAAUCUUGCAAUGUAUAUUAUAUUUCAUAUAAGUACGUUACUAUCGUUACUACGCGAGUGUAUAUUAUAUUUAUUUAAUUUAAUUACAUAUGUAUUUUCGAAUUUCGAAUCUAAGCAAAAUUGAACCACUUGUAGCAAUAAAUAUCAAAGUAAUUUAAGUAUUUUACAAAGCGCAACCUCUAGUACUAAUUACAAAACAAAAUAUGAAUUAAUAAUCUAUUGGUAUAUAGCAUCAAAAUUAACUGCAAAUAAUUCCGAGUAGAUAUAUUAGUUAUAAGAACAUAAAUUAUAUCUUAUAGUUCAAAAUAUAUACUUUGUGAUUAAUAACAUAUAAAUAUUAAGAUUCAGUAAUGAUUCAAAUUAAACAUUGCACGCAUAAGACCUAGAAAAUCCAUUUUCAAAUAUUUACAUUUAUAUAUUAUAGUCCAAAUAAAUAAUAUUAUGAAUAAAUGAAAAACAUUUCACUGAAAUUGAAUUUCGGGUAUAUUUUCAAGUGUUAUUCAUAAAUGUGCAGUCUUUAGAGUAAUAUUGUAAAUCUUACAAAGGAAACUUAAAUAUAUUCAAUUUGCUACAACAAACUUUAAUAGGUUUUGAAAAUUUCUUCUAUACAUUUUAAAUUGUAUUCGAUUUUUCUAUUCGUAAAACGUAAAUUACAUUACUGUGAUAGACAGAAACAAUAUAGAUGGGUACUAACAUUCUCGUAAACCGUACAUCAAAAUAAACCGAAAAUCUGUACUUUUAAUACGAAUAAAGAGAUUUGAUUUAAAAAAAAAACAAAAUUAAUUGUAUCCAAUCGCAUGUUUUCAAUAAAAUAAAAAUCUAUAACGACACAAUAACCGAAAUAAUAUGUACUAUGCAUAAAUGGAAGAAAUUACUAUAUUAAAAAAUCCAAAUUUCUAUAUUUCCAUCGUUAUAUACACGAAAAAAAAUCUCAAUAUUAUGUUUUUGAGCUUUAAAGACGAUAAUCAAAUCAAACCUACUUAAAUUUUAAAUGUAUCCUUUCUUAAAACCUCCCACAUCCCAUUCACGAUUUCAACACUUUCACAUUCUAAUGUCACAAAAUUAUUGACGCAAAUUAUCUAGCAUAAGAUUUAUGGCGCUAAUUCUAGAUAGGCCUCCAGUUUAACAAAAACAGUAGAGAAUAUCUAUAUUAGAUACUGAGAAGAACGAAGAAUUAAAACCAAUAUUUUUACAAUAAUGUUUAUUUUUUAUUUUUUUUCUAUCUGUGAACAACUUUUCUACCAGAAAUUUCGCUCCGAUUUUCAAGUAUAGCACUUUUUUGGAAAGGAAAUUUGACUAGGGUUGGUACUUUAGGGAAGUAAUUUUUUUAUUUCCCCAGGAGUUUUCAUUAGAAAUGGGAAUAACCUGAAAAAAUGUAGAAAAAACAAGAUAAUUUACGAAAUUUAUUAUUUUCAAAUCGUAUAGCAUGUAUAAUAUAAUCUAAUUAUGCUCAAACUCGUUUUUUGUUAGCAAUGAUUAACCGUUGCGUACAGAUAUACAUUAAAUUACAUCUCUACCUUCCUGAUUCACCUACAACAGUGACCAUGUGAAAUAUGUCUGUUUACUUUUUUUUUUUUUUAAUAUAUUAUAUACUUUCAUCUGCUAUUCAAAUUUAAGUUAAGUCUAAAAACGAAUAUUGUUAAUUUACGAAUCAUUUAUAAGAACCGUCUGGUCGUAUGAAAUCAGAAUUAAAACGCCUUUCAAAAGCCUAGUAAAGUCUGAAAUAUAAUUUAAAGGGGAAUAGGGGGGGAGGGGGUCAAAGGAAUCAACUAGCACCGUAGUGGUGCAGGGAAUACCGGUGGAUGGAACAAAUCUUCUACUACACUGGUGAGAUUAUCCUGUCUAAUAUUUUAAUAAAAGAUUAGGAUUAAUAAAUAACCGGACAGCGACAGAUUUCUCAGCUAGGGAUGAGAUUGGAAACAAGGAGACAUGUAAAAUUAGUUUUAAUUUUUUUUUAUUGAUCACCUAGUUUUUUUUUUUUUUUUUUUUUUCCCCUUUUUUUUUUUUUUUUUUUUUUUUUUUUUUUAACGUGGCCUAACUUAGGCAACGCAAAUUAACGACAGCUAAUAUAAUGCGUACAUAAUACCAUUUUGUAUCCCUAUUUGAUCAUGAAAACGACACUAUAUUGUUUUUAAUAAAAAACUCUAUGCUAACAACUACAAUAUUUUAUUUUAAAUAAAUAUUAUUUAUUUAUUAUAGAAGAGUAUACGCGAGGGAGGCAAGGAUUUUGGGGUAUUAUCCUUCCUCUGUUGUUUUUUUUUUUUUUAUUUUUACAUAGUGUACAUAAUUUUAUAUGUAGAUUUCAAUAAACUUCCAUGCAAUGAAAUUUUUUUACACUGAUCCCUCCCAUAAAAAAUGUAUGUCUACAUCACUAACGUAACAUGUGAUUUAUUGUAAACUAAACAAAAAAAUGUAAGUAAACAUUUAAAAUAACGAAACUUUACACACUGUUUAAUUCUACUUUAUCGACGAAUUUAAAAAAUAUAUAGUUUAUUUUUUGGAAUAAACUUUUUUUUCAUAAUUAAACAAUUGGACAAGGCAAAUUUUGGUUGAUUUAGGAAAAAUCUGUUUCUACACUAAAAUUUUAAAUUGUAUUUCUUUGUUUAAUCCCUAUUUAUAUGUUUCAGGGUCAUUAUCUUAAUUGUACUUUUGCUAAUAAAAUAUAAUGUGGUUGUAGAAUGAUAUAAUAUAAAAGAAACACUAUAGUUCAAAAAUAAGCAUUCAAUUAUAUCAAAUCGUACGGAAUAAUUUUUAAAACAAUCAAACAAUUGUCAUCCCUGAUGUAUAGUCAAAUGUUAUGAUUGAUUAAUUUUAUAUUUCUAACUAUACGAAUGGAUUAAUCAAAACGAAUGAUAAUAAUAUUGUAUUGUUUAAAAAAUGAAGUAAAGGAAAGCAGAGGCUUUUAUAAAAUAUGCAAGGUUUUUUUAAAUAAUUUUUUAUGCUAAUGAUAAAUUAUAUAAUAAUAAAGUCUGGAAUGCGAACAUUGAUUAUGCCAACUUAUAAUAAUAUAUUGUUUAUAUAAGACCAUCGUAAAUCUUAAAAAUAUUGCGUAAUGAAUAAAAAUAAUAAAAUUUGAACAAAUUACAAUUUGAAAUAAUAUAAUCAACAUGUUUAUAUAAAAAUAAUUUUUAACUAAUGACAAUAGUAAUACAAUGCUAAUGCAAAAUUUAAAAUAAAUAACUAAUUGAUGAACCGAGACGGCAAAUUUAUAUGGGCAAUGUAAAUAUAAGUAUAUGUAGACAAAAAUACGAAACACCAAACAUUUUAUUAUCUUGAAUGAUUGCAUGGACUUAUAGAGUUUCCUUUCGUUUAAUAAUGACUUUUUAGAAAGAAAUUUAGACACUGAAAAAUAUGUGAAUAUGUGCCAAGUAGUUUUAGUAAUGUACUGCGUAAUAUUUCCAACUUUAGAUUCGAGUCGAUGUAAUAUCGAGGAUAAAACCAAACGGGUUUUUUUAAACUUUUAGUCUCACCGAUCUUACUGACACGAAACAAAAUAAAUAAUACCAACAAAUAACAAGCUUCUCAACGAAGUUCGAAUAUAUAGGAUUAUUUACCAGAAAACCGUAAUUAUUAUACCGUGGUUCUCACCAGUUUGCACAGUGGUACACAUUUGUGUGAAUUACUGUGAUGUGUGUCACAAAAAAAUUGUUUUUGAAAUUUGAUUUGAAUUUUUUUAUUAUUUAAAUAUGGAUCGCAUAUUAGUAAAUUUAUAUUUAUAUUUUGAAGAUUGAUGACCGAUAUAAAACAAGUUUAGCAUAAAACAUGUAUAUACGUAAAAAAACAUGCCCUCAAACGCCGAGUUUUGUAUCUGUCAUUUCUCUAAGGUUUCUUUCCUUAUUAAUUUCGUAUUUAAAGAAGUACAUUUUUUAUAGAAAAAUUAUUAAUUAUGAAUGCCUAACUUCUUAAAAAACAAGCAUCGAUACUUUAAUCACUUUACCGUCACCAUCAUAAUCUUCUAUUUCAAGUUAUUCAAGAAAAAUGAAUACACUGGUGAUCAAAGAAAUCAAAUAUCUCAGUUUUUUUUUUUUUUUUUUUUUAAUUUUACUUUGUCAAAAGAGUCAAUGGUAUCAAAUAAAUCAAAAAGAUGUAUAGAAUGAAAUCUUGGUCAUGUAAGUAAAUAAAAAAUUUAACUUUCACGGGAAAAUGUCUUAAAUGUCUGAUUAAUCUAUUUAUUUUUUUAUUUUAUUUUUUAAAAAAUACCCAAGUUUAUAUAAAAUGAACUAAAUGAAAUUAAUUUUAGAUACCAUUGAAGAGAAUUAACUUUAUCAGCUUAUAUUAAUAAGAAAUUUAGGUUUGUCAUACUUAGUAAAGAAGCAACUGAACAAGUUUCAAACAUUGCAUUGUCAAAGAAAUGAUAAUGUCGAAAAAUUUUAGCAAUGUUGGAAGACAUUGCAAAAAAUAUAAAUGAGAAAUUACAAAAUAAAUAGGAAUUUGCAUUAAAAUUAAAUAAGAGUACCGAUGUUCCUUGUGAACUCAGGUUACUUUGCUGACAAUUUCACUGAAUAUUUAAUAUUCUACUAUGCAAGAUCGUAAAGAAAAUAUAAUUUGUACAAGUGAUAAAAUAUGUAGUUUUAAAAAAAAAAAUGUACUUAAAAUAUUAUAAAUUCACUGUACAAAACACAUACAGGACGUUAUUGUUGCUCCAACAGAUUAUUAAACAGAAAAUCUAGGGAUUGUAAAAACACCAUAUUGGUUUUGUCUUAAAAUUUAUCUGUUUUCUUGCUAUUUAGGUUUCGACAUUUUCGGACAUUAUUGUCUGAUAAUAUAUCAGAUAGUAUAUUAUAUCAUAUUGUAUAACAUGAGUACCUACUUAAUAGUGUGUUAUAUUUAUGUUAUAAAAAUCAUGUAAGCUUGUAAAAAUCUUAAAAUGACAUUUUAAAUUUGGGUCCAAAAACUUCAAAAAUGCCCCCAAAACCUUAAAAUGCUUAUGAAACGAAUUUAUGACAAUACGAUCAUUUCACAGUAAGCUUUAGAAAAAAAUGCUAAGUGCAUUCAAAUAUCAUCCUUAAUUGUGUAACAAAUGAUAAAAAUGAUGAUUUAAGCAUAAAUCAAAAAAAGGAAUUAAAAAGUAUAUUGCAUUGGCAUGUAUUGGCACUUUUUUCAAAUUAAAACGAAUUAGCUUCUAUUCAAUUCGACCCACUCAUAUAGAAUUUCAUUCGUUGAACUUUUUCAUUCAAGAAUAAAAUAUGGAUAAUACAAACUGAACAUUUAUGGAAAACGAACAUUAACUAGAAGUAUCAUCAAAUACAAUGUUAAAAUCUAAAUUUGAUGAGUCUUAAAUCAAUUCAUUCUGGAUUUCUUUGCAAAACGAAUCUUCGAAGUGAGCAAAAAAAUUAUACAUUUCUUUUCAUUAACAACUUCGUUGCUGUAUGAAUUAGAAUUUUUAACAUAAGAAAUAACAAAAAUCAAAAAUGAGGUCUAAGCUUAAAUAUUAAAAUAUUAAAAUAGAACUACGCUUUGAUUUUUCAAAAAAUCACAAAAAAAUGCAGACCUAUGUUUAGUUCAUCAAUCGCAAAUAUCACACUGACUUAAUUUUAUAAAUGAAUACUUUUUUUAAAUAUAAAUACCUGUCUAAAACUGUUUAUUUUUAAUUAUGUUAGUUAUAUUUAUAUAUAAGACCAAUAUUAAAUCGACAGGAACUGACUACAAAUAAACAAACAAUAUUGAGUUUCACUAUAAAGAUUUUAUUCAAUGUCAUUUAAUUAUUCUAUUUUAUUCUAUUUACAAUAUAAUAUGCCUUAUUUACCUAUAAAUAAAGAAACGUCAGUUAAUGUUCAAUAUUUCGUUUGUCAGUUUCCUUCGAGUUUUUUUAUUCUUAACAAUUAUUACAUUUUAAAAUACCUACUACCGUUAUAUUUUGUCUUUAUACUUUUAUCAAGUUUAUCUGCGGUUAGGGAGAUCGGUAAUCAAACCUGAUUACUGGAACUCGUAAUUUAACUGUUCCCCUUUGAAACCAUUUCGUAUUGCAUGGUUCUUCUAAAUUAUCGUCCCUCAACGUGACUUUUGAACUUUUCCACUUUAAAGUGUGACCUACCCUCUACGGUCCCAAUACGAGGUAUUUUCCAUUUCCCCUCCUCUUUAUUUCUACGUGUUCUUUUCAACGACAAAAUGUUUUAAGUUGUAAUUUAAAACACAAAAAAUAGCUUGAAGUGGUGAAUUAUUUUUUUUCCAACGUUGGUAUUGGGGCGGCCCGUUGUAGCUUAUCAUUUUUCUGACAACUGAGUACUUAUACUACCCCUCUCCUCCCAAAUAAAAAAAAAAAAAAAAAAAAAAAAAAAAUGAAUAUCGAACGAAAAGUUUAUAAUGUAUAGUGCAAACACGAGACUACACAAAUUUCAUUAAACAUGACCUGUAUUCAAAAGCAAAUAUGUGAUUUAACGUCAAUAGAAAUUUAUAUACUAUAAAUUAUUAUAAACAAUUAAUGUAAACAUUGUACCUCCGUAUUGUGUAUAUUUUGAACAGUGUACAUCACACACACACACACACAAUAUGUAUAAAAAUAAUAAAUAUCGAUUUAAGUCUGAUCUGCUAGCCGAAUAUAAAUACUUCCAUUCCAGUUGGCAUAUUACCAAAACGUACAUGAUCUUGGCACUACGAGUAAAAUAAACCAAUUUCAUUGGCCAAUUCAUAAUGGGUGAUUUGUCGAUCUUUUAACUAACGUUAUUUAAAAUAACGAUUCUUAUUAAUCUAUCAAAUCCAAAUAAAUGAUAACAAUUUAAUUGAAAGAAAUGAAAUAAUAGGUCCAAACCUGAUCCUGUUCCAAGGAAGUUGUCAACCUAAAACCUAAUCAAUGAAAAAGUACGACGGGUUUGAAUAAAACAAGAAAAAAUAAGAAAAAUUUGAUCUAUAAGUUGCCGGUUUCGUACCCGUCAACAUUAAUUGUAACUUCGUGUAUUAACCAAUGAAAUAAGUUUAUUUUUUAUAUGUUGUGGUAAAAUCGUAUACGUUUUGUUAAUAUGUUUCCGGCUGCUCAUAAAAUAUUAUAAUAUUGUAAAUAGGGUACACGAACGUAUAUACUCGUAUAUUUGCAUAAAACGGACGUCAUCCAGGCGCGUCCCUCGCUAAGGGGGUCCGCCGAAUGAUGUUCCAUAUUUAUGUCACAAUAUAUAUUUAGAUUAUAUAUAUAUAUCUAAAUAUUAUAUAAAAUAUAUGAUAUAUACAACUCCGAAAAAAAAUAUUUUUUACUAUUGUGGCCAAAGCUGAUACGUGCCAAAAAAACAUUUUAAACAUGAUAUCUGAAUAAUAAGCCGAAAACGAAAGUUAUAACUGGUUAAUUUGAUAAAAUAAGAUCAACAAUCAAUAAUUUACUAUGACCAUUAAUGACAAGAAACAUACGUAAGUUACCUUGUAAGUUUUUCGACAAAAAAAAAUAUAAUUAAACAGUAAUCAUUGAAAAUAGUUUUAUAGUUUUUCAAAAUAUUCUCCACGAAUAUCAAUACAUUUAUGAACCAAUUUUCGAAGCACUUUUUCCACUCCAAUUAAGAUACCCCCAAAACAUGCAUUUUGAAUGCAUCAACUGCAUCUUCAGGUAUUGGAGAACGUUGAACACGCAAUUUUCGAUUCUGAGUGGAGCAAAGAAGCUUACGGUUUUACAAAGAUGUUUAUUUUUUGGUUUUUUUUUUUUAAUCUGUGUGCAACUUUUCUUCUAGCAGACUUGCUCGGAUUUCUACAUGUAACAUCUUAUAUAAAAAAAAUCGGCAUAGAGAGGUACUUUAUGGAGGCCAUAUUUCGAUUUUUUCAAAAGUUUUUUCAUCAGAUGCGAAAAACCGAAAAAAAACUGGAAAAUUUACGAAAUAUAAUAAAUAUAAUCUUACGCUUUUUUUUUCUUUUGACAAAUUUUCUAACAGCAAUUUUGCUCAAACUUUUAUUGAUAGCAAUGUUUCUUAAAAAAAUUUCACUAGCUAGGUACUAAUGAAAGGUAAUUUUUCAAUUUUCCCAAGAGUUUUCCCAGCAAAUGUGAAAAACAGGGAUAAAACAUAGGAAAAUCGGUACAACAUGAAACAAAUAUUAAUAAAGAAAAUAUAUUAAGCCUAUUUAAUUAUUUUUUUACUAUAAAAUGGCAAAUAUAUUGUUACUGUAGAAAACCAGCCAAACAGAAACACGGUAGCUCGAUGUGGCGUUUCAUCAUCAAAAGUCAAAACAAGUUGAUCAACACACUGUUAUUGAGUUAAUCCACGUUGAAAGUCGUAGUAAAUCAUUGCACGAAAAUGUUCACAAUUUUAUUUUAUUUUUCGACAGUUAUGAAUUUUAUAAGUCACUGUAAACCACACUAAUUGUACUUGUACCGCAAAACGAUUAGAUAAAGUAUGUUGUAAUAAUAUCAAUUAUCAUGUUCUAUUAUAAGAUUUGACGUAGUAUCCCAGGUGUAAUCUUAUCACAAAACAUAAAAAGCAACCUACAUAAAAUUAAUAAUUAAUAUUCUGUUAUUUAUUUAUUUUUCAUGAAAAAAAAACAUGCUAAUAAAUUUUACAGUUAUGCUAGUCCUGAACAAUUUAGUUUUGACAACAAUCACUUUGCCACAAUAAUACAACUAUGUAUAAUAAAAUAUUUUCAUAUUUUGACUCCCUCAACCCCCAUUAAAUUGAUUCAAACACUUCUCUGACCGUCAACGCCGAUAUAUUUUAUGUAUCCAACAGUAUAUACAUACGUACUUACUUAAUAUAAUAUUUAAUAUUUUCGGGAAAAGUGCCCGCGACCGGCAAAACAGAUGACAGGAAUUCGACGAUCGAUAUGUCAAUAUAUAUUAUUAUACCGAACACAAUAUAAAUUACAAUAUAUUAAUCUCAUGUCUCGCAAUUCGGGAGGUGUUUUUAUUACUUCAGUUCAUCAAUCAGUUGGUGGAUAUUAAAAAAAAUAGCACCUCCGACGGACAUAAUAUUAUAUAUACCUAUAUAUAUUCGGGUUUGUUUUAUAAACAUAUAGCCUCCUCGAGGGAAUAACGACAAAUAAGCGCCUCGUUAAAACACCUCCGUGGGGCAGUCGACAUUGUAAUGAAAUAAUAAACGAAUUUUAUCCCCGGGAAACACGAAAAUCCGAUUUCUAGAAAUCGGGUGUUGCAUUAAAUCCGACACCGGUAUUAUUAUGUAUAUACAGAGUGUUACACGAAAUAUUCCAGCUGGGUGGAAUUAAGUUAAAAUGCGAUUUUUUUUUUUUUUUAGGAAGAUUGGGGAUUCUAAAAUAUAUGUUUCAAGCCGAUUGUCAACAUUUAUCAUUGUUCGGUAUUUCAUGGAACAAUGAAUCUUACAUUUUUACUGUAGAAAUCAGAACAGUGAAAAUACAAAUCUGUUUCAAAAGCCUUAAAUGGAAACACCUAUUUCAAACAUCAGAUUCAAAUUGUCCUAUUUUUUUUCCCCAAAUAAUUUUUAAGUUUUAAUUAAGUAUACGUUUUAUUUCCUAUCUCAAAAAUUGCCUGAGAUCUUAAAUAUGAUUUACCUUGAGUUUUCGAAAAAUAAACCCAUAUUGUGUACGUACAGUUAUGUGAUCUGUGGGUACUUUUUCUCCAUAAAAAAAAACUUUCAAAUUUUUUGAAAAUUCGAGAAAAAAAUUAUAUUGUUUUAAUAAACUUUAUAUGCAAAUAAAUACUUUGUAUCUUUGGAAAUUUUUAUUCAGAAAAACCCACAAGAAUUUAUAAUUUAAAAUAUGCUGAAUAAAGUUUAUUUAUUUUGGUACAACAAUCUUCCUAAAAAAAAAAUCUCAUUUUAAUCUAAAGUCCAUCCGGUUGGAAUAUUUCGUGUUAGUAAUUUCAGUGAAACGCACUAUAUAUUUUAUGCAUAAAAUAAUAAUAUACUCGAAUAAUACUAUAAAUUGUUAUUCUGCGUGUACAUACAAUAUAGGUAUACUUUUUAGGAUAUUUCAUAAAGGACUCCCGACCCUAUUCUUAACGUGUGGAUAUUCUUUGACUCUUUUUUUCCCCUUCUCUCGGGGACAUCGUAUACAAAGACGAUAUUUCACGGUAUUUAUAACGUACGAACGUAACGAACAAAAUAUAAAAGCAAAAAACUAAAUAUAGUUUCCCCUCGUACCUACUUACUCCGUUGAGUUAAAAAAAUAUGCACUUAAAAACCUUUUUUUUUUUUUUUUCUUUUGCCUUCUUUAAACCCAUUUUAUUACGUGACAUGCCUCGUUAUUAUUAUUACUUUGUUUUUGUUUAAUUCUACUUCGGAUUAACACGAAAAUAAUUUCACUUCGUCUACGUCACCGCGACGACCGGUCGUAAAUAAAAAUAAUAAUAAGUACUAAUAAUAAGAACUGAUACUGCUGAUAGGUGUGCUAUUGUUGAAGGGUGCAAAAUUGGGAAAAUAGCGGAUCCAUGCAAUUUUUUUAAUUUAUAACUUUAUUUAAAUGAAUGCUAAUAAAAAUCGAUUCUGAGUGAAGUUCGGUUAUACAUAUGUAUAAUAAUUUGAAUGGUAUAUUCGUCAAAAUUUGAUCUUAAAGCUUAUAAAAAAAAUUACUAUAUAGAUAUAUAUAGACUUUAUAUAUUACUAUAAUAAGGUUAUAUUUUUUUUUAAUAUCAAAUGUAACUUAUAAUAAACUUCGAGGUAAAAAAAUAGUAUCAAAAUUAAUGAAAUCGUUCAUACCGUAUACUUUCUUGUUUUACCUAAAUUUUUUCCAGAAUUUUACCACAUACUAAUAAAACUACAAAGAGAAUCAAACAAUGACCUCCUUCCUAAAUGCACAAACAAGAUCCAAAAACCUACAAAAAAAGUUCUCGUUAUUUUUAUGAUUGGAGCAAGAUUUCUGAUAGAAAAAUUGUUACAAACAUGUAAAAACAAAUUGCACACUUACGAGUAAAAAAAACAAUACAUUUCUCGCUACAUUUAGAAUCUAAAAAAUAAAAUUGCUGAUGAUUUAAUGGUUUAGCGUGAUGCAAGCAGCUAUAAUAAGAUUACGAAACGUAGCGUAGCAAAUAAUGUAUAGGGAUUUAUUAUUUAUUUAUUAAUAAAAUUCAUACGGACACAGAGUCCAAUUACAAUAAAAAUUGUUUAUCUUAUUAUUCACAAUUAAGAGCUAAAUUCACAUUACUUUUAAAUUUACAAAAACUAUUAACAAAAGGAUAAAUAUUGUACCUAUUAGCUAUACUCAUUUAACGAUGAAUUGGUGCAUUUAAUACUAAUUGAUUACUAGCUAAAGACGAAUAAAACAAAUUGACAUUUCUUAAAUUAAUUUUAUGAAUCUUAAAACUAAUCAUACAUAAUAAUUCAGGGCAUUCAAUUAAAUUAUUAAGUAAUUUAUAUGAGAAAAAUAGAUCUAAUGGUUUCUUCUUAUUUCUAAAGUAUUUAAAUUUAAUAUACUGAGUAAUGGCUCAUAAGAUGUGUGUGCCUCUCUAUACACAUUAAAAUUAACAGAAACAAAUCUAAAAAAUCGAUGUUGGAUAGCUUCUACUUGUCUAGUUAUUAUAAUAAAUGCUUUAUUUUUUUCUGUUUGUAAACAGUUUUUCUACCGAACUGAAAUGUUCACGAAACUUUUGAAACUUAAUAUAUAUGUUUCGGAAAUAUUUCAUUCAAGUUUAAAAAAUAUUACUAACAUUUUAUGGUAAUGUUACGUAAUACCUAGUUAAUUAUAUAUCUUUUAAAUAUUAUAGUUAAAUAUAUAACAUUUAAGAAACAUUAAAAAAACUAGGAAGAAAUAAAACACUUGUGGGAUUUAAACUCGAGCCUACUGAUUUUUUUCUUUUAAAACCUACCUAUAACCUAUCUAUAUGGAUCUAUACGGAAUUUUUAACCUGUUCAUAUUUUGAUAAAAAUCAUGUAAAUCGCAAAAUUUCAACACAAAUUUAACCAUACUUCACUGAAAAUCGUUAUUCGUUAAUAAUAAUUUAUAGUUGUGUACAGAUAUAAAUUAAAUAAAAUGAUGAGUACAUGUAUCUUACCUUCUCGAAUCCCCACCUACAAUAAUGGUAAACCCUUCAAUAGAAUUAUUUCUUUCUUUGAUUUGUAUAAUUACAUUUUAUAAAAAAAAAACUUCUAAAUAGCUAACUAAGUAUUGUAUGUCUACGAAUGCUGGGCUUGGGAAUAACAAUAUAGGCUAUAAUAUUAUGCAAAAUCAAAUAGAAUGCAAAUAAAAAUUUCGUGCACGAAAUAUAAAUAUAAAUAAAUAUAAACAAACACGCGAUGGUAAGUAUGUGCAUUAUGGAAAUGUUUAACGGGGGGUGUCGGACAAUCGAUUAAAAGAAAUCCUGUUAAAUAUUAUGACGACGUGUUUAUGAUGUUUUUGUUAAUUAUAUUAAAAUUAGAUGUAACACUCUGCUUUUUCCGUGCACAUUUAUAAACGGAAAAAAGGGAGAUACUGCUGAUAGAUAAGCCACUGUUUUAGGAAGGAAUUUCAAAGGAAGGAUAUAUAAAGUAAAUUUAUUUAUUUAUUUAUUUAUAUCUGUAAGCAGCGAAUAUUGCCAAGGGAUUUCUAUAAAUCUACACGAAUUGCCAGUUUUACUCAUUUAUUACCUAAAAAAAUUACAAGAAAAAUCAAAAACCCUAUCCUCUCAAUACGCCCACACGAUAAAAAAAAAAGCUACGAGAAAAUUCCUAUAAAGUUUUAGAUAUAAGUAAGAUUUCUGGUAAACAAAUCGUAUAAGUACAGACACAAAAAACGUAUUAUAGAAAAACCAAUACAUUCCUUUUUCGCUCAGAAUCUAACAGUUUAAAAAGUAAAAAUGUGUUUCCUCACGAUUAUAAUUUUAUAUAGUAAAACAAAAUAGGUAUUUUAUAAUACCUAAUAUAAAUGAUUUUUCCCUUAUAACUAAUAGGUAAAAGAAAAAAUAAAUUAAAAUGUACUUUGAGGACAAAGUUCCUUUCCACUUUAGGGAUUGAAUUUAAACUACUCGCUAAACACUCCUGGAACUAAUAAAAACAUACAUUGAAAUGUUCAGCAAAAUCGGUCUAGUAGUUUUUGAGUCUAUAAACCACAACCAUACGUAUAUUUUGUCUUUGUAUGUACAGGAAGGUAUAAUAUAAUAUAGGUAAAUAAUAUUAUAAUAAUGUUUAUAGUUUUAUACCGAAUUUUCUUCACGCUUACACUACAGGAAUAUUAUUAUGUUAUUAUACCCGUAGACGGUCUAAUACACGAAAUAUUCUAAGAUGGAAUUUAAUUUCACGGGACGGCUUAAUCGAGUACAGUUGGGGGAAGGGGUACCCGAGCGCUGUUAUUUGCUUAACCCUUAAAUCCGCGUUUGCGCAAUUAUUAUAAUAUAUUGGCGGAGAGGUACCUGCCGCGGGAAUUCACGACCCCGGUCAUUGCACGUACUACAAUCCGGGUCACUGUGCCCUCCCCUCAAACAUCACCACCACUGCCAGUACAAUAAUAAUAUUACCGUCCGAUGCCCACAUAAGUUUUACAACACGUGAUAACUUCACCGCAAGAAAUUUACUUAAACAGCUGCGUUGCCCGCAACCCGACAAAUAAAUUUUACGAAAAUUUAAACAUAUGCACAUGCGUGUGACUGUGUGUGCGUACAGUAUUGUGCAUACUAAAUGGACAAUGAAAUGUAAAGACCUUUAAAUAUUCAUGCAUAUACGCACUAAAAAAAAAAAAAAAAACCGAUAAAAAUCAUGUAUAAAUGGUUUUUUUUAAAUACUAUAUUCAUAGUUAUGUCCUAAAAAUCUGAAAAUAUGAAAAAUAAAAUUGUCUAACUAUAUAAUACCGUGAAAUCAUAAAAUUCAUUCUGGUAUAAACAAACUAUGUUUAUUACCAACUAAUAAGGAAAUGCAAAAGUAUAUAUAAAUAUAUUAUGUUUCGUUGAUUAAUAAUAUGUGUUACAUGCAUAAAGUACAUAUUCAGAUUUAAAUUUAUAAAUUAUUAUUACACUCGUUCGUUAUUAAGUUUUAUAUGGGAUUGAUUAACAAGUUUACUAAUGUGUUUUGACCGAAGCAAUUAUAAAAAAUCAUAAAAUUCUAUGUACUAUGAUGAAGAAUAUAAACAGAAAAAUACCAUAGUUUUGCUCUUCGAUAUCACAUAUACAAAAAAACAAAUUAAAAUUGCUUCUGUCAUAACCUAGUAAACUUGUUAAUCAAUCAAAAUCCGUUUUGAAAAAUUAUAACCUGUCGCUCCUAAUCCUUACAUUUUUGUCUGGCUUUUUGGUCUAAAACGUCAUAUUCUUCAGUACCUCUGCCCUUAAAUCGGUCUGUAAAUUAGUGGAAAAAUCUUAUCGUUACUUCGGUCAUUAUAGCUUAAAUAAAUGUUUAAAUUUUAGAAAAUUGAUAAACAUUUUAAAACCUACUCCGACCUCCUUAACUCGAUUCGUUAUUUUAUCAUUUUUAUUCCGAAUGUAUUUUUAAUUCGUUGUUUCAUAAUUUGUAUACUUGCGAUAUUAUACUAGCAGGCGAUGGACCGAAAAUAUAAAAUACUACAAAAACAAUAUAAUAUAAUGAAAAUCGUACGAGAUAAUCGUGAACGGCAGAGCGGCGACAGUCCGUCACGUUUCGAAUUUUUCCCCGCGUUUAGGCGCGCCCGAGGGUGCGGCUUUCGAGGAAAUUGCCUUCCGCUCCAAUUUGCAAACGAAAACGUCCCCUGUUCACCUCUUUCGGUGGAAAUAUUACGAAUCGCGUUCACGCCCACGACCGACAUUCACCUCCUAUUGUGGCACGGGCUACAAACACACGCGCGCACGCAUUUUAUCGGUUACGGAAACAAUUAAAUAUUUUCCUUUUCUUUUCGGAACUACUCGGAGUGCACAAUAUAGCUAAGUGAAUUUUAUCGUGCAAUAAUUUUCGAACGUUACCAUUAUUAAAAAAAAACUACCCGAGACUACGGCGUAACGGUUAUAUUAUGGUCACAAAUCGGCGUAUCGCAUAAACGAUUUCGCCGAUACUUCCAAUGGACCGUAAUAUUGUUUUCGACAGUGCAAUAUAUUGUACAUCAUGCUAAUCACGCAUAUGAAUAAAACGAAAAAAUCAAGAAACAGUACCUAUGUAGGUGGUUGAAAAGACCAAAAGUUAUGAAUUAUUAAUAAAAAUGAAUAAAAUAAUACCUAGCUCAAUUUAUUUACGCAAAUACCAACGAAUUUAACGAUUUUCUGUUUAUAAUAAAAAAAAACUACAAAACUUUUAAUUAGUUUGAAUAAGUUUUUAUUUUUUUAAUCUUAUACUCAAACGAAACUAAAUAAAUAAUUGAUAUUUUAAUUUUAAGUACAUACGUCACUUUACGAGAGAAAAAAAGAAAAACUAUACAUUUCAAAUGUAUAAAAACAAUUUAAUCCUACGUUUCUUGAUUUACUCUUUUCUAUACAAAAUACUUUUCUUCAAACGCUUUUUUUUUUCUUCAAACUAAUUAAAUAUACAACUUAACAGUGCUGAUUUAUGUGCCAUAUUUAUACAAUACUCAUUAAAGAAUUAAUUUGAUCAGUACCGUAACUAGAAGUUGACGACAUAGACAGUUUUCAAAGGCACAUUAAAGUCAGGAGGCACAUUUGAGUUGGUUUAAUAAUGAAAUUUAUAAUAGUAUUAAUUAUAAUAAGUUCAAUUCACAGUCAUUUUACUUUUUAUUAAGAAUUUUAUUUGAAAGGCUAGUUUAGACUUAUAAUAUGGAAAAUAGGGGAUGAGUUCUCCCUAUUUACACCAUUAAGAUACAAUAUAUUAUAUAAUUUGAUAAUAGUACCAUGGAGAGUAGUUAUUGGCACUGAUUUUAUUACAGACAAACUAAAUUAUAAAUUACUUUAAUUGGGAAUUAAUCACAUAAUAUAAUCACAAUAAUUAAGACAGAACUGUAUAUAAAAUAUAUAAAAAUCUUGGAUGUUGCAAGUUGAUUCACUUAUAACAAACUAAAUAUAGAAAAGCAAAAUUCACAAAAGUUUACACAAAAAUUAAAUUAAAUUAAAUAAAAAAAAUACUAUUUCAUCAUUUUACAGUAAAACUUACUAAAAUGCAAUAAAUUCGUCUUACUUUUAAUAGGGAAUCAACUCAAGUUAUGUUAAAUACGUUUAUAUAAAUUUUAACAUAAUCAUUUAUAUACAGUAUUUCUUCAACGAAAUAAUUAUAUACCAUGAAUAAGUAAUUAUUAAUCAUAAUUAUAUAUAUUUAAAAUUUAUUUAAUAUUUUAUAAAUUAGUUAGAACGCAAAUUUAACAAAAAAUCUAAAACAUGAAAUAAUGAAAUAAACCAAUUCAUUGACUCAUUUAUUAUGCUCAGUGGUGUUAAAAUCAAAAUUAAACAAUCAUAAUCAUAGUUGUUUUAAAGAUUAAAAAUAUUAAAAACUAAAACUUUAGUCUUUAUAAUUAUCGCACGCAAAAUCCAAUUUGCAUAAUAAAUUGAAAAUUUAUAUUUUUUUAACGUUGGAUAUAAAGAUUUCAAUUAGGCAUUUUUUUAUUGUUCCGUACAUUUUCCGAAUUUUAAUGAUCUAUGUUUUUAUUUUUCUCGAAUUUAAAAUAUAAUUAAUCAUUACUCAAGAAAAAAAACUUAUAAAUAGCCUAAAAGCCCCUUAAGUAUUUAAUUUCUAAGUAUUCAAGUUGUUAUAAGCAGACAAAUUUAGUUUUCAGAUUGUUCUUUCCAUUUUCGAAAAUUAAAAAUAAAAUGUAAUCAACUUUACGUUAUAGCUAAUAUAUAUAUAUAUGUUGUAGACCAGUUACAGUUCCACUGUAUACAUAUUUUAUUGCUAUCCAGUUUGGAUAAAUCAAGCAACAAUACCAUCUUGCAGUAUACAUUUUAUACGUAAAUUACUGCAAGAUUACACAUAGGUUUAGCAUUUUAAUAUUUAGAGAGCUGUCCACCUCGCUUAUUAGCACACCGUAUAGACAAUAAACAUUAUAUACGUUACGAUCACAACAUAUACGUUUCUUAUUUCACUAUAAUAAACCCUCGAUUCAAAGUUACCUUUAUCAAUUUUAUUACUAGAUUCUUGUUCAGCUACGGAACAAUAAUUUUAUUUGUAUCUUUAUUGUUAUGAUUUUUUUUUUAUAACAAUAUACAUUGUCAAUUUAUCUAUAUGCAAGUAACAGUACUAGAACACUACUCUUAUUACAAAUAACUAUUUGAUUUGGUUUUGUAAUAAAAAUUAGACGAUCUUACACGUGUAAUACCGGUAAUUAAAACUUCCACGCCCCACACUGAUACGUUUUCAAAGUCCCACAUUAGUAAAUACAGAUUUAUACACACACACAAACAUACCUAAUCAGUCAGAAGUUUUGAUAGGCGACCCCUUACGCUUCUUGUCGCAAGUUAUUAUACAAACACAACACCAGGAAGUGUUUUGUACAUCCAAAUCUCGGUACUUUAGUCAGUGUACUUUAAAACGAGCUCAAUGUCCACUUUUUAAUUGUAUGCUAGGUAAAUAAAUUAUUGUUUUUUGUUUCAAGCACAUACGUCAUUAACACAGCGAAAAUAUUAUAUUCGAACCAAACACUUUCCAUAAAAAUAAUUUUGUGUUCGACAAUAGACGGUAUUUUCAUACCGGAGAGAAGUAAGUAUAUUAAAGUUUCGAUCGUUAAACACGUAUCAUCAAAUCGACCGCCCUCCACCGGCGGCGGCGGCAGUGGCGUCGGUGAACAGUACAGGAAUAAAACAAACAUAAUUUCAUCAUCCUUUAUAUAAUGCAUAGAGGCUCGUAAAUCUAAAAAUCUAAAACUUUCACUUUCCUUGCUUUGGUAUGUAAUUAUUCCACAUAUAUACAGGGUGUUCCACCGUAUUUCCCCAAUGAUAAUCAAUAUUCAAAUCUUCCCCCUUUGUUAAAAUUCAAGUUUGUUUUAUUGUUUGUUUUUUUUAUUUUUAUUUUUCAAACAAAUUUCGUGUCGAAGAGACACGUCAUAUAUAGAGACAAAUUUAAUUGUUAUUUACUCUUUAAUUACCAGGAAACAUGUUUAUCGUUUUAAAAAUAGCCACUUAUUAAUAAAUAUUAUUCCAAACGUUUAAACGUAUUAUACAUAUGCAUGUCUGAUAAAUAUUUUUUAAAUAAUAGCCAAUUUAUUAAUUUCUAGAAAAUGGGUAUAAAUUACUUUUAUUAAAGUGCUUCGAUUGUGAUUCUUUUCAAAAAAUAUAACAGCUAUCACUUAGAAACAAAUCAUCAGAUGCAUGAGUUUGUAUUUAAGAUUAAAUUUUUAAAAAUAAAUUACAAUAAAGUAGUUAUUUUUACAAGUUUAAAAAAAAAAAAACAAAUAAUGUGUGUGAUAAUUAGUGAUUAAAAGUUGAAAUUAAAAAAACACUUUUCUCUAAAUAUAUAAUCAUGUCUCUCUUCCACGAAAUCCGAUUAAAAAAAUGUAAAAUACAACAAUUUGAAAAUUAAUAGAUAUAUUAGCAUCGAAGAAACAUGGUGAGUACCCUGUAUCAUAUAUAAAAGCUAAAAAUAAAAAAGCGGAACCUUCCUAAAUAUAAUAAAAUAUUAUAUGAUGUUUAACGUACUAUAGUUUAUACCAUCAAUAUUUUGAGCACUUUAUAAUAAUGAUGAUGGUAUGUAAAAAAAAAAUUAAAUGUAGUUCAUACAGCCUUUGUAAUUAGUUUCGAAAAUAUUUCAAAUAUAAUAGGAUAUGAUAAAAACGUAAUUUAUGUUUACAAAAACUAUUAAAUGUUAUGAUUAGAAAACGGAUCGUAGUUCUAAUAAAAAUAACUGUAUUUUGUACCGGAAAAUUAACUUUACACGUCAUAUUAUUAUUGUACGAUGAUAAAAAUUAUAUAAAUAUAUAUAUAGGUGUACAUUUUUGUUUCCAUCAACUAGAAUAACUACUACUCGUAUGAUAUGUAACUUAAUUAUUUAUGCUGUGUACCUUUUUUGGACUACUAUUUUAGUCAGUAUAAACUAUAUUUUAUUUCAAAAUACAAAACAACGAAAAAUUUACACAAUAAUAUAAAUCUAUAUUAGGUAUAUAUUCAAAAAAUAAACUACUAAAUACAACUAAAUUACGAAAAAUAAUAUUGCUCAAAAGGGGUUCUUUGGAAAAAAAACAAUCUCAUAAUCGUAAAACUCUAAUAAUAGCUAAUUAAUAAUAAUUUACUGUUAAAAAAAAAGAAAAAUAAUCAUAAAUACUAUCUCCAUAUUUUAAAUAACAGAAAAUUUUGGGGCACGUUGUAAAUCCCAAAUUUGUGCAGUUAAAUUAAUAUGUUACUAAAUAAUACUAUAGCUAAUAGCUUGGCAUCAAUUAAGUUUACAGGCUUGCGGUAUUAUAUCCCAACGUUUGCUUUGGUAUUGAAUACAACUAUGUAGAAGUAUUGCAUACUCAAAGCGCCGUCUGACAAGAUGUUAGUAAAGAACUAUAACUUUUAUGCGUCCAUAUAUUUUGUUACCAUGAAACGGUAUCUUAUACAUUAUAUAAAAUAUGUAAAAUAUAUACCUACUGUUAAACUUCAAUUAAAAAUCAGUACGAUGUUGAUCAUAUAGAAAAUAAUCAAGAUUUUAUAAUCUAUUAUAAUAUUUAAUAUUCAAUAAUCAAUACCUAUUUAGUAUUUAUUAAAUUAAUUAAUGAUUCCAAAAAAAUGUCAUUUAUAAUAAUUAUCAUUAUAUUUUUUUUUCACUUUUUUUCUGAUGUCAAAUAUUUUUAUACUUAAUUUUGGUGAAAUUUAAUUUCCAAUUUUACUAGCUUUAUUGACAAAACACUGUCACAGAAAACGUUUUUAUCAGAUACACUGAUUUGUUGACGUAAUGUAAAGAAACGGGAUGAAUUUUUUAUACAAAGUUUAACCAACACGGAAAAGUGAUUCAUCACAUCGAACGUUAUAUUAUUACUUUUUUUCAAAUAGAAUAAAAAAUCAACCAUCGGGAUAAGUAGAAUCGUAUUGAAUACAUAAUAAUCUCCUAUUCCCAUCGGAAUUGAAGAGCCUUGAAAAAAUAUAUUAUUAAUAAAAGAUUUAUUUAUUUUUACCACUAAAAAUGAAAUAUAAAAAAAAACCUGUGACAACUUGCUGUUAAUAUUAGUGUUAAAUAAUUGAUAGUUACAAACCGUGCAGAGUUUGCCUAAUAUAUAUUUAUCGAAUAACAACUACGUAUUUACGUAAUAAACGUGAUCGAAUACGACGAAAACAUAAUAUACACGUAGCAAUACAAAUAUGCACAAACACUAUUUUAAUAGUAAAUAAGUAUAUACAUCAUGUUAAUUAUUAUUUAUGCAUUUCCAUAGGUAAUGUCCACUACUCAGCCACAAGGUACAGCAGACACGACGUUCACCAUGUUGCCUGAAGAACACGAAGACCAAGAACCGUCUAGCUCGAAAGAUUUGUAAGUACAAUAUGAUUAUAUAUGAUAGUAUUUAUUAUACUGCACAGCUCAAAUUGAGAGGAAAAAAUAAGGGUGGACGCUGGUUUUAGUUUAAAAGCUAUCGUUUUGUACCAGAUAAAUAGUACACAUAAAAAAAAUUAAAUAAUUAUGAAUACAUUUUAUUUGACAACUUAAAAAAAAAAAUGUACAAAAUACUCAGCUAUAAACAAUACUAUCCACACCUAUAUUAAAUCUACCUUAUAAAAUAGAAAAAAAAAACACUAUAAUAGAAAAUAUUAUAUUAUAUAGAAUUAUAGGUAGAUUUAUAGCUUUUACAUCUAAGGAAAUAUGGCCGAAAAUAGGAAAAUUGACAAUGUAACAUCGAGUUCAAGGGCAUAGGAAGAUAAGUUACAUGACAUUUUUUUUCGACAUUCUCGUGUGAAUUAACUUGAUCCAAAAACUAAAUUUAAAUUUUACUCACAAUGAAAAUUAACAGUUGUGCUGUACAAAUAGAUACGCUUUCGAUAAAAGCUUUCCUUUUUUUAACUAAAUGAAGUUUAAAUGGUACAAUAAGAUAAAAUUAUAAUACUCGUAUGUUAUGUAUGUUACGAUCAUUUCGUUUUGCAAAUGUGAUUUACUCGCGUACUGUUGUAUCAUACCGCGAAUAAUAGACUGCAAGUCGUAAAUAAUAAUAAUAGAGUAUAUAAUACACACGGCAUUUCAAAAGGUCGCCAACGGGCACACGGCGAAAAUUAGGAUAUUACACUUCGGAUUAUAAUGAUAAUAUUAUGUCUCGUUCAGACCUGCUUGAGUAUAAUAUAUUUCGAUUGUAUAAAGAACAUAAUACAAUAUAAAAUAUAAUGCCAAGAAAACUAAAUCCACCGAAAAGAAUAAAUAUGAAAUCGAUUACAAAAUACGCAGAUCCUAAAAAAACAACAGCGAUUUCAUAUAUUUUCGUAUUCACUUUAAUGUUUUUUUUUAUAUAUAUAUCUUAUAUACAUAUAGUUGAUGAAAAUCUGUUUCACCGUUUCCCCAAACACACACACACACACACAUGACCAACCGCAUUGUUUCAUCGCAUGUGCUGCAGACGAGUAUAUUUACUUAUACAAUAUGCUUAUUGUGCACAGCGUGAACAAAAAACCCAAUAUUUUAACUUUUGGACGUAUCACUUUUGUUCGACACGUUUCCACGCAAUGUUUUCAUAAAUAAUAUAUUUGUAAAACAAAAUAUUACGUUAAAACGUUGAUAAUGAGAUAUAUAUGAAGAUUUUUUCACAAAUAGUCUGUAAAAUCGGUGUACUGCAUGAAUGUAUUAUACAUAUUUACCUAUAUAUGAACAUUAUACCACAAGACCAUCCCAACAGUACCCCCUUGUUUUUUUUUGUUUAUUGGUUAUUUUUGUGUAUUUUGGCAUGAUCAAAAUAUAGUAAAUUAUAUAAAAAUGAUAAAUGCACCCUCCCCUCCAAAAAAAAAAAUUGGUUGCGGUACUGUAUAACAUAAUGUAAUGACCAAAUACUAUAAUAAUACAAAUUUAAUUUAACUCACAAAUAAAACUAACAUUAAAAAUUGUAAACAUAUUUCGGGAAGAGGGGGAGGGGGGUCAUAAUAAAAAAGUCCUAUGUUUACUGCAUAUUUGAUAUUAAAAAUAAAUAAUUAUUUUAUUUUGAAUGGUCAAUAUUCAUUCCGUUUAAUUAUAUUUAUUCAUAACUAAUAAACAAACCACAAUUUGUUUAAAUAAUAGCACGUUUAAAUACUAACAAAUUUAAAUGAAAAUAUUAUUUAUUCGGCAAAUAUACAAACUCUUAACCUUUAAUAAUUAACCCUAAUAGUUUCACAAACGGUUUUUAUAAGGUUAUAACAAAUAUUUUAAAUUAUUUUGGGUAUUCGAUAAAAGAAUAAUAAAAAAAAAAAAUGGCUAUAGAAAUGAUAAGUUACUUUUACGUAAAAUCAAUCACACGUUAUUAGCUUUUCUACCUAAAAUUUCGUUUUUAAGAAUACCUAUACUAGAAAGUUAUUUCGUUAUGCGAGGCUUCGGGAAGAAUUCAUGCGAACAAUAACAAGAAGAAAAACGCAUAACGCAUUGUCAAAACGGAGCAAACUAACCAUGUCGGUUCAACACUAAUGGAAUACAGCCAAAAGCCGAGAGCAAUAUAUAAAUGCCCCGAAGGUAAAUGUCAGUCUCGGUGGCGACGGCUGCAACUAACGUGGUUAAAAAAAAAAAUUAAUAUAUAAUAUAAUAAUAAGGGUUUGACGUUGUUAUUACAGUGCUGAUACUACCCUGUAUUCGUAUAUUAGUUGCUCUUGUUAUACGUGUCGAAACAAAUAAUUGUUGUUUAUAAAUCCAGCAAAGCAACGACAGGCCAAUGGUUAACCCAUCAGCAAAAUAAACAGAAGGGAGGGAAACACGCGGACGCUAUUAUUACUGACCGUGAUUUUUUUUAUAAUAUUAGAACCAAAUAAUUUGUGUAUAUUCCAAUAUUUCAUAUUUUGAACACAUUCAAAAAGAUUUAAAUAAUUAGUCUGAUUUAAAGCUAUACAACAGUAAAAGCCGAACGAAGCGGAUUUCCAUCCUUUUUAGAUUCUGAGUGGAGCGAAGAAGCUUAUGGUCUUACAAAAAUGUUUAUUUUUAUUUUUUAAUCUAUGCGCAACUUUUCUACCAGAAGACUUGCUCAAAUUUCUACAUGUAGCAUCUUUUAUAAAAGAAAAUCGGCGUGGAGAGGUACUUAAAGGAGGCCAUUUUUCGAUUUUCUCAAGAGUUUUCUCAUCAAAUGCGAAAAACCAAAAAAAAAAUUGGAAAAUUUACAAAAUACAAUAAAUAUAAUCUUUUAUAAUCUUUUUUUUUUUCAUUGGAUAACUUUUCUAUCAGCAAAUUUGCUAUUGAUAACAAUGUUCUUAAACAUUUUCACUAGUGAUGUACUUUAGAAAAGUCAUUUUUCAAUUUUCCCAAGAGCUUUCCCAGCAAAUGUGAAAAACAGGGACAACAUGGGAAAAUCAGUACAACAUGAAACAAAUAUUAAUAAAGAAAAUAUAUAAAGCCUAUUUAAUUGUUUGACUAUAAAUUGAUAUAUAUAUUGUUGACAAAGCACACUAUCAACUGAAAUCCUUAGAAUCAUUUUUUCGUAAGUAAUGGUUUAUUGUUGAUUACAGGUGCACAUAAAAUUAUCUAUAACAGUAGCUGCACCCGUUUACAUUAUCCUUUUUUUACGUUUAGGCCCAACGUGCGUGCCUGCUACCAGUUUUAACGUUGUUAUGGGAGUAUCACAAAAAUAAUAAUAUUAUUGAUUGUAUACCUACGAAACCACAUAAAAUAAUAUUAUACUCCUAAAAGUCUUAAAAAUAACAAUCAAAAAAUUAUGCCAUUAUUUCGACGUUUCAGCGAAUAUUUCGAUAUAUUCGGUUUAAGAAGUAUAUUUAUAAUUUGUAAAAUUAUAAACAAUUUUAUUUUAGAUUCUGAGUGGAACUAGUAAUGUAUUGGUUUUACAAUGAUGUUUAUUUUUUGAACACUUUUUCUACCAGAAAGCAUACUCCGAUUAUCAAGUAAAAACACCUUUUCUCAAAGAAAAUGUUUUCUGGAUGGUACUUUGAAGAGGUCAUUUUUUGAGAUUCUCAUUAAUAUUCUAAAUAAUGAGGAAAACCUUGGUCUUUAGGUUUAAAGAUUAAAAAUAAAGUUGUCAUUGGGCACCAUUUUUUUUUUAUUUUAAUCAUUUUUAAACAAUCAUUGUUGUCAUUGAAGCGCACAUUGUUGUAAUCAUUUUACUAUAGUAUGACAUAUACCAUGUAUUGUAUUUUUAACAAAGCAACACUAUAACUGAAAUUGUUUUUUCAUUAGCAAUGAUUUAUCGUUGCUUAUAUUAUUGUAGACAUACUUUAAAUUCCCGUUUGUAUACUACUUUCCCAACUUCUCACCUACAACAGUGGCUGCACCCACAUGCGAAGUAUGUCCGUCCUUUUUUAAUCUUUAAAAUACAAAAUUACUCAACAACAUUCCCUUCCGGAAAUUUAUUCAGAGAAUUUAUUGUCAUUAAAAGCUCCCUAAUAAUAUAAUUCCAAGGAAUGCGAUCUGUACAGUCACAUUUUCAAUAACAAUAAUAUACUUCAAAAUACAAAAUUCCCGGUAUCGUGAAUAACGAGGUUCCUUUAACAUACAUGUUUGAUAUUUGAUAGUUUAUGCAAUAUUGUAUUAAACUACAUACGCACAGUAUUUCAUACAUGAAUUCGGAAUUAACCAUUUCGUAUAAAAGACAAACGUUGUCAAGACACAAAGACUCUACUAGUCGCGUUCACAAAUGAACGUAAUUCGCUUUUAAUUAAAUCUAAUUACAUUUGACAUUAAAGCGGGUAUCAAAUUAACAAAUAUACACAAAGUUUUGUCAUUAAUGAAACCAAAACAUAGAUUAACGAUCAAGUAUUUAUCAAUUAAUUGUACCUAAAUCAUUUACGCAAUAAGUUAUUUUCAUAAUACAUGAAAUAUAUAUUAUAUUUAAUUCUAUCAAAAACAAAAACUCUUAAAUUUCGGAAAUAAUAAAAAUGUAUCGAUAAACAUUUUUUUUUAAAAUAUCGAACAAAAUAAACCACGCUGUUCUUUCUUUUUUAUUAAACUACACUGCUGUACUUCAAUUAUUUCACAAGAGUUUCUUCGUCCCAAUACACUCCAUUGAAUCCAAUGAUUCAAUGAAUGUUUGACUUAAAAUAAUAUAAAUCAUCUAGUCAUAAUGCGCCUGUCAAAAACUCAGACGCUGGCUCACUCGAAAAAUUCAAACGCACCACACUUAAAUAUUUUAUUCAUUAUUCCGCCCUCGUGGAACGUCUGUUAUUUUAUUAUAUGGGUCCGAAUAACUUGAAUAUUAACCUUUCUAAAACUUGUCUCGAACAUGACAUUGUAAUCGGUUUGAUUAUUUAAAAAUAAUGAUUUCUUGCUAAUGUGGAACUUGCAUAACAUAGCUUAACGAUUUAAUUAAAGUUGUCAGCAUUCGCCAACAAUUAUUUUGUUACGUAAAUUCUUGAACUAUGUUUGUGUGCAAAAGGUACGUCUGGAAACUUUUCAAUAAAUGCCAAUAUGUUAUUUUUUAUUUACGCACUACCAACUUUUCGAUUUAUUUGUUAUUUAACUUGUUGUUCAAUAUCGACAGUAAGUAUUCAAUUUGAUGAAUUAAAUAUUAUGGCAUACAAGUGCAACAAAAAUAAUUGGGAGAGACCAUAAGGUCAUAUUUAACUACUAGUUUCGGUAUGUAGUUUAUUAAUAAUGUAUCGCGUAUAAUUAUUUUUUCAUACAUUUCAAAAUCGGUAUAACCAUGAUAAUUAUUUACACAUAAGAAAUCCUUAAUGUUGUAUUCAACAAAAUGUAUAUAUAUGUGUGUAAUAUAAUUAUUAUAUACCUACAAGAAAAUCAUAUGAGAUCGAUGGAUUUUUCAGAUUUACCUAUAUUUAAAUAAAACGGUUUAAAUGAUUGAAAAUGUAAUAAAAAAUAUAAAAUGUGGGUUAAUACUGCUGAGGGUUGUAUCAAUGGUGUAGGUGGGAAGUUAGAAAGGUAGGAGUUAUUUAAUGUAUAUCUAUACACAACAAUAAAUGAGCGAAAAUCAGUUAAGCAUGAUUUUUAAAAUUUGCCCAUGUCUAGAAAGAACUAAUAUGAGUAUUCUGUAAAAAUUCCAGGUCUCUACGAUUAUUUUAACCAAAUUUUAACAAAAACAGAAUUAAAAAUUUCAUGAGUAUAUUUUCCAUUUUUUUCCAAUUAUUAGGACAAUUAUAAAGAAAAUGAAUAAAUGAUCUUGCUAGUACACAAACUAGAUAAAAUUUUCUUAUUGAAGCAACAAAACUCGUAGAAAAGUUGUUUGUAAACAGAAAAAAAAACAAACAUCAUAGAAAAACCAAUACAAUUGAUGCCCUCAGAAUAUAAAUAUUAACGUAAUUUGUUUUAAAAUACUAAAAUAAUGGUUUCUUAGAAUUUUUCGCGGCGUAAUGAAAUUCUCUAAAAGCCACAAUAACAAUAAGUUUUUAAUAAAACUCUUAAAAUGUCUUUUACCCCAGAGAAGAAGAGUUCACAAAUAGUUAAUGGAACUGAAACCUCAUGGGGCUAACACUAUCCAAUUAGUCUUGACAUAUUACGGUCCGUAAAUUUGAACGGAGGUGAACUAGAUUCGAAAAUAUACGGAGCUAUAAAAUGAUUUAUAAGGUAGUUUAAUUCGAGUGACGAAUUUGACGUUAUUUUUCUCGUACUUUUUUUUGGUUUAUCUUCCUCAAUAUAGUCAAACAUUUUAAAAGUGUUCAAUUGAACAACUUUCUACAUUAAACAUACACAUUGCACAGAUUUCAAUUAAUUCAUACCGACAUAACACUCAAUGUAAACACAUACUAAAAUGUACCAUAAUUUUCAAGUUUUAAUAUGAUACCUAUAUACAAAUAUUGAUACAACACUUAAAACUAACAUAUUAAUUAUUAAUAUUAAUUGAAUAAUAAUAUCAAAUAUUUAAUUGUGUUUAACAUAUUUAAACAAAAUAAACACAAACCGGCCAUGACAAUGAAUUAAACAUAGAAAAACCUCCUCAAAUACAAUUAAACAACGAAUUUGAAUAAAGAUAUCGUAAUUUGUCAAAAAUAGUAAAUAAUUAUUAUUGACCCAUUACAAGACGUGAAAAGGUUUAAAAUAAAAAAAUUAUUUUCAACAAUAAGAAUAAAUUAUUUUUUAAUUAAUUGUAUAUUUUUACUUAAAUAGGUAUGUUACUAAAUAAAAUAUUAUCCAUUAUUUCAUUUUAAAAUAACAUUUACAUAUGCAUUACUUCAUAAUCACUUUAUUUUAUAUAAUAUUUUUAAAUAGAAUAUAUUCCGUUAAUAAAGAAUUAUAAUAAAUAGUCAUUUAUAAAAAUAAAUAUAAACAUAAUAAAUUUUGUCAUUAGGAAAAAAAAAAACUAUUCGAAUUCACAUAAUCAAUAUGGUAGUAUAUAAGCACUGUUAAUUGUAAAAUUAACUAUACACUGUUUGACCGUUUUAUUUUAAUACAUUUCACAAAAAAAAAUAUGAACUUAAAUAUAGGUCACAUCAACAAAUUUAAUAAAAAAAAACCUCUAUCAAACAAUUGGGAAAUGUAUUUUAAAAACGAGAACGCUACAGUUAAUCAAAAAAAAGCUUUACUUAUAUUUUAUUAUUAUUUAGACACUAUUGACAAACAAGUCAUGAAAAAUCGUAUGAAAUUAAAUCGAUUUUCAUAACAGUCGUAGGAAAAAAUAAACAAAUAUCGUAGGUAUUAUAAAAUAAAAGUAUCAUUGAACACUCGUAUCAAAUAAUAUCUUCCCAAUACAAAAUCCCAUUAUGUCAAAUCAGACCUAAAAUAUAGUGACCCAUGAAACACGAAACUUUAUGCACAUUAUGGGAUAUGAUAAAACGCUAACGUUUGUACUUCAACGGACAUCCGCAGUAUAGUUGCUUAGAUUAUCAUCAAAUCGUUUCAUGUAAAAUCAAGACAACUUCGUCGUACAAAUAAAAGUGGGGUGGAAGAGAAGUUUAACAAGCAACAUUAUAAUAUCUAAUAUUUAUAAAUUGUUACCUAUAUGAACAAUAGCUAUUUGGCAUAAUAUUAAAUUGUUCGAAAUAUUAAUCGAAAUCAAAGGUUUCCAAGUUUUCUCCAAAUGUGUAAAAUUUAAAAAUUAUGUUUUUUAUCUUUUAAAACCGCCAUAAUAAAAAUACUAGUUCAAUAAUCUACUACCUGAUAAUACGCAUUAUAGAGGAAGGAAUGCUGCUGUUUUUGCGUAUGAAUAUAAAGUUUUAGACCAAUAAGCGAAGGGAAAUUAUACAUACUUGUCAAUGUCCGAUUAAAAUGUUUAAAGUGUGUGUACUACGGAAACUUUAAAAAUUGUUGAAUUGUCUUAGUUAUUUUAGGAAGUCGAUUUUUCAAUUUAAAAUUUAAUAUGUCUAAAAUAAAUGGUAAUGCUAAAUGUCAUUAUUUCACAGAAUUUUCAAAUUAGGUCUUAAGGUCAUAAGGUCUUCGAAAUUAAAAAUCGAAAAUUGACUGCCUAAAUAACCUAGAUAAUUUAUUAACAAAUGAAUGCGUGCUUUAAAAUUUUAAAUCAAACACAAGAAAGUAUGUCUUAAUUUGCACCAGCGUGUUGGUAUUAACCUUACAAAAAUUAGGUGUGUGCUAACCCAUUAUACAACAAAUAUAAUAUGUGUAGAAAAAUCAUUUUUUAGUUGAGUUCGAUCUAAUCGAACCGAUCGAGUAUAUUAUGUAGUAUAAUUGAGUGAUUUUUAAUAUAAAGAAACAUUAAUCAUUUUUAUGUUAUAUAAUUAAAAUAAUGGCCAUUGCGGAAAUACAAAUGUGAUUAUUUUUACUAUAAUAUAUACUCGAUGCAAAAACAAAUUGGUAUCUUAUAAAUUGCAAAAAUGCAAGAAAAUAGUAAAAAAAAAAAGCAAACCAAACAAACGUAAUUGGAUUAAAUUUGAUUUUUGCCAUUUUGAUGUCAAUACACAAACUUACGUUAUAUUAUUAACACUAUUACCGUAUUCGAUCGAAAAAACAAAAACAAUCACGUGUUGUUUUCGAUUCAACCGUUUUGUAUUAAAUUAUAUACCAGGAUUGAAUCGUAUAAGACAGUAAAGUAUAAAACGCGUAUUAUACUAUACAAUUUUUAUUUUUACCACAAUUGAACAGAAAUAAUCAGGUAAAAUAAUUUUCAAUUGAAUUUUAAUCAUUAUUUUAUAUAUUUUGUGUUAAUUACCUAAAAUGUAGGUGAUAAUUUGUUAUAUUACGUUUAUAAUACCGAAAAAUAAUUUUCGGUAUUAGUAUUCAAUAAGUUUUGUUUUUAUUUUAUUCUAAAUUUAAGAAAAUUCACCAUGUUGAUGUGAUUUGUUAAUUUGUUAAUUUUAUAAGUUUAAGUUUUUAAAAUUUAAAAUGUACAGUAUUGUCAGUAUUGUAAUAAACUUCAAAAAAAAAAAUAAAAUAAAAAUGUCAGUCGUUAUAAAGUUGUAUACGUUUUAUACAUAGAGUAUUAUACGUGUAAUGUAUAAAACGUUUUAUAUGCUUAUAUUACCAACCUUGAAUUAUACCAACGAUAGUUCUAUCGGGUACUACCAAAUUAUAUACAUCAAGAAGGAAAACUCCGUUUUCAUUAAACAAAAAAAAAAAAAUUAUGAUAAUAACAAAUAAAGUGUUCAAAUUCCGUUGAAGUGACAAUUGACAAUGACGCGCGGCACGUGGUGCGUUGGUCUCCUUCGCACUGGCUUGCGGUUAUACCGGCAGCAAAACGGCAGACCGAAUGCACAGAAAGUGUAGAAUGACGAGAAUAUGGGAGGGAUCCCGUCUAAACAAUAACGUUUUUGUUGGGGGUGACCCCUCGUAGGUAUCCACCACCCAUACAAAGGUAACAAUAUAAUCCGCUUAAAGGUGGGUGCGUCGCGGGAAACGGGUCGGACACAAAAUUAUGUGCGGCGGAAAACCGAAAACCUCGGCUGGUAGCGAAAUUAAACGCCGGUACCCGUCCCCGACGUCUAGUAUUACGCGCAAAAUUGGAGUACCUACCUUUCAAAUUAUUAUUUUGACGUGAAAACUGAGAGAUUUCUGACGGGUUUCUCCGGACUUACAUAUAAAUCUACCGGGGACGCGUUAUUGUUUUGUUCGUUUCCGGGAAUAAUGUCAUACGCGUUUUUCAGUAUUAGCAAAUUAAAAAAAAAAACAAAAAAACGUUCCACCACUACCCCCUCCAACCAUUUCCUUCCACUAAUUACAAUGUUGCCAGCACGUUUGAAAUAUGUGAUAUGCAUGCGUGCAUAACAUAGGUAUUAUAGGAAGGUAUACAUUUUACGGACGAGACCAUCAUAUCCGAACACCAACAAACGGAAGGAUGAAAAAAAAUUCAUUUAAAAAACAACAUCCCGAUCCUCGAAUCAAAUAACCGCACGAAAAUACCUCGAAUAACUCGUACAAUAUAGUACUAUUCAUAGGGUGAUUUUUUUUUUCUUUUAUCAUAAUUCAGCGGUUUUAACAGAGUAUUUCACGUCAAAUUAAUUUCUAUUUUUAUCAAUAAUUAUAAAUAGCUUUAAGCUUUAGUUUAAAAGUUGUAUUCCUAACCAAACGAAGGUUGUAUCAAGCUGCGGCUAAAUUUAAGUUGCACUAAGGCUCUAAAUAUACAAUCUCUUAGUAUUAAACUAUUAAAAAUUCUGCUAAUUCUACCUCACGCUAAGACAAAUGACGCCACCAUUUAUCAGUUAAACAGUUUAAAAUUUUAAUCGAAGAAGUAAGAAACGAUUUUUGGAAGGAUUUUCACUUUUAGAUGAUAACCCUUCCCGAGAUUCUUCGCUACUUCUCCGGUCAUCAUUUCAAAAUGGUAUAAUUCAAAAAAAUUAAAUCCGAUAUUAGUCUUAUUCAUAUCAAUAUUUCUAGAAAUAUAUUCCCCUUUCGAACAAAAUCGAUUUAAAAAAGAAGAGUUGCUAUUCGAAAUUUUAAUGUGUUUAUAAUACAUAGGAUACAAUUUCAAAAAUAUUGUGAAUAAAAUCAAUAAACAAUUCUAUAAUAAUCUUAUUAUUCGUCUAGAUAUUCGGUCUUAACGACCGAAAAAACAAAAUCAAUUAUAAAUUUUCAUAGGUAAUCCGCUGCAUCAUGAUAAAAAAAUCACCCUAUAUAUCUCGACCAUUGUUCUGUAACCAAACAAAUUCCACGUGACAUGCUACCGCUUCAUAUUCAUUAUGACGUCUCAUUGGUGUUAUUUUAAUGGAAUUAUUAUUUGAUCCUUUUACGAUAAAAUUAUUUAAACAUAGUCAAAUAAUUCAAUUGGCCGGUGUUUUUCUGACAAAAAGAACGGUGUUUAUUUAUUAAACACUAUUAUAAAGACGUACGUACACUUUUUCCGGGUUAAUUAGGUGUUCAUUUCAUCGGAAAUUCAAAACAUAUGAUCGAAACACACGAGUGUAACAGUACAAUAAAUCAUUAUUUGCGUACCAUUAAUCGCGUCAGGUUUAUACACAAAAAGUCACACUUAGGUUAAUUAGUUCAGUAAAAUAUGUUUAUAGAUAUUCGUAAUUUUAGUAUACAUCGGAGUUAUUAUAAUGUACAGUAAAUCGAUAUAUUUAUUAUAAGACUUUUGGAUAAUAAAAAAAAUCAAAAACAGCUAAUCGAAAACAUUUUACAUGCAAAAAAAACUUGUGUUAAUGCAAUAUAUACGGAUAUAAAUGACGCUAUUAAACAGUUUAAGCGAUUUCUCAUAUAUAACGAGCCAAUAUAUAGGCCUUAAUAUGCCUAAAAUUAUACUUCCAAACCUAAGUAAUUUUAUUCAUUGCUAAAAAUAAUAACCUAAAUUGUUACGAAAAUAAAAAAAGCAGACGUACUUCACACGAUGGGUGGACCACUAUUGUAAGUGAAAAUUUGAGAAGAUAGGAUAUAGAAAGAAAUUAAAUUUAUACGAGUAUCUAUAACGGUAAACUAUUGUUAACGAAAAACGAUUCGAAGCGAAAUUCGAUUAUAUAUAUGUUUUGAAAAGCCGUAAUAUUUACUUUCAUUAAAAUUUGAUAUUAAAUCUCUUUUAAAAAAAAUACUAUGAUAGACUCAAUAUUUUUUUCUUGUUGUUCACUAAGUACACCUUAUAAUGAAUCUCCUGUUCAGUUUUCAAGCAUUUCUGUUUAGUCUAACAUUGUUAUCCAUAGAGUAAUACAAUUUUUAAAAAAUUAUAAAUAAAUGUAUGUACAAAUUAUAUGAAGUAAACUGGUUAACUGGUCAAUAUAUGAUAAUGAACUUAUUUUUAUAAAAGCCAUUUGGCUAAAAAUAUUUUAAGUAAUGCGACUUUGUAUGAUUUUUAAUAAUGUUUAUUUUUCAAACCAUUAAUGCAUAAUUUAUUCAAUUGUUUCGUUCGAUUUGUUCCUUUUAAAAGAAAAUGUCGAACAAUGGUUACAAUAUUUUUAUUUAAAUUCAGAUUCAUUCAACUAAAACAAAAAUAAAUAUUACAAAAAUUGGUAGUUAGUACUGAAGAACAUAUAAUUGCAAUAAAUCUUUAGAGUGGUUUUUCGAUAACGACCGAUUGAUGUUUGUCCAGGAAUUACUACAAUUUAACGCCCAAUAUAAAUAAUAUUUUUGUAUGUUUUUUUUUCUUUGUCGUCCAAACUAAAGUAAGAGGAUUACAAAGUAAAUACAAAUUCAAUACGAUUAUCUGGCCUAAGGACAAAUCAAACGGUAUUUAAUUAUAUUAACGAAGUAGAUACCUGCUAUGUUUUAUUAUUUAAUGUCAAUUCCUUAAAAUAAAAAUUUGUUUUUCCAUUAUAAUUCAAUAUACUCCGUAUUCAAUUAUAUUUUUAAUAAGCUCGUAAACAAUCUUGUCAAUUACCUGUAUAAGCCGAUUAAUAUAAUUUGUACAAUAUAUUCUGCUGCCAGCAAUAAAUAAAAACUUUUAAUUGCAUACACCCUUGUUUUAGUAUAUAAUUGUAUUUAAAUAUGAAUUACAACGUGAAAUUGUAAAUUAAAUUUUCGCAACACAACCCAUAUAAACUAACUCUCGACUCCUAAUAAUGAUAUAUACAUUACCCUAAAUAAUAAUACUCAAAAAUUAUAAUUCACGGCGUUUGAAUUCAAAUUAUGAACUUUAUUGGAGCUAAACAUAUGCAUCAAUGAAAAUAACCUCAACUCGUAUAAUAAUUCUGCAGGUAUUAUAUUUUAGUUAGGGUUCGUAUAACACAAAAUAUUCCUAUACGCGACAUUAUGAACGCUAUCGUAAUAGAUUGUAUUUCAAACAAAUUAAGUGUAUAAAUCAUCAUACACGUAAUGCUCAUAUUUAACGAAUGCACGUUCGUGAUAAUUAUUGAGUAAUGAAACCACUUAUAUGUACUUAAGAUGCGUCGUCACUAAAAUUUAUAUUCUAUUUCUGUCUCACACGUAAUAUAGCAGCAAAGAUAUUUCCCGUUUUCAAAGUAUUGUGACUCUGGUUGGGUAAUAAUAACUAUAAGUAUAAACAACAAUGAUUAGAAAAAAAAAAAAUGUUACUAAAGACGGGUGUGCUAUUGCUGUAGGUGAGAAGGUCGAAAGGUAGGAUACAUAAAGUUCUUUAAUUUAUAUCUGAAAGUAACGAUAAAACAUUGCAAACGAAAAACGAUUCUGAGCGGACUGAGAUUGUACACAUUUUAAAAUUCCAUAAUAUUUACAAUGUUUGUCAAAAAUUUAUAUUAAAACUUUUAUAAAAAAAAGAACUACAUUAAACUCAUUUUUUUUUUCUUUAACCACUUAGUACAGAUUAUAAUAAACCGCGUUCUAUCAAAUUAUAAAAAAAGAUACCAAAACAUUUUGAACAUUUUACUACGUCUAAAAAGUCUAAUAUAAGUAUUCUAAGAAAAUGAUGUCAGCUCUUUACGGUAAUAUUUAAUCAAUUUACAAAAAAAAAAAAUUGGAAAUAAUGAAAACGUCAACGCCAUAAACUUUCCCGAAUUUUUAACUAGAUCUAAAAUUCAACAAAAAAAAAAAAAAAAAAAAAAAUUUCGGUAGAAAACAUAAAUUGUGUAAAUUUAAAAUAACGAAAUCUGUAACGCCGUGGCGCACCUAAAUAUUUAUACGGUUUUCGUAAAAUUUUGUUUCCAGUUUCCAAUUAUUAUGAAAACCCCUCAUCAAAUCAAAAAAUGUUCUCUCUAAUGACACCAACCAAAUUCAAAAUGCGACCAAAAAAAAAAAAAUUUUCUUGUAAUUUUUCGAUUGGAGUGAGAUUUUUAGUGAUUUACAGAAAAUUUGGUUACAGACAGAAAAUAAAAAAGACAGACAUACUUCGCACGUGGGUGUAGCCACGGUUGUAGGUGGAAAGUUGAAAAGAUAGGAUACAGAAGAGAAUUUAAUGUACAUACUAUGUAACCAACGAUAAACCAUCGUUUACGAAAAACGAUUCUGAACGGAGUUCAGUUUAUAACGCAUUGUCAACAACAUAUACAUCAUAUUAUAGUAAAAUAAUUAAAUAGGCAUUAUACCUAUAUUUUCUUUAAUAAUAUUUGUUUAAUAUUGUAUCAAUUUUCCGUUUUUCCUACGUUUUUCCCGGUUUUCCCAUGUUUAUCUCGGUUUUUUACAUUUGCUCUUGGGAAUAUCGAAAAAUGAUUUCCCUAAAAUAACUCCCCAGUCAGAAUUCCUUUUAGAAAAAAUGCUAUCAUUGUAAAUCGGAAGAAAAUUGCUAGUAGAAAAGUUGUCCACAGGGAAAAAAAUAUCAUAAUAUUUUACUAAUAUAUUUCGUACAUUUUUCCGUUUUUUUCUCACUGUUUCCCUUUUAUUGGAAAAACUGCCUAAAAAAUCAAGAAAUGACCUCUCUAUUGUACCGCCCCAAGAAAAUUUCCUUUCAUGAAAGGGUCUACAUCUAGUAGCUAGAGCAGUAAGCUGUUUUGGUAGAAAUAAAAAACAUCUUUGUAAAUCCAAUACAUUCUUCGCUCCACUCAUAAUCUAAAUCCACACCGUACAGUAAUAAAUGAUCGCCACGUUCAGUAUCUGAAAUAUGAAUUAUAAAUCCGGAAAAAGGGACAAAUGUCCGUAUGCCCACUGAGUAUUAUUACUUUUGCGGACGCGUUUCAAUCGUACGAGAUUAAACGUAAUCUAUUUCAUGCGGCCACGUGGCAUCUGCACGCGGGAUUUUCCGUACAGUAUGUGAAAACAUUCGCUUAAACGGGGCAAUUUGGUAUCGGCUCGCCUCCGUGGGUCAAAUAUUAACAUCCGUGCGUCCAUGACCGUUUGGAUCGCGUAGCGUGAAACCCACUUUGGUUUUCGUAGUAAUAAUGAUUACAACCGCAAAUCCGCGGCGUUUCUUCGGAUAUCGUUUUCGAAAAUUAUCAAGAAAACUUCUCGGAAAACAAUAUACGUGCCCCGGCCCGGGACCGAUGACCGCAUGUGUGCUGCAAAGACACGUACGACGGGUUUUCCCGGUUUCUGUCCCGUCAAAUAUUAUCAUGAGCAUUAUUGUCGGGCGUCUAAAAAUAAUCUCAAAUUACUUCUCCGGAAUGGGGUCGCCGAUCCUCUCCCGGGAUGUGUUUGUUGAUCCCCCUCGGGAAUGUGUUCGAAAACUCAACACGAGUUAACUUUAUCAAUAUAGAGCAUAUAGAAUAAUAUUAUUCCCUACUCUAUAUUAUAUAAUACUCUUCUCCGUUUUGAAUUUCUAAACGCAGCCACCUGAGGCACGCCGAAAAUGACUUGCCCGUGUUUAUACGCGAUUUUUUGUUCGAAUUUUCCCAAUUAUUUAUAAAAACCGUUUGGAAAAUCAAGGCCAUUCAGUACUCUAAACGUUUAUUCAAUUGGAGCGAGUUUUAUUGUAGAAAAGUUGUUUACAGAUAAAAAAAUAAAACUUUAUACACAUUAUAGUAUAACCAAUUCAUUUAUCACUCCACUAAAAAUUAAACAGUAAUUCAUGUAGGAUCCAUAGAAAAUAUUAGUUUUUAUAAAAUAUGUAAUAGGUCCCGUUGUCCUAAACUCAACCAGAGAGUCGCGAUCGUAUAAAUGCGGGAUGCCUUUGUCACACUAUUACGCAUGAGACAGAAUUAAAUACAAAUAUUAGUAACGAAGCUUCGUAACUAAUUCUAUUAAUUACAAAAAUGAUUUUUAAAACAGACUUUGCAGUAAGUACCACAAUAUUUCGAAAAAAAUCGAAUAUAGAGUGUUUUUCAGAGCGUAAGUAUCAUCAGUUCGCUUCUACUGAAAUAUUUAAUGUAUUAGGUACUUUCUAAAACAUGACAUACAGUACGAUAUGAUUAAUAGAUUUUAAUAGUGUCGCUGUUUAGUUGACAUGCUAUUAUUUAUCACAGUUACGAAUACGAAAUAAGAUAGCGCCGGCGAUUAUAAUAUAAUAUGAUAUAUUAUACACGAAAAUAACGUUGUAUAUCGAAGUGAAAUGGGUAAAAACAAAACAUUUUUUUUUUUUUCGAAACUGUAUUAUCAUUUUUAACAGCGACUUUCGUCAAAAUUUGAACUUAUAAAUAUAUAUUUAUAUAAAAAAAAAAAACUACUAUAUAAUAUAGUCCAACAUUUUUUUUAACCUCUAAUUAAACUUAUAACGAACCUUGAGAUAAAUUUUAAAGCAUUUACAUCUGGCCAAACAACAUAAUCCACAUAAAACUAAAUAAAACUCGAAAAUUCCAAAUACCUAUAAAUAGCUCAAAAUUUCCAGAAUAUUGGUUUUCCCGAUUAUUAAGAAAACAAAACGGUAAAUCAGAAAAUGCAUUUCUUGUCACCCUGUAUUUCAAAAAAUAUACUGUAUUGAACACACCAGAGCAAGAUUUAUAGUAUAAAAGUCGUUUAAAGAUAAAAAAAAAAAAUGUUUAUAAAUAAACCUCAAUGUAAAACUAAUUGUAAAGAUACUACUUAUUUGAAUUUAGAAUAUGACUAAAAUAUAAAAAUAAAAUUUUAAAUCAUAAACAAUUUUCUGUCGUAAAUUUGUCUUUUUUAUCUAUACCUACGUUUUUAUAGUUUUCCCAAAUUUGUAUAAGAACAACUACUUGAAAAAUCAAAACAUAUUCUACUCAUUGAACCAACUAGAUCCAAAAUACUACAAAAAGCUCUCAAUUUUUAAAUUAAAUUAUGAUUUUGGAUAGAAAAGUUGUACACAAACAGAAACAAAUUAAUAAAACAAAAAUUGCCCACAUAAUAAAACCGUAUAUGCUUUGCAUCUAAAAUUAAUACAUUCUUUAAUUUAAAUUUGUAAAAGUGUUUAACAAACCAUAAAUUUGAAUUGUUUUUCAUUUGCAAUUUUGUAUUGUAGAAAAUAGAUAUAAACUAGAAUACUCUAUAAAUAACGCUAAUUUAUCAACUUCUCACUCACAAUAGUCGCUUACCCACCCACUAGUGCAAUGAAUAUGUCGAUUUUUAUAGUUAUUUUAGAAUACUUAUAAUAGUUCUUUUUAAACGUGUUAAAAUUCUAAAAACAUGUUUAAUCGUACUUCACUCGGAAUCGUUUUUCAUUAGCAAUAAUUUAUCGUUACGUACGGAUAUAAAUUAAAUAUUAUGUAUUCUACCUUCACAACUUCCUACCUACAAUAGUGGCACACCCAUCAACAGCAAUAGCUCUUUUUUAUAAUUUAAAUGUUUAACUAAUAAUUGUCUAUACACUCUUAAUAUACAAGUAUAAUAUAGUUAUCACUUAUUACAGUAUUGUUCGUUGAAUGCACAUAAAAUGAUACAUUAUUACCCUCAUUAUCAUUUAAAGCGGAUUAGGUCUUUUCACUGGUGACGAUUUAAUGCGAACCCAAACAGAGGCCGACAUCAAUACCGCAAUUAUAACCGAAAGUUCUGUAUAAAGGUAACUUUAACUCCUCGAACAGAGUUAAUCUCUUUUUAUAUUACUUUUAUACAUCAUAUUUAAAUGCAGAAGCAACUGAACUAUAAACGACAAUUUAAAAAAAGAGCUGAUACUGGAGACGGGUGCAGCCACUGGUAUAGGUGGGAAGUUGGGAAGGUAGGAUACAUAAGGUUAUUUCAUUUAUAUCUAUAAGCAAUGAUAAACCAUUACUGACGAAAGAUAAUUCCGAGCGCAGUUCGGUAAUAUUUAAAAUGCCGUAAUUUUUUUACCUAAACCUUCCUAUGUUUUUUCCCGAUUAUUAUGAAAACUAAUUCAAAAAUCAAAAAAAACGAACUGCAUCAUUAAAAAAAAAAUUAAUAUUUCAACAAAAAAGGUCACUUGUCGUUUUUAAUUGGAGCCAUAUUUGUGCUAGAAAACCUGGUAGGUACUUAUUUAAAAUAACGAAAUCAUGAAAAAAUAGUAUUUUUUCUCGAUUAAUUGUUUUUAUUUUAAUAUCGUAUGUAUUUACCAAUUAGAUAAAAUUUACUUUCAUAAAAUGUGCUACACGUAAAAAUCGGAGCAAGUUAACUAGGAAAAAACGUGUCCACAGACUGGAAAAAAAAAUAAACAUCUCAAUAAAACCAAUAGCUCCCUCGCUACGCUCGGAAUCUAAUAACGAUGGAACAAAUUCGAAAUUCCUAUAAAACAAAAUAUUUUGAAAACUCGGCUUCUAAGCUUCGUAGCUUCUUAGCAUCUAUAAUUUCUGGUAUUUUAUACAGCAAAUUUUUAAAAAUCAAUCGCUUGGCUUCCUAAUCCAUAAUAUUUGAAGAUUAGUGGAAAUAAUGAAAAUACUGGUUUAACUAAGUCAUACUUGCUUUUAAAAAUAUUAAUAGAUUAAAUUUUACAAUGCAUGUUAAUAAUAACUAAUAAAGUAUUGUUUUACAUAGUUAUUUUAUUAUUGUUGAACACUAUUGUAAUCAAAAACAUUGUAAUACGGUUUAAUAAUCUAUCUUUUUAUAAUAUUGAAGAGAUUUGUAUUUGUUAUCAAUAAUUCGGUUAUUCAUUACUUUUAUUAAAGGUAACCAACAGACGCCCAAUACUGAUAUUAAUAUGUUUAUGCGAACUCUACUACCUACUUUUAUUUUUGUCUUUUCAGCCAAAUAUAUUUUUAUAAUUCCUAAAUAAUUGUCUUAAUAGAAAAUAAUACAAAUACUAUUCGAUUUAAUUGAUUCUGUCAGACAAGUAUAUCUUCAUUUAUAUAGUGCAACGGCAACUUAGUUUUUCAAUUCAGUUCUUAUUGUUUUACAGGAUAAUAAAGAAAUAUUUCAUAAAACAACACUUAAUUUAACUCUAUUAUUAUGGGUUAUUGGCUAAGAUGAUACCAGGUUAUGAUACAAAUGGUGUUUUAGUUUUCGUGAUUGACAGUGUAACUAGGAGUCUAAUAAAAAAAUUAUAAAAAAAAAACAUUUUUGGAAAUGCUUGUUUUAUUAAUAUCAAUUAUACGAGGGUUGUCCCAAAAGUAAUGCACAGCGCGCUCUAGCUGUCUUGCAAUGUGAUAUUAUCAGCUGAAUUUAGUAUCAGUUUGUAGCUUGAAGUCUAACGAACACGUGCGUUUUCAGUUUUAGUUGUUUUAGUAAAGUAUGAUGAUGUGUGAGAGCGAUAACGAAAGUGAGAACAAUUCGUCGGCUCACAUUUCUGUUUUUGAGCAACGCGCAUACACUAAAAUCGAAACGAUUCGUGGUAAAACAGUGCCUGAAAUUCAUGCCGCGUUAAAUGAAGUGUGUGGAACGGAUACUGUGGAUCGUAGUACGGUGCAAAGAUGGCAUCAGCGAUUCCGUGAUGGUCGUAUAAGUAUUGAUAACAACCCUCGCUCUGGCCGACCCUCUACGGUUACUCAAGACAACACUAACGCGGCUAUUCUCGCAACUCUACUCGAUGAAGACCGACGAAUAACGGUGAGAGAGAUAGAGAAUGAAACAGGUAUUUCAAAAUCAAGUGUUCACCGCAUUUUAACGGAAANCGGCUAUUCGACACUGAACGAGUUCCAAUUGGCAGUAGUGUAACCGGGGAUUACUACAAAACAUUCCUUGCCAAAAAAUUGCGACCAGAAAUCCGUAAAAAGCGACCAGGAAUGUUACAAAAUGGUGUGUCCAUAUUGCACGAUAAUGCACGGCCGCAUAUCGGAGCACCAGUCGUCGCUCUUUUGGAGAAAUAUGGAUGGGAACGCCUCAUACACCCACCGUAUUCGCCGGAUUUAAGUCCCCCGGACUUUGAUUUAUUUUCAAAACUGAAGGAACCACUUGGAGGGAUCCGUUUUCCCAACUUAGAUAUAGUAAAUGAAGAAGUGAGCCGAAGGAUCCAUGAACUCAACAAAGAUGGCGUCCUAUGCGGCAUUCAAGCGCUCCCGAAACGAUGGCAAUCGUGUAUAGCCAAGCAGGGAGACUAUAUCGAAGGUCUAUAAUAUUGUAUUUAGUUUAAAAUAAAAACUUAUUUAUUCAGAGCAAAUUGUGCAUUACUUUUGGAACAACCCUCGUAGUCUCAAUUUUAUCAAAUUUUGAGAUACAGUGUGUAGCUGUAAUAUAAGCGACGAUAUUAAGUAACAAACAAAUACAGUCGUAAUCAAAUAAAUAUACUUUACACCGAAUAUAGUAGCUGGAACGGAUACGUAAACUCAAAAGUAUUAGUUAGAAAUAUUCCUUUUAAUAGCUAUAUACAUAUUAUAAUAUAUGGAUUCCAAUAUCAUAUUCACUAGUACUAAAGGAAAGAAGUGGUUAUAAUUUCGGUUUUUUUUUUUUUUUUAUUUUAGUUAAAACGUUUAAACGAACAAAAAUAAAAUGUAUUCGAUAUCUCACGCCCUAUCCAUAAAAUGUCUUAUCGGCAACAGACUCGUUAAAAAUAAAAGGGCUACGGACGUUAUUGUAUAAACACAGACUGAAGUAAAUUACCAACGACAUUGUGGACACGUAUAACGAGCAUUGUGCGACGUCCCUAAAUGAGCGUCGGUUUAAUUAAUUUAUUAUUAUUAUCUUAUCGGUGAACAGCAUUAAAUUUGCGACUAUUGUCGAGGGACUUUUGCCACCGACGCGUACCUACCUACCAUAUAUAUAUCUAUUUGCACUGGUUCAUUUUACGCGGAGGAAUAAAACGCUCUUCUAUACUGCAGCAAACCAAAGUGAUCUAAUUUUUAAAGCUUUGCAAGAUUUUGGCUCUCAAAAUGCUCGCGAAAUCGGCCGUUUUCCCGCAUACCAAAUUUGAAAAAUAUUUGAAACUUUGGAUCAAAAUUACGACUAUCAAACAACUCGAGUCGCUGUAUUUAAUUUAGUAAUACGUAAGCUGAUUACUAUAUAACAUAAUAUAGUCUCAGAAGAACCGCUUUUGGUUUCCAUAAAGAAUCAUUAUUUUACUUUAAGAAGCUUUAACUAAUUUAUAGUAAAUACAAUACAUACGAUUGUGGAUAUACUUAUUAUAAAUAAUGUUAGACUUUGUCUACACUAUGUAUUACUACUGAUAGAUCGCUGAAUUCGCUCCACACAUUUGAUCGAACCAUUGAGCUAUCGAAUAUGUUUUAGAGAAUAGAAUUUCUCAUGUCUGUAUUAAGUGUUUUAUUCCCCUUAAACCCACAACCAUUAGAAGAGACAAAGACUAAAUAAGGUGACUUAGUCGUUAAUUCAGUACUGUUCAGUGACACUUAUUAUUGAAGAGUUUUUCUCGUCUUAAACGUAUUUGUUUUACUCAGUAUAGCCAAGAAAAAAAAUAUAUUUAAAAUAAAUAAAAACGCUCAGUUGAAAUUCGAUAAAAAGUUGAAUAAAAUGUCAAUAAACAAGAGGAAAUUUCGAAGCCACAAAAUAACUAAAUAACAUAAAGAAUAAAAAUAUAAAUACAUCUACAAUUUUAUUUUUAAGAAAUAUUUCUAUUUUCUGAUGUGCACCGACUAGAAUUUUUAACAUGUUUCACAAAAUUGAACCUCUAAGGAUAUUGAAUAUUAAAUUAUCAUUUAAUUGUUUUUUUGGUUGUUAAUUUGUAGAAGUUAACAAUACAAUUUUAAAAACCAAUUUUAAUCUAUCACACUAUAAUCGCAGUGAUUUUGUAUGUUAUUUAUGAAAAUUUAAUGUUCUUGAUUUAUUUUAAACCAGCGGUUCCCAACCAGUGGUCUAUGGUCGUCAAAAUACACCCCUUCCACCAAUAAAAAACGUCUGUGACGACUAUGAAUUUGUUCCACUGUCUUUGAAAUUCAUGUAAUAUCCUAUUAAGAGUUAAUCAACUUUUUUUUUCGCCAAUUGCCAAAAGAAAAAAAACAAAAAGGACAUACUUCUCACGAUGGGUAGGCCACUAUUGUAGGUGAAAAAUUGGGAAGGUAGAAAGAAAAUUGAAUGUAUAUCUAUACGCAAAGAUUUAUCAUUGCUAAUGAAAAACGCUCGGUUACACGUGUUUUGGAAGCCGUAAUAUUUAAGAUUUGAAAAUAAUACAUUUCGUACAUUUUUCCGUUUUCUCCCAUUUAUUAAGAAAAACCAUGGGAAAAUCAAAAAACAACCUUUUAAAAAUCCCCCCCCCAGUCAAAUUUGCUUUCAGAAAAAUUUCUAAAAUUUAAAAUCAGAUCAAAAUUUCUGGUAGAAAAAUUGAUCACAGAAAAAAAUAAACAAUGAACAUCAUUGUAAAGCAAAUACAUUCUUCACUCCACUCGGAAUCUAAAAAGGGCAUCAGCUAAUCUAGGUAGUCCGUGAACUAACGAUAAUUCUCUAAGUGAUCCGUAGUGUCAAAAAGUUUGGGAUAUACUAGAUUGCACAGAAACUACAGUUUAAAACAAUUUAAAUAAGUAGAUAUUCGUAUAAUAGAAUUCGUGUAAUACCUAUAUACUAUGCCGUACUAGUUUAGCACUAGUUUAACGAAGUACUAAAACAUUUUCAAAUGUAAAAUCCAUUGAAAUAUGGUUGAAGAUAAACUAUGGAGACAGGAAUGGUUUGAAAAUAGAACGCGUAUAUGCCUAUAAGGUUUAAUUAAUUUAACAACUACCUAAGUUCAAAGAAUUUGUAUACGCUGUGCGUGGUAAACGUGUCCAUUAUAAUAUAUUCUGCACAAUAAGGUUACAUAACAAGCAUUAAAGAAGAGGUGUAGAGGUUUGAACCAGCCUUCUUCCGGAAUACUUUACUACGUCAUUUUUCUCUUAAACAUUAAACGAAAAAAUAAAUAAUUUUUACUCUAAGAAUAUUGUGUUACAUCAUAACCAAAAAAUAUCGUUACACUCCUUUUAAAAUAAUAUAUACCUAUAUAAAUUUUAGAUUUAAAAAUAAAAAUAUACAUAUUUUAGAAAUCAAAUAAAACCAUUCCACUAUUUAAAGUAUUAACGUUUAUUAUAUAAACGUAUUAUGUAAUAAUUAUUAUGAAAAUUAAUAUAAUAACGUUUUAUUAGAUAUAGGUACCAAUCGCUUAUUGUUUUACGAUUAUUUUCGUUUUCUGUUACCUAUGUUUUGUUUUAUAUAUAUAAAUUUUUUUUUUUUUUAUCAAAAAUUUCGUUUAUAACACCAUUUUGUUUAAUGAUAAUGUUUUAAUAUUACCGUUUUCCAUUAUCAAUUUUAAUCGAUUUUUGACAAAUAUAACGGUCUAUAAACAUUUUUGAGCCCUGAUACAAAACUUCAAAUAAUUAUUUAGCACAACAGUUGUCAGAAUGUUUUGAAAAUUGAACUACUUCUAGAAAGAGCUAAUAUAAAUUUUGAAUAAAAAUGUUGUCACUACAAUUAUUUACACCAAAAAAAUAAAAUCGAAAAUAACAGAAACUAAUGAUUACGUAAAAUGUACCGUUUUCCUACUUUUUCCCCUAGUUAUUAAGCAAACUACAAGGAGAAAUUAUGGCCAUUUCAAUAACCCCUGAAACUAAUGAUCAAAUUAAGAUUUCUAGUAGAAUAGUUGUUUAUAGACAAAAUAGAAAACACAUAUUAUAGUAAAACUAAUAUAUUUCUCGCUUUAUUCAGUAAAUAUCUUAAAUAAAUACUUAAAUUAUAAUUAUAUUUUAUAAACAACGUAUUAACUAUGAUCUCUAUGAAUUGAUUGUUACUACUAUCGUUAGUCAAAUAAUUUAUUAUACAAGUCUUUUCAUGUGCGAUUAUUAGUUAAUAAUAGGUAUACUGAUUAUAAUACAGACAAAUUGAGGGCAUCGAAAAUAUAGGUUUGGUUAUAGUGGUGAAAUUUUACUAUCGAGAUUUGAGUUAACUUGCUAAUAAUAACGAACUAAAAGAAAACGUCUUUUUAACAAUCCAAUAAAAACUUUUAUACUUUAUACCUAAAUAUAUGUUUGAAUUGACAAUAUACUGUGCAUGCAUUUGAAACAACGAUACAAAAACAAUAACAAACGAAAUGGCACAAAAUAGUUAAACCUUUUUGCAUGUGUUUACCCAGACAUCAGGUCAAACACAACUUAUAGUCAGACGCACGAGUUAUAAUAAUUAAUUGCAUGCGUAUUGAUCAAAAUAUGAAUAAACUUCAUCAAUGUGAAUAUAUCAAACAAAUGCCUAAGUAAACGGAUUUGCAUAUCAAUUUGUUCACAUUGGUUUGCUAGAAGUCAUACAUCGUGAUUACUUAACUAUAUACAAACACACACUAAUACAUUCUCAUACUGACUUGAAUUUAGUUUCAAAACAGUAAGUUUUAAAUGAAACUUUGUGGCAGAAUAUAUACUGCAAUUUUCCUAAAACAAAUUAUAUUGAACGCCAGAAUGUUAGUAAUGCUAAACAGCGUGUACAUUUCAUGUGUCCGAAGUUUAACAGAUACUUAAAUAAUCUCUAUAUUAUACGGAUUACACACAAUAUAUUGGAUAAAUUUGCUAUUUAAUUGACAGACAUUGUAUGGUCUUGGUCAGUGGCGGUAAAUGACGAAUUUACGGGGAGUGGGAUAAGAAGAGGGUAAUAAUAAUAAUCGAUUAAAAAAUUCCAUAACAGCCUGCUGCAUAAUUUUAAGUAAUCGAAAUAAUAACUAAUAUAACACAAAUAUUAUUAUUAUUAUACCUAAUAUUAACUGUACACUUUUUUUCUCAGACUAAGAAAAAUAAUAAAGAAUCACGAAUUUAAUGAAAAUAAAGUUAAAAUUUCAAGAUUUUCUGAAGAAUAAUAAUAAUAAGAAUAAUUAACUCUAUAAAAUGGCUAUUAUUUUAAAACUUUUCAAAAAUAAUAAAAUAAAGUUAUUUUUUAAUUCUUUUACCAAAACAUAACAACUUAAUUAAAAUAUCAACACUUGUAGUCCUUAUCACUGUAAGUAAUAUAUAAAAAAAAAAUAAUUAUUACCUUUAUUAUCUUUGGAGAUAUAUAUAUCUUCAUGAGACACCCUGUGUUAACUUUUUGGUUAUUUACAUAUCAAAAUUUUAUAUAGAUAUAAAUUUUUAAAAAAUGUUUACCAGUAUGAUACUAAUAUACAGUGACGAAAAUCCUGAGAGGAGGGCGAUCCACCAAUCAUUCCCCCCCUCCUAAAUAUCCACCGCUGGUCUUGGUAUUCUGUUUUAAAUAACCUAAUUAGGCACUUGAAAACAUCGCAACAUUUUGAUUAAAAAGUAUAUUAUAAAUAUGUUUGAAUUCACAACGCCUUUACGUCUUUAAUGUUUGAUUAACCGGGUUAAAAGAACAAGUACUGACAUUUAACGUCAAGCAAUAAAAUAUUGCAAUCUUAACGUUCGUCACAAUAUUAUAAAUUUAAGGUGUAUUAUAGUCUAUCUGAUCCAUUUAACAGCAAGACAUGAUAUGAGAAUGUUACAACGGGAAUCGUACAAACGAAUAAAACUAAAUAUGAUAGUACAAUAUUAUAGUAGUAUAGUAGUAUAAUAUUAUAGUAGGUACACACAAUCGAGGCCGUAACUUUCUUAGUAAUAAUAAUAAAAAAAAAAAAAAAACAAAAGAAAAACAAACCAACAAAUAUUUGAUCGGAUUUAAUUAUUGCGUUUUGUCGGGACUUAGCCGCCGUCGUUGUUGUAAAAAAAUAUUUUUAUAAAUAACUAAUCGAUAAAAUAAUAAUUACGUGUUUUUAACAGAGAUUUAACGGAUAAUGCGAGUUGUAAGGUUAUUAUAUAAUAACAUCGCGUGCGUAUACCUAUAGAGCGUUACAAUAUUGUUAUUAUUAUUAAAAAUGCUCGUACGGAACAUAAUAAAAUAAAGUUUUUAAUAAUAAUAUAACGUCGGCGGCGGCGUAGCGAGCGGAUGAGUACGUAGGUAUGCCGGUAUAAUCUUUUCUCGGUAAACGAUAUAAAAAAAAAAAUAUCUAUAUCCGCGCAAGAGUGCAUUGUGUGUGCGUAUACGGUGUAAUGCGCUGUACCUUUAUAUUAUACCGUAAUACAUAUAAUAAUAACAGUAUAAUAACGUAUAAGAGCACUAUAAAUGGUUCCGGAGAAACGAACUCUUAUAACGAACCGUGAAAAACAAUGUUUCGCUGUGCUUUCCCGAACGCGACACACGCCGCGCGCGCGGCGCGAGUUCAUUUUCAUUAACAAACCCGUCGACGGCCGGGGCCCGGUCGGGUCCCUACAAGCGAUAUUCCGCGUGUUCCUGAAUUCAGCGGAUUGGUCGGCCGCUAUAGAUUUAACUGUUCCCACACUCAGCUGCUGACCAAUCCUGCCGGAGGGGAAGUGAUUGAUCGGAUUGCUUUAUCGCGCUAUAUGAUAUGUUGUGGAUCGAAUGGUGUUUGACCAGAUGGACGUGGUAACCACUCUGCGCGCCCGAAUCAAAACUAAUUUACUAACCUAUGUUUGACAAAAAUGUGCUGUUAUGUGCUGACGCGUUUCCAAAUUCCAAUUCCAACGUUCGACACGUGUAAUACAAUGGAAAUACGGUUUUUGCAGUGCGCUAGAAAUACUUGUAUAAAACAUUUAGAUGCUGCCUCGAUUUGUGCCAACAUCAUUUAAUCCUGGUAUGUAUUUUAUUUCAUUGUAACUUUCAGUCAAAUAAAACAUUUGAUUUGAAAAUACUUAUAAUAAUGGAUCUCGAUGAAAAUAAUGAAAAAUGAUACGAAUAAUUUAUUGGUGAUUAUGGCCUGUAGGCAACCUUAAAUAAUGGUAUUAACCAACAUGUUCCAACUGAAUAACAAAAAGUACUCCAUCGACCUGCUAAGCAGAUCCGCUGGAUUAGCGAAUUGACUUGGGGAUUAUCAUUAUUAUUAUUACAGAUUAUUAUUAUGUCCGCGUGUGGCGUUAUCGGUCCGGAGGAAGAGCGACGGCCCAAUCCGCGUAACUGACGGUUAUAAAUAUUGUUAUGACGACGUUGUUGACGGACGACUUUAAUUUUCGUUUCCCGGCAAUAUAAAACACACGAACCGGGUCCCUCUCGGAAAUCGCGUCGGGCGAGGACUGUUUACCAUCCACACUAAUUAACUGUCGCGAGAUCAUCGGUUACCCGCGAACCGAAAGCCAAAAGACGACGCGUUUAUUGAAAUGUUUGCGUAACGUCGCGAUCAAUCAUUCUCGGAUAAUUUUUAACUCGAGGCUCCGACACUAGCUGCUGUAUAAAGUGCCCAAACCAGUACCUACCUACACGUAGAGGUCAGAUUCGCGUAAUACCGAAACGUAAUAUUUUUUCAUAUUGUAUUGUAUUGUGUAUUAUUACGGUAACUGAAAUUCCGGCGUUUUCCGUUGUCGAUUUAUUAGAAGAAAAAAAGAAUGUCGUAAGAGUUCUAUUUUAUAAACAAAUUAUAAUAAUAUAUUAAUUUUACCGUUACAUUAUGACGUGAAUCCGAGUUUAUGCAUUAUAAUUUUACUUAAAAAAAAAAAAAAAAAAAAAAAACAAUAUUUAUAAUAUCGCGUGGGUACCGUCGUCUCUGAUUAACGAUAAAAUAUUAUAUUCUAGAGGCGCAUAAUAAUAUUAUCUUCUUCAUUUUUCUCCUCGCCUCAUUUCCCAAUUAUUUGCAGAUGGACAGCCACCUUGGUUAGAAACCUCCACCUCACCCGGUCUCAAACUGAUCAUCUAUGCAAAAUAUACAGAAAAAUGAUAAAUAUACACUUGUAAACCCAAUUUUCAAACAACAAGUUUGUUAAUUAAUGGCAUAAUAUUUAAUUAAUAAUAAUAUUAGCUAGGUAUACAGUAUUAUUUAGUAUCUUAUUAGACAACAAAACAAUAAUACAAAAAACACUUUAGCGGUUUCGUGUGACUAAUAAUAAUAACCCCUCAAUAUAAUCGUAGUUGCAUUCAAAUAUUUAUGUUCCCUUACAAAGUUUUUUUAAUACAAACAUUUUACAUUCAAGAAUAUUCUAGAAUAAUACUACAAAAAAUCGACUAAAGAAGAAAUCCGGGCGGUGCAAAUACCACAUUGAGCUUUUGAUCUCAUGAGCAAAAUUUUGUAAGAUGACAAAAAAAAAUACAAUGUAGGUAUACAUUUUUUUUUUUUGUAAACUCAAAUAAUGUUGUAUUAUUUUUUUCGUUAUUAAAUUAUUUUAAUAAAACUCUAGAUUGAAAAGAAGUUAAGACAAUUUUAAUUUCUAUUUAAAUUUUUAAAUGUAGAAAUAUCAAAUAUUGCUCACAAAUGACGAAAUAGUUUAGUAUUAGUUCGCAGUACUCCGCUUUUCUAACCAAAAGAAGUAUACGAACAGUAAAAUAAAUGUGCGUUGCAUCAUGAAAUACGACUUUGCGUCAUUUUAAAAAUAUAUUCAUCAUAUUUUUUAUGGAAACGUCUACGUACUAUUUAUGAAUAGUCUAAUGUAAACUACAUUGUUUUACACACACAGAAACAUUCGAAUCAAUUUUUACAGUAAACUGUUGUUUGGUUGCGGAAAUAUCAUAAUGGCUUUUGUAAUCAUAGAAUCUUACGAUAAAUCCUUCUUGCGGUUUGGUUACAUUAAUAUUUAAUUCGAAGUUAUCGAAGCAUAUAUGCUUGUCUAGAAGAAAAAUAUAAAAUAUUUGUAAACGUAUAACAUCUUUAUCGCAUGCAUUUUUUUUAAAUGAAUAAUAUAAUUUUAAAAAAUCCGGAUAUACUUCGAACUCGUGAGUAAGCAACAGUUGUAGGUGAAAUUAGACUCAAAAUAAUUUAAUUUAUAUACUGAGAGUAAUGAUUGAUCUUUGAACGAAUUCUGAACUAAACUAUAUAAACUGGCAGGAUAUUAGUCGUUUUUUUUUUCCAUUUUAGCUAAGGUAACCCAGAAAUCAACAAAAAUAAAGCCAAUGUAUCGAAUGUUAUUUGUCAGUUUUUUUAAAAAUCAAGAAUUUAUAUUCUAAAUACAAUACUAUCUGAGAAAAAUAAUUCGACUUAUUUUAUUUCUAAUAUCCAAUGGUUAAAUGAGAAAAACACUAGUUGUAUAAUUUAAUUUGGUCAUAAUGGACAAAGAAAUCCCUUUUUAAAAUGUAUUAAACAGAUUUUUAAUUUGUAUUAUUCCAUAAAAACGCUACCCAAACAACAAAAUACUGAAUAUUGCACAAACCAAAAUGAAAAGAAACAGAUUAUGAAAAAUCUACGAAAAUUACAAGAUGAAUCAGUAAUAUUUUAGUUGCAGUCACGUUUUAAUGAAGUGACAAAACAACACGAAUUUAAAAAUGUACCAGUUCGAAUAAGAAUUGCACAAACACGAUCAAGGUUAGACUGCUGCGAAUAUAGAACGUGUAAAUAAUCGUUUAUGAACCCAAUUCGAUUGGAUUUAUUAGAAAAACUUAAACGUAUGAUUUGAAUCCAUUCAAAAUCAUUACAAUUCAAAGAUGCACCUCUCGGAAUGUAUUAAGAAUAGCAAAGUUUGCCUGUAUUGAAUGCCUCACCAGAGCCAAUGUUCACGUUGAAUUCGAGUACAACACCGCAGUCAAAACAAUUUUUUACUAAUAUAAGAAAAUACAACAAGUUUUUCCACUAUGUUGCGCGUGGAAAAAAAACGGUUAUUUUUGUGCAUUUAAUUUGCCGCGCAGCGUUGGACAGCUAGUUAUUUAUAGAGCGAAUUUGGGAAUGGCCAAACGUUUCAAACGUUAGAUAAUAAAGAAAUUCAGCAUGUUCGUUGCAAAAUUUUCGAUGUUCGCUAUUUUUUUCAGUAACCUGGUUGUAACCAAAACCAAAAUCCAAAAUUAACAUCAGAUAUUACUUAUUUUUUUUUUAUUUUUUUUUGGUGAUGUGCAUUGAAUGCUACAUAUAACUAUAAUUUUUGUUAAUACAUACAUUUUUUAUUUCAUAAUGGAAACUUUAACUAAAAAGCGUUUUAAAAGUUUGCGAAUUUUCCACAAAAUAAAAAAAAAACUAAAAUUAGACACAGAUAUGACCGUUAUCAAUAUUGUAAUAACACAUUUUUUUUAUAAACAUACUCAGUUAUCGAAAAUAUAAGAUUCGUGUACAAAAUAGCUACACCACAGCAGUACGUUUAUGCAUUAUGAAUUGAGGUAUAUAACUAUUGAUUUUCUGAUAAAGCAACUUAUAACCAAACUCAUACAUUUUCAUAACACUAAUUGAAAUGUAUAAUGAUACUUAUUCAAAGGUAUUAUACGUGAAAAGUUUUAUAAUAUUAAAUAAAAUGCAUUAUGACAUCUUAUAUUUAUCUGUAAAGCCUUUUUGUUAACAGACUACCAAAUCAAGCUGAAUCUAUACCGGCAUGUAUACUGCAGUAUUUAUAUAGCUUUUUAUUUCAAUAAAUAUACAAUAUAGUACAUAAAUAUAGUAACACACAUAAUCUGUCCGAUUAUGAUCCAAAAGUAUGCACUUAAAAACCAUUAAAACUAUAUUGUUUAAACAUAAUUAUCAAUAGAACUACCAUUGAGACAUUUAUAUUUAUUUUUUAAUACCUCAAAAUGAUUUAUUUUCAAAACAAAUCCAACAACAAACCGUCUGUCUGACGUAGUAUGAAUAGACUUUAAGCUUUUAAAAUCGAUAAAAUAAAGAGAAACAUUGAUAUUAUUAUCACAUAAACAUAUAAAUACAUAUAUAUUUUUUAUUUGUUAACAAGUGUUAAAUACUUUUAAAUAACAUUUACAUAUUAUUAUUACAUUCUCAUAAAUUAUGAUAAUGUUGAAUUGUCCAAUGAACUUUGAUAUUUAUACAUUAAGAUUUUUUUUUAUUUAUUUAUAUUUAUAUAAUUAUUUUUAAAAAAUACAAAACAAAAUUAUCACACUUAAAGAUUAGGUAGUUAAUAAUUGAGGAUAGAUAAAUAAUAAAUAAAAUUGAUUUUAAAAAAUAAUAAUAAUAGACCAACAACCAAAUGGAAACAAAAUAUUCAUAACAGUCAAGUUAAUUAAAAAUAUAUUCAUAAAUAAAAAUAUUAUUUUUCGAAACUUGAUAAUUUGAAAUUAAUUAUACUAUAAAGGAUAUUUGUAAGUUUAAUAAGCACAUUAAUUAUGGUAUAUAUUGGCUGCGCAUAUAUUUGCGCAUAUUAUAGAUUCUGAGUAGAGCGAAGAAGCUUAUAGUCUUCCAAAGAUGUUACUUUUUUUUAAUCUGUUAACAACUUUUCUACUACAAGAUUUGCUCUUAUUUUUAUGUUUAGCACCUUUUCUAAAAGGAAAUCGGUGUGGGAAAGUACUUUAAGGAGGUCAUUUUUCGAUUUUCUUAGGAGUUUUCUCAUCAAUUUGAAAAACCGAAAAAAAUGGGAAAAUAUAAGAAGUGUAAGUAUUAGUUAAAAUAUAUUAUGGCCUAUCUGUGAACAAAUUUUCUACCAGCAUUUUUGCUUUAACUUUUAAUGAUAGCAAUGUUUCUGAAAGGAAAUUUCACUAGGGAGGUAUUUUAAAGAGAUCAUUUUCUCAGAAAAUGUGAAAAAUCGGGAUAAAACAUGGGAAAACCACGAAAAACGUAGGAAAAUUGAGAAAAUUGGUACAACAUUAAACAAAUAUUAUUAAACAGAAUAUAUAAAACCUAUUUAAUUAUUUUACUAUAAAAUGGCAUAUAUAUUGUUAACAAGUAUCACUAACUGAACUCCACUCAGAAUCGUUUUUUUUUUUUUGUAAGCAAUGGCUUAUCGUUACUUACAGGUAACAUACAAUUAUCUACAUACAACAGUGGCUGCACCCGUUCCCAUUAUCCUAGGACUUCUUUUUUUAAUGUAUUUGUCAUAUUUUGAAGUCAUACAAUUAUUUAUUAGUAUUAUAACAUCUAUAUGAUGUUAUUUAUUUUAUUUUUGAAGUAUAACGUUGCAUUUUGUAUCAUAUCAUUAUGCUGUCAAUGUUACUAUUAUUAUUUAUUUUUUUUUUUUUUUAACUAUUAACAAUGAUUAUUCUAUUUUCGAUUAAGCACAUUAACUACGAAAAACCAUACGUAAAAUAAUAAAUAAUGGUAUUAUUUAUAUUCAACGAUAUAGGUAGUUGUGAUUUUUAAAUUCAUUAAGUUUAUUUUUGUAUAUAGAAAAAUAUCUAGCAGAAUUUUACUUUAAAGUAUAGAAAAAGUAUUAGAUUAUUAAUACGCAUUUGAAUAGAAUUACGAGAUUUAUAGUUAUAAUGACUUUUGAAAUAAUAUCUACUUAUGCGGAAACACGGCAACUUGUAUCACUAACUAAAUAAUUGAAUUAUAUACCUACUGGGGAAACCAUGUAAUAUAGGAAGACCUCAAAACUAUUAAACUGUUAUACAAGCCUACCAAAAACCCAUCAAAGCGAAUAAAAUGUUAUCUUAGCUUUUGAAUAUUAUCUGACAUACAAUUUAACACUAAUGAAUAAAAAAUGUCAACACAUUUUUGUCAAUUUCACACAAACGCCAGAAUAUGUAAAAAUAUACAGAAUUCCUACUAACUUUAAAUCAAUAAAAAUCACCACAUAAAAUCUAAAUAUUUUAUUCGUUUUAAAAUUAUCAGGGAAGCAAUGUCCCUUCAAUCAUCAUGAUUUUAACUAAAAGGUCGUUAUCCCUCAUGCCCCUGUCUAGUUUACGCCUAUAGAUACAAACUUUUAAAAUAUUAUAAUACGUUAAAAGCGACUCAGUGAAUUUAUUAAAUAUUAAAAAAUUACCCAAAGAAGUCACUGAAGAGACGAGACGAUGCGUAUACGACACGUUUUAAAGAAUUCCAUUACGUAAUCAUCGUAUUAAAUUUAAAUAGUAAUAGGUAGCAAAAAUAAUUGUUGUGAUUGUAUAGCUUUGAAUAGUGACAAGUCAAAUAAAUUACUGUCUUUGGGUAUAACGUUAGAAAGUUUAUCAUUAGCGAACUGCAUAGAACAAAGAAAUCUAAAAAUCUAAAUUACCUAUAUUAUUAUAAUAAUAAUAAACAAUAAUAAAUUACAUAGAUUAGGUUAAGUUAAGUAUAGGAUUUAUUAUAAAAUUAAUUAAAAUUGUUUGCCUUUUUUUUAUUAAUAAAUGUAAUAAUAAAACUAUAUUGUUUAUACACCGUGUUAUUCACUUAUGAGUUAUUGAUGAAAAUUAAAAUUGGAAACAGCAUAUAAUGGAUAUACGUUCUAAUUGCUCAGCAUUUGUUCACAAGUUAAAAGUUUUAAGAUUAAUAACUAAUUGUUUUUAAACCAAAAACAUAGACAAAUGUUAAAAGUUUAUUUUCUUUUAGCUCAAUUUUCUCUUAUAUUAUUGAAUAGGAACUAGGAAAUACUGUUCAAAUCAAACUAAAUAAACUAGAUACUAUUUGAUCAAAAUAAUUCUUUAAGAGCACGGGUUCUUUUCGGUCAAUUGACUAAACAUUAGUAGGUAUAUAUAUAUUUAAACAGCUGAUACUGCUGACGUGUGUGCCACUGUUGACGGUGGAAGUUAGAAAGGUAGGCUAACUGUAAUUUAUACUUGUGCACAAAGAUAAAUCAUUACUUACAAAAAACGAUUUUAUGCGAAAUUCGAUUGCACAAGUUUCUAAAUGCCACACAUUUACUAUUUUCGACAAAAUGUCAAACUUAUUUUAAUAAAAAAAUACCCGUGAGCAGCAGAGCUCGGUAAAGUCGAAUUUUCCCCCAACUGACUUAUCAAUAUUAAAAUAUUUAAUUUUUUUUUAGAUUCCGAGCGAAGCGAAGUAGCUAUUGGUUUUAUAAUGCUGUUUAUUGUUUUUUUUUUUUUUUGUUCUUUGUUCUAGUCUGUGGACACGUUUUUACGUGUAGUAACUUUUAUGAAAGCUUAAGUUGUCUAGAUGAUACUUUAAAGAGGUCAUUUUUUUUAUUUUCGACGCCAUUUUUUAAAUAAAAGCACUGAAGUGGGAAAAAACAUAGGAGAACGUACCAGAAAAAAUAAUUUAAUCGAAAAAUCACAAGAUACCUUUUUUGUUGCCUUUUUGAUUUACUUUCUUACUGUAUCAUCAAAACUUUUAAGCCACUUUUGAACUUUUAAGAAAUUUUAGUUUGUGACUUUUUUGCUGUAAUUCGGUUAUAAAUACACGUAGACUUGAAACUUGGUAAUAAAAAAAAUAUUAUAAGUAUAUUGGACUUAUCUAGACGUGGUAAAAUUUCCGAAAUCAUCGGACGACUUUUUGUUUUUUUAACAAGCAUUUUUAAAUUAAAUUUAAACGAAAAUCGCAAAAAAAAAUAACGGCACUUCAAAUUGUGUACCACCGAACUUUCGUCUUUCAUCAAGCUAUGGUUUAUCGUUGCUUACAGAUAUAAAUGAAAUAACCUUAUGUAUCCUACCAUCCCAACUUUCCACUUACAACAGUGGCUGCAUCCGUCCCCAGUAUCAACUCUUUUAUAUAAUUGAUCUAAAAUAGUUAUUUACCAGAAUUUUAUUACAUUUUAGCCUACAGAGGUAUUUUAAAUCCGACAUUUCUUCCGAAUUAAAAACGAAAUGCCAGGUAAAAAAGCUGUUUACAGACAGAGAAAAAGAAAGAAGAAACACACAAUAUCAUAAAUGUAUAAAUCAUAAUAUCAUAAUAAUUAAUACAAAAUAUGUCUUCUUAUGUUCAAAAACUCAUUUUUUUAAUGUAAAAUUCGAAUUUGAAAUACGAUAAGAGCAUAUUUAGACAAAUAUUUAUUGAUAAACCACCUUGUUUACGAUAUAAACAAUUUGUUUACAACAUGUUUUAUCCAUUGUUUCAACAUCAAAUUUCAAACUGUAUUAAUUAAUACUUAGUACUUGUACAUAGCAAAUUGAAUCUAGCUAUUUUUUUUUUUUGUUUCUAGGUCUUGCAUUCAAGAUUCAUUGCCAGGAAUAGCACACAGGUAAAAUUAUGAUUACAUUAUUAUAUUAAUAGAUAAGAUUUGAAACUCUAAUUUAUCCGAUAUCCAAUGUCUUUAAAGACCCCCAUUACAAUACUAAAAUAAAACCAGAUUCAAAAAUAAUUUACAUCAAAAUUAAAAAAACGCCGUAUUUCCCACGUUUUUCAUAAUUAUAAUUAUUAAGAAAACUAUACAGAAAAUCAAACGACUUUCUAACUCAUAAAAUAGACAAAAUUUCCUUCCCGAAAAUAUGCUAUCCUUUGAAUUUAAGUAUAGAUUUUUUAAAUAAAAAUAUAAGGGUAAACAUUUUAAAUAAUGAAACCGUUACUCUGUAAUUUGAAAAAAUCAUAUUUUUCAUAUUUUUUUUCCCCUAAAUAUUAUAAAUACUACUUUAGAUACCGAAAAAUGACUUUCUCUAUCAGUGACUAAAUAUUAAAUAGAACAAAAUCGACCUCUUGUUAUUUUUCGAUUGAAGCAAAUUUCUGAUAGAAAAUAUCAUUUGAAAAAAAUUAAAUAAUUAAACCGGGACGCCAAGUUGCUGUAAAUAUUAAAUAAUUUUAAUUUUUUAGUUUUUCCCAAUUAUUAUGAAAACAACUUAAAAUAUCAAAUAAAAACCUUCUCAAUGCAACAAAUAGACAAAAUUAUCUUUCAGAGAAAAAGCAAGAUUUAUGGUAGAAAAUUUGUUAAUAAGAAAAAAAAAGACAGACAUACAUCGCACGUGGGUGAGCGACUUGUUUUUUUAACAAAAGAAUGUUAAAAUCAAAUAUUAAUGAAAAUCGUUAGUGUAAAAAAUUAUGUGGAAGCAAUCUAAUUUUUCAAUAUUUCGGUUUGAUAAUAUAUAAGGCCGAUUAAGAACGAUGAUAAAGUCAGAAUUCUGAAGUUCAGAAGUCUGCACUUACGUGCGAAAUAUGUCAUUCUUUUUAAAUAUUAUACCUAUAUUCCCGUUUUUCUCAUUUAUUGGAAACAUCAAAAAUUACCUCCCUAAAGUACCACCCCAGUCAGAUUUUCUUUCAGAAAAGUGUUAUCAUUAUAAAUCGGAGCAAAAUUACUGGUGGAAAAGUUGUCCACAGAAAAAAAAAAUAAAAAUAAAAAUAAUUGUAAAACCAAUACAUUCCUUGCUCCGCUCAGAAUCUAAAAUCUAAAAAAUGAUAAUAUAUUAUUAUAUACGUACCCACUAAAAUUAAAAUGCACGUAAUUAAGAAAAAACGUCUAUGUUAACAUAAUAAUAAAGUAUUGUACUCCACUUUAAACAAUUUUAAAGAAUGAUAUUCGAAUUUAUCCAAAAUGAAAUACGACGAAAUAAAAACGAUAAAACAUAAAAUUAAUAAUGAAUGCCGUGACACAAUUACGGAUAUACGAACAUGUGAAUUAGCAAAGUGUAGAGAAAAUGGAAAAUUAAGAAAUAAAAUCUUGAAUUAUUAGACUAAACAAAUUUAAAUUUCAACUACAACUAAACUUAAAAAUUACUACGAUCUUUAAAACUCCCUAUCACAGCAAAAUAUAUUAUUAACAGUAUAUCUUCGUGUUAAUUAUUACUCUAAUUUUACAGAGUUUUCAGAAAAACUGCUCAAAACAAUAAACUGUGUUUAUAUUUGGGCAAUAGAGACGUAGUGGUUUCAAAUAAUUCAUCCACAAAGAUUCACGGAAUCGUAUUAGUGGACCCAGAUCUAUUGAAAGAUACAAAGAAAAAGGUAUGCUGAUAUUAUAUAAUAUUAUAAAUGUACAAGUAUAUGAGUAAUUGUGUAUAAUUUAAUUUUUUUUUAAUUACUUUAUGAUCAAAAUAAUAGCACACAACGAUAAAUAUAGAAUUUUAUGUUUCAGCUUAAUGAUUAUAUUAUACAAAUUUUAAAAUGUUUCAAAGACUUAUAACUAUGAACAUGUAUUGCAUACCUUAAAAAUAAAAUAAUUACAAAGAAUAAUUAAAAUAUUAUAUAAGUAAAUAUCAAGUACUCAAGUAACAAAUAAUUAAAAUAAUCACGUAAAUUAAAUUAGCAAGAUAUUAUAAGAAGAAAUCGCGGUAUUUCUAAAUUUGCAUACAAUACUUAAUUCUACCAUAAAAAUCUAAUUUUAUUGUUUUUAUAUUAUUAUGGUUUUCUUUCAAAGUUUUGCUGUUCAACAUUUUCUUAUUUAAAGUUUUGGCGUAUAAACUUUAUAUAAUUAUAGGCUUCUAAAAACUUUACUUCACGAUGACCCACUACAUUUAUUCAAAAUAAUAUGAAGGAACUUUUAUUUAUAAACAAACUAACCAGCUCCUUAAUUAAAAGAUUUAUCACAAUCAUUUGUUUAAAUAAAAGCAAAAUACAUAAAAUAAUAAAUCCAGUUUUAACAAUAUAUUACAAUAUGUACCAAUGAUUAGCCAAAAUUAUUAUUCUAGUAAGUAUGAAUAAAUAACAAAGUUGUUCAGUUAUAAAUCAUAAAUUAAAGAAAUAUUGUUGCUAAAAUUGAUAAUAAGCAAACAUUACCUCUAUCAAAAGUUAAUUUUAUAUUUUUGACAUAUUAUUAUGAUUAUGAAUAUUUUAUGGUUAAAGACUUAAUCAAAAUAUAAAUACAAUAAUUAUAACAAUUGUUCUAAAUAAUUUGGUUAGAAAAUGUGUGUAUAAAUGACGUAUUAAGAGCACAUGGCAUUCAAAAACAUCGCCUUUACCCUUACACAUGCACUGUACUACUUUAAAAAGCGUUGGUUAAAUGACUUUUGAGACCUAAACUAGCGUUAAAAGCAUUUCAUAGCGAUCGUGCUGAGUUUUACAGUAUUAUUAUUACUCUUAUUACUUCCCGGUUCUUUUGCGUCUUUAAUGGAUUUUAAAUGGAGGCCCUUAACAAAAAACGGAACAAUAGUUUAAUAGAAGAAUAUACAUUUCCAGUAUGGAUUGUUGCAUAAAGUUAGCUAAUAAAAAUUCAUCGGAAAAAUCCGUUAUACAAAUAUCACUUUGCACAAGUCACUUAAACUGAUUUACAGUCCCAUUUAAAUUACAUUAUUUUCGAGUUUAAUAUACCUAAUAUAUUCAGAAUUUAUUUAUACAUUGCUACAAAUAUAAUAUUAGCAUUAAAGUUCUAAGUCAAGUGAACAUUUUACAAGCAAUAACACAUAGCUAAGUUGAUUCUUGAAUUAUAAGUUUUAAAUUUCUAAACAAAAAAUAAAAUUGAUAUUACUUUUUAUUUUAUAAUAUAUAUAUAUAUAUAUAUAUAUAUUAUUUAUGUAUUUAUUUACCUAUUUAUUUUAUUUAUUGACGGAAAAAAAAUUCAUUUACUAAAUAGUCUCUAUAUAAAUACAUAAUGUAGUAUAAAUAUUAACAUUAAAAUCCAAUUUUCAUAAAUAUAGCGAAAUACAAACAUAAUUUUAUAAUAUUACAUAUUUUACAUAUGUUAACAUAUGUAACAUAUUUUUAUAAUAUGGAAUAUACAAUCAACUAAAAUUUACUUCAGUAGUAUUUCCUAUGGCCAUCAGUAUAUUAGCAGGUGAAGAUCGUAAAUAAUUCAUAGAAAUAUUAUUAAUUAAAAAACAGUCUUUAUUUCUAGUAGAUUUAAUAUUUAUUCAAAAAUUUAAUUGUGACAACAAAUAAGGUCUAUCUAUAGAAUUAUUUAAUACUUUUGAUAAAAAUGUAUAGUGGAGGUAAUCUCUUCUUUUGUUUAAUGAGUCUAAAUUAAAAUAUGAUAAGAUAUCAUUAUACACUCAGCAUGUCUUGAGCGUUCAGCUUUAAAUUUAAAUGAUAGAAAAUGGAGAAAACGAUUUUUAACUGCUUCGAAAUUUUGGGUCUUACAAAUUUUAUUUAAUAACCAAAUAAGAGAGGUAUAUUCUAACUGUGAUCUCACAAAUGCAAGAUAUAAAUUUCUUAAAGCAUCAUAUUUAUUAAAGUUAGAACAUGUAUAUGUAACAAAACCUAAAUAUAAGACAGCUAGCUUUAUUUGUUAUUUUCUCAAUAUGACUGUUGAAACAUAGCUUAGAGUCAAAAGUAAUACCUAUGUCGACAAAUGAUUUAACUGACUCUAUAGAAAUAUUAUUCAGUUUAUAAUCAUAAUCAAUACUAGUUUUUUGAUACUGAAAGUUAAUACUUUAUAUUUCUUUACAUUUGUUGAUGUUAAAUAUAACCCAUUUAAAUAUACAUAUAUAUAUAUAUAGAGAGAAAGAGAGAGAGUGAGUGAGAAAGAGUAUCACACAAUGUGGUAAAAACAAUUUAUUUCUUACAUUUUUUAAAAUAAUCAACUUUCAAUAUAUAUUAUUCGAAUUUGAAUGUAUUAUACACACAUGUAUCUAAUAAACAGUUUCUUAGUAAUAGCUAUUUAAUUUCUAGAAGGUGUAUACAUUUUUUUUUAUUCAGUGGUUUAAUUAUAGUGCUGCAAUUGAAAUUAGUAGUAGUAACCUAUUGAAUAUAAUUGUUUGUAUACACCUUCUUGAGAAAUUAAAACGACUAUUAUGAAGAAAUUAUUAAUCACAUAUGAAUGUAUGGUACAUUAAAAUUUUUAGAAUAUUUUUUACAGAAUACCUUAUUUGAAAAUUUUGAAAGGAUAUUUUUUAUUUUUAAUGAUUAUAGAAUGAAAAUAAAAAAUUCAUAUUUUCUACAUUUAUUUCUCUCUAACAGGAUUGAAAAAAAAAAAUAAUAUUUAAAUAUUAACAGAGUUAUUACUUAUUACUUAUUAACAUUCAUAAAACAUUGUAGAACAUCCUGUGUAUAUAUUCACUGUCAUGCAAAAAGUGACGCAAUUGUAAAAAAACAUGUUUAAACCUUUAUUUCAUCCCUAUAUGUGUAUGAAAAAAUGUUCCAAUUGAUAUCAUAAAUAGUUUAGAAACUACUUAAGGGGAUUAGAAGCAGUGAUUUUCUGUCUUUGUCUUACACACGUGCAACAUUUUAGACAUUUUCUACUUUCAACAUACCAAAUGAAAUGAAAGCAGAUUUGAAUUUGUCAAGUUUUCUUGAGAUCGACUUUCCUACUUUUUUUUUUAUUUUACUCCAAAAAUUAAAAUAUUCUAUUUGUUUAAUUACUUCUUUUUUUAGGAUUUAAAGGAUAAAAUCAAAAAUUACGGGAAAGAUGAUUUCAAAAAAAAUUAACAAAAAAUUAAAAUCUGUUUUCAAAAUUCCGAUUGUUUCACUAAACCAAUCAAUAUGUUGGAAAUAGAAUACAUCUAAAAGUGUAUGCUACACGUGUGUAAAAUAAAGAUAAAACAUAACCUUUUCCUAUCCUUUGAUUAAAAUCAAAAUUUCAAAUUUAAAAAAAAAAAAUUAAAUCACUCAUGUAUAUACUUGAUCAUUAAAUCAUAAACGAACAUUUAACAUUACAAAUAGUUAAAUUAAUAAAAACAAUUUCACUUACAUAUUAUAAAAUUAAAUUUUAGAUUUAUACUUUCAAUUGUAUGCAUAUCUUAUGCAUUAUACAAUUAUUUCAUUAAUGUGCUAUUAUUUGUGAUUUGAACAUAAUAUGAAUAAAUAUUAUGAUUUUAUUAAAAUGAAUUUGAACCUUAUGAAAAAUCCAUUGUAUGAGCUCCUAUGAACUCUGAAUUGCAAACCAUUUGAAAUAAAUCACUAUCUGUAAUAGUUUUGUUUGCAAUAUUUGAAUGGAUAAUAUACCUAUAGUUAUUAUUUUCAUUUGUAAAGGUAUUUGGACAAAUAACAUUAACUUUCCGGUAUGGUCGAGAAGACGAGGAAGUAAUGGGAUUGAAAUUCUGUAAUGAAGCAAUCAUGUGUUUAGCACAAAUUUAUCCACCUCAUGAAAAUGCACAACGUGAACAAAACACACCAUUACAGGUAAAUAUGAAUUGUUGUACGUGAAUUUAAAAAUAAAUUAUAAUCAGUAAACUUAUUAUGUUUAGCUGAAUAAGAUUUUACAAUACAAUAUGGUAUCAUAAUUACAUAUAAUUAUAAAUCAUCAUAUGUUAGAGUUAAAAAUUCUACAAAAGAAAACUGUUACUAAGUUAUACUUGUACAAAUAUUUUAACUGAAAAUAAUAUAUUCAUCAAAAUGCAUUGAACAUAAUUUUCAAAAGAACUAUUUCAAAAUAUAAGUUAAUAUAAAUAAAUAAAUAUAAGUUGCUAUACACACAACAGUUUUCAUUACAGUUAUAUAAUCAAAUCAACUUUAUGAACUUUACAUCAGAUAUAUAUAAUAUUAAGUAUAGGUAUCAAGAAAUCAUAAAUUGCUGUUAAAAAAUAUUGUUUUAAAAAGAAAUUAAAAACACCUAGGUAAUAUACAAUAAUAAACUAAUAAUUUAACUAUCACCUUAAUCUGAAUCUAAAAAAUGAAUAAAUCAUUAUUUUAUAAACAUUAAUACACAUACCUAUACUAAAAUAACAGUUAAAAAGGAAUCUCUCUCAAUAAACGUCAUUUUAUAUUUUAAAUUCUAUCUCUUAAUCACAGAUAUAUUAUCUGGUAUUAUAUAUCAAAUGUGUUCUUAUUUAAUUUAAUAAUAAAAUCAACAUAAUCUGUUUUGUACUCAUAAAUAAUAAAAUAUUAUUUGUAAAUUUGUUUUUCUUAGGAUAUGUUAAUACAAAGACUGGGAACCAAUGCUCAUGCUUUUUCAAUGGAAGUAACUCAUUUAGCUCCGCCUAGUGUCCAAUUAGUUCCUGCUAAAGAAUACAAUGGCGCUCCAAUAGGGACUAGCUAUGACAUACGGGUAUACAUAGGUAUGAAUAAAAUCAGCAUAUUAUUGAUAUAACAUACACAUUAACCCAUAAAUGAAAUAUAUAAACGUAACUUAUAUAUGUAACAAUAUGUAACAUACACAAACCUAUACUAGCCUUCAAAAGUAUACAGAAUACAUACUAUACAAAAAAUUACAAUAAUAUAUUAAAAGACUACUAAUAUCUUAUAGAUUGUAUAAAAUAUAAAAUAAUAACUUAAAUAAUUUAUAUAAAUAUUAAAUAUAGCUGAAAGGGCGGAUGAAAAAUUACAGCGAAAAAAUAUUGUAAAAAUGGGUAUCAAAGUAGUUCAAAUGGCUUCAGCGCCACCCCCACCUACACCUACACCUAGAUCAGAUCAACCUAAGGGGUGGCGUCAAAAAGGACCACAAGCUACUUCAGAGAAACCAUUUUUACUCAGCGACGGUAAAGUUACCCUGGAGGCUAACCUAGACAAAUCUAUCUACACACAUGGUGAUCCAAUUCAUGUGAACAUAAGUGUGAAGAAUACUAGUAAAAAAGUUGUGAGACGAAUAAAGGUAAAAACUUAUAAUUUAUAUUUUUAUAAAUUAAUAUAUAGGUAUUCAAUACCUAAAGUAUAUACCUAUAAUUUUACUGGAUUUUCUUUAAACUAAUUUUCCAAACCACAAAUAUCUCUUAAUACACGUUUACAGAUCAGGUAAAUUCAUCAAAUUUUAGUUUCUUUAUAAAAUUAAUUUAUUUCAAACAAAUACACGGGUCUACAAAAAAACAAAAUGCAUUUUACUAUAAAUGCAGAAAUAAUAAAUAAAACAGUUUAAAUUAAUAUAAACAAUUUUAAUUUAAAAUAAUUAAUAGAUCAAUUUUCGUAACACUGAAUAUAAUAUUUUAAAUUGCAAACUAUUACAAAUUUAACCAUGUUCUAUUCAUCAGCUAUCAAUUUAUAUUGAUUAAAUUGGAUUAAAUUUAUUUAGGUUUUUAUCGUUCAACAUGUUGAUGUAUGUAUGUUCAGUAAUGGUAAAUUCAAAAACACUGUGGCAACAGAAGAAUGCACAGAUGUCCCCAUACUUGGUAGUGGAGGAUCACUUGAAAAGGAAUACCUAUUAUAUCCAAUCAAGGCAAGAACAAAAAAUUGGAUAGCACUAGAGGAUUCAUUGGGAUCUUCUGUAAAUAAAUCAGAAGGCUCAUUAUCCAGCACUGUAGUAUGUGUAUCGCCAGAAGACAGGAAUGUAUUUGCCAUUUAUGUCACAUACUAUGUAAAAGUUAAACUUUUAAUAGGAGCAAUGGGCGGUCAGAUGUCACUCAAGUUGCCAUUUACACUAAUGCACACGUCAUCGAACACUUAUUCUACAGGUAACAAAUAUUCUUAGACAAUUACUUUAUAGUUUUGUUAAUAAAUAUUCCAGUUUAAUUUAUAUUUCUAUACACUUAACAUAGAAUGCAAGGAUACAUCGUGUCCGUCAUUAGGACCAUGUCCGUUGGUGGAGAGUAAAGAAGUACCAAUAGCAUUAGAUGAACCAUGCUCUAAUAACUUGGGCCUCUGAGGAUUAAUCGAAUCGGCCGAUAAUCGAGACAUACAUUCGACACCAAUUACGGCCGAUCUUAAUGCCGAAGAUGACCAUGAAGACAACCCAUUUAAAUUUCAAAGGAUUUUAUGUUGUUUUUCUAAUUACAGAUAGUGAUAAUGGGUCCAACAAAAAAAUAUAUA